CAAUAAUGUACAUAAUACUAUUAAAAACCUUUUAGAUCUAAACUCUGAUCACUUCUCAAUACUUCUAAUCUUAAAUACUAGCCCACAAACCCGUUUCGAGUCACAUAAAGUAUUUUAUUCUUACGCCAAUCGUCUCCAAUUCCACGAUCUUGUUCAACAGGAAAUCAAUUUAAAUGUUAAAUUAAAACCUACAGACGACAUUGACUCAGCAAUUAAUGAUCUCACUAACUGUAUACGAGCUUGGGCAUCUACAAAUGUAACUGAUCUCACCAAGGGAACCACUCCCCUAAUCAUAAGACUCGUCAUAGUUGAAAAACGUAGAUCGAGAGAUCAGUAUCAACGGAUUAGACUGCCCACGUAAAUAAUACGAAUAUAAAAUCCAAUAUCGUUCGUAAAAAACCGUUAUACUCUCUAUAAUAGAAACGUGUAUUCGUAUAGAUUGUGUAUUUUGUUCGCCGGCGCGAGAGCGACUCCGGGGUUUAUUAUAUUAUUUGCAUACGCUCCGUAGUAGUGAUAUAUAUAUAUAAAUAAAAAAAAAGUAUAUCAUUAUAAUAUAUACGACGAUGUGUAUACGCAGUAAUAAUAUUAAAUACGAAUUGGCCGACGCGCUUUUCGCCAACGAUCUGUGUUUCCCGGCCGGCGGCCGCGGCGGUUCGGCACGUUUAUAUAUAUAUACAAACUUAACAAAAACUUUCCGGGAGGAGGAAAAAAAAGAUAAAAAAAAAAAAAAUAAAAUAAAUAUAUAUAUACACAUAAAAGCCGUAGAGAAAAAGGGCCGAGGGUUCGGUCGCCCGUCGCAGCGCAUUAUACGGGGGCCGCGCAAGCGUUCUAAAUAUGGAUGAAAUAGUGGCCCGGGGUAUUUGGCGGCGGCGGCGGCACAGCUUUAGUCCUCCACGACGUGCGCAGGUAUCAACACACGGCACCACCAGCCACCGACAAACGCCACCGUCCAUUUGUUGUCGUCAUUGUCGUCGUAAAAAAAAAACACCGUUCGACAUUUGCACGCGCCCGUCGUCCUUCGUCCUUCGUGAAAAUCGCCGAGGUAAAUAUAAUAUUUUGUUCUAUCGAUUAUUACGAUAUCGUUUGUAAUAAUAAUAAUAAUAAUAAUAAUAAUAAUAAGAAGAAGAAGAAGAAGAACGCGCGUAUAAUAAGCGAAUAAUAAUAAUAAUUAUAAGAGCUAGGUAGGCAUCGUGUUAUAUCGAUUUCCCGAAAUUCUGUCGUUUAUUCCUCGUAUUAUAUUAUUAAUACAAAUUCGGUGAGUAGACCUUUUCGGGGAAAAAAAAAAAAAAAAAAAAAAAAAAAUUGUUUAAAUAAAUCGUUUCGUUGCCAAUAAUUGCCGAGUAUACGCGAGAUUUUAUUUUAUUCAACCCGCCGUUUUAUACCCACUUGUUUUAUUUCGUAUCGUUUCCGCCGGCACGGAGACGGUUAGAAAAUUAUAUUACACUCUGCAGUCAUUAUAUGUAAUAACAAUGAUAAUAUUUGCCGUGGUGGUUUUAUUUUUUAUUAUGAUUGCUAUUUCCUCGGUUCAAUCGUUUUUACGAUUUUCCACCGCGUCGGAUGUUAUGUAUAUUUAUACUUGAAAAAAAAAAAACGUACUUUUACACUUUUAUUACAUACAGUCCUAAGUGGUAUAUAUAGUUGCUAAAUACGAAAAUGUGUAUUUUAAUAACAUGACGAAAUAAAAAAUAAAAAAUAAUAAUAAUAAUGAUUUCUUUCGAAUUUUAAAGGAAUUCCAAAACGCCGUAAAGCCGUGUACUAUAACUGUAUUUUUUUUUCGUAUGUUUUUAAGCCCGAAGGGCUCAAAAUAAUUCAUUAUUUUUGUCAUUUUUUCCAUUAUUUAAUUUUUUAUUUUUAAUAAAAUUGACUUGUACCUUUCGGUUAAGACCAAACAUAUAAAUCGGCAUGAAUUACAUCAAUUUAUUUAGGAUCCUUCUAAUAUCACUCCUCCCGGACGUUUCGUUUCUGCAAUGUCGGGAACAUCGUCGCAAAAUUUAUCCGGGGUUACGCGGUAGGGGAGGAGGGGUGUUAAUGUAAUUGGCUGCCGUCUAAGUACGGUCGUAGAAGUUUACCCGAUUAAUGUCGUGAAACAUUACCUCGACAUAUUAUUGGGUAUAUUGUAAUAUUAUAUAGCAGUGCUUCCCACACUAUUUGGAUCCAUGGCGUCUUUUUUGAACUACAAUAAUAAUAAUAAUAAUAAUAAUAAAAACUUAUUCUGAGCGGAGCGAUAUUAGUAUAGUGUUAGGCGUGUUUUUCCCAUUGUAUAACCGAGGUGACCCGGACAUCCGCAAAAAUAGAAAACCGACGUAUCGAUAACUGUUGUCAGUUUUUAUUUAAUUUAUUAUGAAAAAACCUAAUCCAAAAAUCGUUUUAGAAUUAAGUACCACCGCGCAAUAAAUCCACAUAUUUUCAGGUACAGUGCCAAUAGUUCGGAAAAAGAAAAAGUAUUUUCCGAAAAAAUAGAAGCCGUCGUAAUUGUCAUUAUAGCGUCGCCGUUAGGGUUUCGAAUUUAGUUUUAAACCCGGGAAUAUUCCGCAUGGUGACGCGGCACCCCUGUACAGACACCGAGGCGUCCCAUGUAGCUGGUACACACUUCGGGAACCGCUGUAAUACAGUUUAUAUUAUAUGUAAUUUACGUACUUACAUAUAUAAUAAUAAUAAUAAUAUAUUAUUAUAACGCGAUGGGAAAAUAUACGACUGCGAACGUUUUACUGCACGCGUCGAACUAUAGGUACCUACCUUAAUCUAACCUACCUACUUACUUACCUACCUACAUGGCGUAAUAAUAUUACACGACCAAUAAAUUUAAUACGUUUUUAUGCAAAUAAUUCCAUGUGUUUUUGUUUACGCAAAUUUCGUGUGCGCUCUCGCAUACCCAUCGAGAUUGCGUUUGGUCACGUGAUGACGGCGACGUAGGUUUAAUAAUAUAUAAUAUAAGUACAAAAAAUACAAAUCGAUGCGACCGACUAUAGCGCAGGUAUAUGCAGGUGACUGGUGACCUGCAAGCAAUUAUAUUAUUCAAAUAAUAUGUCGAUCGCGAACCGGUAUCACCGUUUUCGAGUCCCCCCCCCCUAAAUAUAUGUAUCGAUCGAUUGAUGUGUCGACUCGAAAAUACAAUCUUUUUGAAUUGCUGACUUCAAAGGGAUUGCGGUCAAUGAAAAUGUCCAAAAAAAAUGCGGUAUUUGGACAGAAAAGCUAAACGAAAAUGCAUAGUUUUUGAGCUUGGAUACAGAAAAAUAUCAUAUUUUUGUUUAUCGUUAACACAGCUGAAAAAAAAACUGAUAAUACUGAUGGGUGUGCCACUGCUUUAGGUGAAAAAUUGGAACGCAGGAUAUAUAACGAGUCAUUUAAUUUAUAUCUGUACGAUAGACGAUUGCUAACUAAAAACGAUUCUAAGGUAAGAAUUAUUAGUGGUAUUAGUGGUAUUUCUUUCCUUGUUGUCAACAAAAGUUUGUCAAUCUUUCUCAUUAAUUGAAAAAACUCUAAGUAAAAUCAAAAAAUAACCUUUUGAAUGUAUCUAGAUCAAAAAUUCUAUAAGAAAGUUCCUAUGAAGUUUUGUAUUGGAACACAGUUUCUGUUAGUAAAAUUGUUUACAGACAUACUCAUAAAAACCUAUACCGAAAAAUAGAUAUUUAAUAUACUCGUAUAUAUAUAUUUAAUAUAAUCUAGUAAAAUUUUUAAUCAAUCACAAUCCGUUUUAAAAAUCAGAGUCUGUUCUAAAAAUCAAAAUCCGGUUUAAAAAUUAAAAUCCGUCAAAUGCAGCCUGAAAUUUUUGUCUGGCUCUUUGGUCUAAAACGUUAUAUUCGUUAAUUUUAAACAUUUUUCCCUUCCCUGCCCUUUAAACGGGAAUCAAGUAACAAAUUAGUAGAUAAUUCUAUUAUUACUAAAGUAAUUAUUCAAAUUUAAACAAUUUGUUUACAUUUUAAACAUUUGAGAAUAUUUUGAAAGCCGUUUUCAUAUGAAUACUUCUAUUGUAUACACGACUGUAAUUCUCGUCUAAGCAGUGAAGAUUAUUAUUAGAUUACCGACCGGAUAAAAAUCAAACGAGAAUCAAUAUAGCACGUUGAACGAGGCAGAGAAAAACAUUUUAUAAAAUAUGAACGAGAAGGAUGCUCGUUUGCGAUUCUGAUAGGGACACGUAGAUGCGCGGUGAAAAUGCGUUUAAAAUGUGCCACAGCAACUCUUAAGUCGGAUAGCUACUACGGAGAUCGAACUGGGUCGACUUGGGAUUUUUUUUAAUAAGCUCGUAGAGAGGAAUAUAUAUUGUAAUUACUAGCGACGUGAGAUGUUUGGUGAGCAGGAUAAGGCCUUACUUUGAACACGGUCAGUGACGAUGCAAUUAUAGUUUACAAGAUACGCGUAAUCCGAGUAGUGCUGUAUCGGAUAAUAAAUCAGCUAUUUAAGAAGAUAGUUUGAAUUCACCGAGAGGGUUUGAACCCGAGUAUACUGUUUAAAGGGUUUUCGUACUUAUACGCGUUUGAAAUCGGAAAAAUAAAUACUUACACUAGUGUGCUCAACAAUAUACGAAAUCUUUUAACUGCCUAUAAAACCACCCAACAAAUUCACUACUAUAUAUUGACGUUUUACAAUAAUUGUUCAAGUGCCUUAAGAAUUUAAGACGUGGUGAAUGCAACACUCUCUAUACAUUACACUCGUAUAUGAUGCAGUUUUGCACUUGGCAUAUGACUAUACAAUUUGCGUAACAAAUCAUUUUUUAUUCCAGAAGAACACCAUAAUAAAUCGAGUGAUCAAUCAUCUACACUUAGCCGCCUAAUUAAUAAAUAUCGCAGAUAGAUUUCUAUGAUAUCUAAUUGAAAUUCAAUUCAACACUGUUAUUCAAAAACACUAAUUCUAGUGUCCCUUCCUAUAAUAAUUGAUUUUUAUAAAUAAACAAUCGUGGUUGUUUUAUUGAUCUUAUGAUUACUUAGAACUUAGUAUUUAUGGUUACAGAUUUCGACGAUUCUUCAGCUUCUACGGUAAAUAAAUUUCCAAGUAGUUGUACACAUUAAAUUAUGAUAAUCAUUUGUAAAUAACAAUAAAAACACUAUUAAAUAGUUGUGUCUUAGAGGUAAUUAAUGAACUGUUUCACAGAUUAUUAAUUAUUCGUAUUUUUCGAUUAUUUUUUCGGACAAACGGACGGUGUAAACAAUAAUUUAUAUCGGUAUAAAAUAAUAUCGAUGGCACGGCUAAAAAUAAUCAAUAUAAUAAUUAAAAGACAUCGACAAAACGGCUGGUUUUUAACGAAUUACGGUUAAAAAUUCAAUUACGAGUAUAUUAUGGUUUUUUUAACCAAUAGUCACCGUCAGAUUUAAUGGAAUUUAUAACGCCGUCAAUGUAGUGCGUUUUAAUCAGCGGUUGAUACCUACAAUUACAUUGUUAUUUCGGCCUAGUGCAGUAGACCAUUGUUAUCGGAAGAGCGCAUAUAGCUGUUGUUUUAAACAAUUCAAUCGGCACGUUGUCGCGACGUCGGAGGUACACAAUUAAUUGCGACUAAUAUAUUUAAGUGGUUUGAUAUUUCGAAAGGAAGAAAGAAAAAAAGAAACAGCUGUUAUUUCGAUCAAUAAUAAUUAUUAUUGUUCCAGUCAAAACGUUAUAUACGGACGAUUAUUUAUAUUGUACUUUUUUUUUCAACUCCAUCAAUUCUACGUUCUGAUCGAUUGCUCGCCGCCUUUUCUUUUAGUUAAAAGUUUUAAAAGUUUUGAAUCCUGCGUCGCUUUUAAUUCGGCCCGCAUACAAGAGUUACGAGGUCGCCUUGCGCCGUUCUUUUUCGACGUCUUGCUCCAAUCUAUAUUAUAUAUAUAGUAUGCUUUCCAUUCGUUUUCCACUCAUCCAUCCGACUUAUCAUUUUCAUGCCCCUCCACACGCACCGCAUCUUAAAAGCUUCUGUAUUUCUCUUUUCGGUAUCAUCAUUUAUGGCCAAUGCGUUUUACAUCCAUGUUACCGCCGUACACAGGGUGAUUUAUUUAGCAUUAAUCAGCUAACGACAGAUAUGCAAUGUACUAUAAUCUUUCUCUACUCCAUCAGUCAACACUUUAAACUGUUAUGACUCAUAAACGGUAAAUCUAAUACCACUGUUACGCAGGUCAAAAUUUCUAGAAAACUAUUCUCUAUUCGAAUCUGUGAUUGAAAGAGGUGGGGUUGCUAAUAAUCUCCAAAAAAGAUACUUAUUUGAGCUAUCAGGGGUAAAAAUGUAAAAAUAGUGCUAAAAUAAAGCUUAAAUGAUUUUAUAAUGAUAAAAAAAAAAAAAAAACAAAUAAAAUUCACUUAAAAUACUCCGAGAAAAUUGCUGGUUCAUGUCAAAAGAAUCACUGUAUAUAAGUAACUUGCUAUGAUAUUAUUGAGACGUGUCUUCUUUGAAGUGAAAUGUUUAUUUUCAUUCUAACAUUUAUACGUAUAGCGAAAAUAUGAUACUCGAAUAGAAAACAUUUUUAUCAUAUAUUGGGUCACGACGUAAUCGUUAUGUCAUUAUUUAUUUAUUUAUUUAUUUUUAAUCCUCCUAUUGAUGAAAUUUUUUUUUUAUUUUACUGCACAGAAACGUGAUGUAAACAAUGUAGUAUAAAUAAUUUCUCGUAUGAUAUUGUUAUUUAAAACAAAAAUCGGAGGAAAAUAUAUCGAAAACGUAAAAAAAAAAAAAAUGCAUAUUUUAUAAGACUAACAAAAUAUGUAAUCACUCGAAAAUAACUAAAAAAAAAAAAGAUAAAAGAAAAAAAAAAGAAAGUAGACUAAAGGAAUUUAUUUUUAAAACCAGAUACAUUAACCGAAUAUAUUGUAAUAUUUUUGGUAAUUUUACAGUUUGUAAAUUUACACAUUGGAGAGAAUAUUUACGCUAUAACAAACUCAAUACGGAUUUCAAUGUAUGCCGAUAAUUUUUGAUAUUUGUUUUCAAUAUUUUUGAAACGCGAAUUCCAAUAUUUAAUAUACGAUUCCAUCCAUUUACACGUUUCGAAUAUUUUCACCGUCGCAAAUGCGCUCGCAUUUAAAAUUGUUAAAUAUAUAAACUGUCGUCAAAUCGUAGGAAUUUCAACAACCUCGUUUAUAAUAGAUAAUUAUACAUAUAUACAAUAAUACAAUUAUGUAGUCGGUAUGUUACAUAUUGUAUACGUUGCAGAUGGACAGUCGGUAAAGUAGGAUAAUUUAGUUAAAUGCGCUACGAUAAAAAAAAAAAAUGAGUUGCAGUACUUUUUGCCUCGAGGCAACCCAAUAAUCCAAUCGUCCAAAAUAAAACCGAUGUAUCGACAUCGUUAGUUUUUUAAAUUGUAUAGCAAAACCAUUAGGAAUAUAGAUAUUUUUUUUGAUAAAAUACUACCGAACAAACAUUUUGGCAUCUCUUAUUAGGCAUGAUUAGAUUAAUUCAGAGCGUUUGCCCGACCGAAAAAGUGUUUUAAAAAACAAUAAUUUGGGAAAAAUUAUUAAGAAUAUCGACAAAUUAUGUACAAAUAAAAUUUUGUAGAGCGAAAAAUCGGCAUCUUCGAGGUACUUACGAUGUAAAAAAAAAAAAAAUCUGAGUAUUUCCACUGAUAUUCGCAGUAUACGAAGUUAAAAUAAACACGCCUUGGCGAAUAUUCGCUUCAAAGAUAAUUAUUUUCGUAACUGCGUUGUGUAGUAAUAAUAUCGUGCUGCGAUUCUGGAAAAUAUUUUUCGAAUAACGAAAUACCGCGCCGCGCUCGCCUUUGAACACUUUAUCGACAUUUUCUUUACUGUUCGCCUGCAAUGCGUCUUAUUGUCUUCCAGCCGAACGAAAAAAACGCCACCGGCGUACGUUUUAUGCACAUCGUUAACAAAUUAUCCCUCUGUAACGACAUCGUAGCAGUGUGUUCGAUUCGCGUGAUUUUUCACACUUCUGCUGUCUCGUAGGUAUAGCUAUAUCUACCUGCCUAUCUCUACCUACCUGCCUGCUUACCUACCUACCGCUCGUAAUUCGUUUUGUUUGUAAACAGUUUUAAUUAAAACGGGAAAACGAGCGAAGCGUGUUUACGAACAAAUAAUACUACAAAAAACAAAUAAUAUUUAACAGAAACACUCGAUCGAUGGACAUGUUUUAUUUUUCUCACAGUAUUGAAAAUGGUGUUUUCGACCGAGUAUACAAUAUAUAUAUAUAUAUAUAUAUAUAUAUAUAUAUAUAAUUGUAUAAUAUAGCUGUAAUACGGUUUCGAAUGAAAUUCGAAGGAUACGAAUCCAUGACAUUUGAACAGGGGGAAAAAAUUGAUUGUAAUUAAUUAAUUAAAAAUUUUAUUUUGUUAUUUUUAUAUAGGUACCUGCUUAUUUAUAAAAUGUUUUAUACAAAUGCUACAUGAAUAUUAAUCUGUAGUAAUUGUUCCUAAAAUUAAAAUUUCUGGGAGAUUUGAGCCACUUUCCAACUCGAAGAAAAUCGAUGUAGCACUUUUUAAUUGUUGGUUAGGUUCAGUUAGGCCUAGACAAGUUUAAUAAUCUAGAAAAGUAAAGUACUAAGCUACGCUUUCUUUAAACAUUAAUCCCGUUUUUCUAUAUUAGUUACGAAUGAAAUGAUUUUAUUCUUCUCCUUUGCCUUCAUCCCGACUUUUUGAAGUCGGCCAAAACGAAAGAAACUAUAUUUAGUUUUAUAAAAAGUGGUUCUAAUAUCCCGGACUCGCCCCAUCUGUAAUAAUUCGGACGUGGAUAAAAAAAAAAAAAAAAAUUAUGAAAUGUUAUGUGUGUUGCAAUAAUAAUAAUAAAAAAAAAAAUGAUAAAAAUAACAAUAUGUACUUAACGUAUGUUUGGCAGUAUAGUUGCAGUUGUUGCGAAGAAAUAAAAGAGUGAUUAAAAGUUAUUGCGAAUGGUAAUAAUAAUAACAAUAAAACCGUCUUGUUUUCAAAAAUACCGGCCCACGGGAUUUUUUUUAUAACCUCAAAAUACGCAAAUUACCAAGUCGUUGCAAAAAUAAACCAUAUAAUAUCAUCGUUUAUAUAAUAAGAGUGGGGCGUCUUCGAACAUUUAGCGUUAAUGAAUCACAGAAUGGUAUAAACGGCAUAGCCGGGUAUUUUUGAAGGGAGGUUGGGUCACGUUGCUAAAUAUUAAAAAAAAAAACCAAAACGCUGUCUAAUAUAAUUUAAUACAUUUAUAACACUUAAAAACUGAUGGAGGUGGGUGUUCAGACACCCAAAACACCCUGGUCGUGUCACUGAGUAUUAUAAUGUACAUUCCAAAAUUCAAUACAAAUUUGAGAAUUGCGUUUAUUGUGUCGAAUCGUGUAAUUAAAUUCAGCGUUGUUAAAUGUCUAAUUAAUUUGUCCAAACCGUUUAUUUCAACUAUUUUUCUGAUUGGUAUUUUUUUACAUUAUACGGUCCUUACUCGAAAAUGAAAAAAAUUAUAGAUAAAAUAUGUUUGCAAAUAUUAUAAUAAUUACAUUCAACAUUUUUUUUUUGGGAUAAUGGGACGCGUGAUAUCCAUCGCAAUCUAAAUUUGUUCGUACCUAUAUUAUAUUAAAAAUUCUUCCAACAGAUCCCCGCUUUAAGUCGCGUAUAUUGCGCCAGGCGAGAUAAGUGUCACGGUGUGAAAAUAUUAUAAUUGCGUACCCAUAUAUAUUAAUAUUAUACUUGGAGAAAACGUGUAGGUAUAGUGUUGACGAGCCAGCUUUGCGAUUGGAAGACUUAAUUUAUAAUAAUAAUAAUAAUAAUAUCUAAACCGUCAGCGCCUUUUCACGUACCUUUAUGUAUAGCAAAAUCCAUUAGACCCACUAGUCGUCGUUUUGACUUCUCGCCGAGAGGUUUUCUCUCCUCUCUGUUCCCCUCUACCUCCCGAAGAAAAACGUCGCGUUCUAUAGCCGGCGGCGGCAGAUGAUAAUUAAUAAUAAUUUACGACAGAACGUUAUCACAAAAAGAAGAAAGGUGUAACGAAUUUUGAAGUAUAGUGAGGAGUCGAGGAGUAUAGUUAAAUGUCGUCGUCGUCGUCGUCCCGGAGACAAUAUUAACUAACACAAUGGAUUGCCUGUUGAUCUAUACGACUAACCCCGUGUAAAAACAAAAAAGACCACGAGUUUGACGUCUUCAGAUUAAAUUUUUUUAUCGCUUAAAAAAAUAGAUCGCCGCGGAAGUUGUGCCCUCGAAAUGCCUUGAUGGUAGUAUCGAAAACGAGAAACCAUCAAUAAAACACAACGGACCGUCAUGCGGAAUUGAUUCUAUAUUUCCCGACUCUAUUUAUGAGUCGUUAUUAAAAACACUGAGCAAUAUUUGUAUAAAAUCAAAAGUUAUGUAUUGGUUUUAUUAGUUAUGAUGGCUGUAUUUUAGAUUCGGAGAUGUACGAAGGAGAUCAUUGGUUUAACUAUGAUUUGUGUUUGUAUUUUUUUUUUUUUUGUGUUUCUGAGAGCAACUUUUCGAACAGAAUACUUUUUUAGUUUUCAUAAUAAUUGGGAAAAAUAGAAAAAAGACGAUAAAUGAAAAUUGAUAAAUUUACAAUGCGCGACCUUACAUUUUUAUUAUUUUAAAUUUGUACGCUUUAUGUGGUAGAAAAUAUUCCUCCAAAAGAAAAACGACAAGAAACAUUUUUCGUUGAAUUUCCGAUCUAGUUGGAGAGUACAAAAGUCGUUUGAUGAUUUAUUUUUUUUUUAUAUUUUUAUUUUUAAUAACAAAGUAAUUCCGAAAAAAUAUGUAGAAAGAACGGGAAAAUUUAACGAUAACGGUAUUUUCUAUUUAAUUUUUUUUUUUUGGUCAAAAAUAUUUGUAGAGACCUCAAUUUUACCAAAAUAAUUAUAUUAGUAUUUUUUACACGUGGAAACAUUUCGAAUUUUUAAUAAAAAUGUUUAAUUUAUAAAUUAAAUAACUUAAGUAUUCUAGUUUCCUAUUUAUUCCCACCUACAACAGCAUACGGUAUACUGCAAGUAUUAUAUUAUUUUGUUAUUAAUUAUUAAUAAUCAUUACGAUUACAUUUCUAAAUUAAAAUACUUAACAAUUUUCAUAAUUUUGAUUUUUAAAUAACUUACAGGAGUUAAUACAGAAGUGGCCUUUGCCAUUUCUUUAUUAUCUUUAUGUUUCUACUUUGGCAUUAUUGGUACAGUAGGAAACAAAAUUUAUAUUUUAUACCUACUAAUUCCAUGAGCGCGGGCGCUUAACGAGUAUCGCAGACGAUUUAACCAUGUUAAGUACAUUUAUUUUCAUACCUAGGUAAUGCGAGUAUAAUAAUAAAAAAAAAGUUACGAAUGGAGCAGCUGUGUGGUUUACUAAAAAAAGACCAAGGGGGAAAAAGGUUUUAUGUUGUAGGGAACGUUUAAAAAUAUUAUUUUAUUUUAAUGUAGGUCAAAAAAAUUAAACACCACAGCGUAGGUUUAAUAUUUUAUAAUUAAAUAUUGUACAAUAAAUUAAUAAAAUAAUAACAAUCAUCGUCAAAGAAAUCCUUUUAUCGUCGUUUUACUUGCACCUAAGCAGUAUAAUGAUAAUUGAUUGAUGCACACAAAAAAUACCGUUGUUUAAUAGUUUUAAAAGUUUAUUUUAACAUAAUUAUAUACAUACAAAACGAAAUGAUGCGUACAGUCUAUUGUUUAUUAUUAUUAUAUUUUUUAUGGAAAGUCUAUUAACUAAAUAAAAACGUAGACGUAAAUUAUAAAGAAAAAAAAAUGCCGGACGUACUUCGCACCGUGGGUAGGUCACUGUAUACAGUAAAGGCAAUGUUAUAGUUUAAUUUACCUAUAUACCGAAAGUAUUGCAAAUAAAAAACGAUUAUAAGUGGGAUAAUAUUAGUCGUUUUUUUCCUCCUUGUUAUCGGGGUAACUUAGAAAUCAACAAAAAUAAAACCGAUAUAUAGAGAUUUUAAACUUUUUUAAACGUUUUAGAAAAACUCUCAUGUAUCGCCAUUCUUUGAAAAGUACCACAAGGUAAAAAAUUUACAUCUAUUAAUAAGUUUAAUAUGAAUAUGAAUCAUUUGCUCACAGUUUACGAACAAUAGAAAUCUUUUUUCAAAGAAAUUUAAUCGCGUAUAGAGUGUACCUAACUUACAUACUUACUUCUAAAACGUUAAAUAUGCAUGCCUUUAUGCACUUAAAACAGGCAAAAUAUGCUUUAAAAUAUACAUUGAGAAAUAAAAAAACAUGCAAAAGCAUUAAAUUCACAGCCCUGGUCAUUGGUGGACAAUUAUUAUACCCAUACAACGUUACUACAUUGAAAUUCGCGAUCGGAGACUAAAUUGAAAUUUAUAAGAGAUUUCUUAUAACUUAUAAGUUAUAAGGUUUGUCCAAAACUGUACCUAUAAGCAGGUUUCCAUUGUUCAUAAUUUUGUACACAAACGAGUUGUCGUAAAUUUAAAAAAUAUAUUAAUAUCAGCGAAAACGAGUCUCUACCAAUAAAUUUGAUCUGCAUGAAGCCGUUUUUAAUGGAUACCGAAGAAUAGUCGGAAAGGUUAAUAUUAAAAUUUUAAUCCGUAUUUAGAUCAAAAAUCAAAUUUAACAAAUCUACCUAGUAUUCGAAAUCACCGGUCCGCGAUAAAGAAUCACUCUGCAUACGGGGUUAGCGAUGUUAUUUUAUUCACUACGAAAAAUCCCCAUGUGACUCGACAGCAAAUAUUCAUUUUAUACAAAUUUUAUACAAGAACGGGAUGCUUUCGUCGUCGUCCUGACGACAAAACUAAAAUUAAAAAAAUAAAUAUAGCGUACGAAUAAAUCCUGCAGGUAGAUAGGUAGGUACAAGAAAGUUUCAGUAGAAUUUUUACGGAGUUUGAAAUCCCAGGCGUCCUCAUUACGCGCGACGUCGUCGUGACGGUAAACAAGACGAACAUUUAUUACAUAACAUUCAAAACGAUUUUGUUUGAUUUUUUCUUCUCGUAAAUUCACCAAAUAAACGUCAGGCUCUUUUUUUAUCGAUAUUAUUAUUAUUUUUUACUGAGGACGUUUUGACGUCAAAGUGACGAUCGAUUAAUUGAUCGACCGGACCGACGACAGCGUGACGGUUUUCAAAUAUUAUUCAGGUGUCUAGUACAGGUAUCUUAGGUGCCCACUUUGGUCAGAACUUUGCGCGCGGGUCUUCGUAUAAACAACUCGCGUUAUUUUCGUCCGAUUUGGUAGAAGUAGCAACUAUUAUUGUCGUCUCAAUAACGUAUUGUGGAAAAGUUUUUAGAACGACGGGACAGAAGAUAUUGUUUCCAAUUUAAUAAGGAAAGAACCAAUUCAUCAGCUCUUUUCUGGUUGACUGAGUAACGAGAAAAAAACGUCGAAAACGUUGUCGUAUAUUAAAGAUAUUAGUGACACAUCCAGAAAUUGUCGACAGGAGGUAGUAAAUAAUUAAAUCACGAAUAAAUCGUAAGUAUACGUAUCUUUAUUUGUACAUCACCCGACAAUGGGAACUUAAAAUCCAUAAAAGCCAACUCUUAUUCAAUAAAUCAAGCUUAUCCUCGUGACUUGGCCGCAACAUAUCAUUUUAAGAUUAAAUCGCCAAAUAAAUACUCAUAUAGUUGUUGUAUUUUUUUUGGGUGGGAGGAUAUAAAUCCUAAUAUCUUUCCACUGCGCACGACACUUAUAGAAACGUUUCAAUAAAUUAUACAACAUAUAAAUCAAAUAUAAUUAUUCAAUGCUGAAAAUAAUAUGUUCUCUUUUUUUAUCAGCUCAACGAUCUGCUAUAAGGAUAUGCGCUGUCACUUCUAAGCUUUUCCACCUAUUUCUAUGCAACGUCCAAUUUGCAUUGCUGAAUUUCUGUCUAUCAGUCUCAUAUCUUGUUCUACAGUGAUUUCUCAUCCGGCGCUCGGUCUCUCUGACCUUUUUAUUGUUUAUUUGCUCUAUCAGAACAUUUUUUAAGACAUCUCCAUUAGCUUUUCGCAUGUAUUCUGACCAUUCCAAACGUUUAUACGUCUUUUUGUUUAUGAUAAAUUAAUAACACCGACGAUGAUAGCGUUCAUUUACACAGGGGUUCUCAACCUUUUUGUCUCUAUGGAUCACUUAGAAAAUUUUCGAUAGGUUGCGGAUUUUCUUGAUUUGCUGAUGACCUUUUUUCUAAUAAUAACAUAAGUGACAUUAUGUACAAUAAAUGAAAAAUAUAUAGAUAAACGAUGUGAUAAACUCAGACAGUCACUAUAGCUUUACGUUGAAUACUUUUUUCAAUUUUAUUGGUAUAUCCUUGCGAACAAUAAGUUCGGAAUCACUAAAUCGUAUGUUAAUCGUAAUCAGUAAUUAUUUAUGUACACCGUUUAUAAUUGAAUAAUCAUUCGAAAAGAGACGGUUAUUUUACCGGUCGGGCAAUGCAUGAUUUAUAACACGACGGACGUGACCAUGAACGGAAAACUGAACUCUGAAAAUAUAAGAAUACGGAACAAGUGUAAAAAAGCGCGUGUACAAAAAAAAAAAAAAAAAAUUCCCUAAUAAACUUUAGCGUAGGUAUGCAUAUAGGAGGUACGCGGUACGUGUCUUAUUGAGAUACGCACGAAAAGCGUUGCACGUAUUCCCAUUUUCAGGAACGCGCGUUUUUUUUUUUCAAUAUUCCAGACUUAUUGUAUUAUAAUAUACAAAUGUGAUGUAUACACGGUCUCACGGAUUGUAAAAAAAAAAAAAAAUGUCAUUUACAUUUAUCGUUAUGUACAUAAUAUUGUAUAUGCAGUAUUUUAUCGGUUUAUUUAUCUGGGUGAAUUUUUUAAUUUGAACCUACGUACGUCAAUAUCAUUUGUAUGCGGUAUAUACUUCAGGAGUGAAUAACGAUUUUUACAAUGGGGGUUUUUUUUUAUCGUCGCUCCAAAAUAGCGGCAUAAAUCAAAAAAUAUCACUAAAACACUAAAAAAACCUAUCCGUAUUGUUAUCGCCUUAUCUGUUAAUAUAUAAAUCAGUUUCAGCAGCGUCUGUUAAAAUGUUUUAAUACGAAAUCGAUUUCUAGAGAUUUAUGACUAGUAUAGGGUAGAUGUUUAUACGCUUUUGCAUAUUUUUGUUGGAAGGUAAAAAGUAUAUCUAGUUUACAUAAGUACCAAAAUGCAUUUCACAACCUAUAACGACUCUAUAUAUACAUUAUACGGCAUUUUAUUUUGAAUAUUUUUCCAUUUUUGGAUGUUUAUGAUUAUUUUUUAUGAUUUUGUAUAUUUUUAGAGCAUAUUUUAUUUAAGUAUUUCAUACAUUUUUAAAACAUAACGAUUCAUCCGGCGUAUCCUCUCAGUUCAAAUUGGAUCUCUCAAUAAAAAUUAUUUAUUGUUUUUUAGUCCGACCUAUACUUGAGUACAGAUCCGUUCUUUAGGACCCUCAUUCAUCUAUUGAGGUCAUAGCUAUUGAAAGGGUUCAACGAAAAUUCCUAUCAUUUGCUGUUUAUUUUUUUAAAAGUUCCUUGUCCUUCACACGAUUAUGAACCUAUUCAUACAAUUUUAAAUUUAUCAAGCUACGCUGAUCGUAGAAGCUCUGCGAAUAUAUCAUUUCUUUUUAAACUUUUAUAUAAUUCAUUCGACUGUCCUACACUUUUUUUAGAGAUCAAUUUUAAAGUUCCUCCUCUUUAUACUAUAUCUACUUGUUCCUUCGUCUUCUAAUUAUAAGUGUAUACUAAACAACCCCUUCUAUCGUAUACUAUGCGUCUUCCUAAUGAAGACCCCACUUUUAACUACCCAUAAACUGUUUUAUCAACUGUGGUUUUUUUUUGCUGUUAUUAUUCUUUAUUGUUUAUAUUAUCAUAUUAUGUCAUUUUAUGUUUUUGGGCCUCGGAUUGUAUUAUUAUAAAAAUAAAAUAAAAUUAAACACAAUGUUUAUUUUUAUUUUUAUUAUUAUUAUUAUUACUUUUAGAACACAUUUCAGUGUUUUUAAUGUAAACCUGAAUACAUUUAAAGGGUUUUUAGGGAAUUUAAAUAUCUGCUAUGAUAAUAAGUACAGGUAUAAUAAAAGAGAAGCCGAAAUUUAAUAUUUCAUAUAUAUUUUGGUGUAACUUUUCGGUGAAUUAUUUUUGAUUUUCUAUUUCAGAUAAUAUACAAAAUGAGUUUUUCGUCCGAAGCAGCAGCAUCGUCGGCAGCGGCAGCCGAAGCAGCGGCAGCAGCCAAGAAAUUGAAUUUGGAAAAGGCCACUAACUUUAUGAAACAGUACCGGGAUCCGCACAGCCGAGAAUUGAAAAAACUAUCUGCCAACCAGUUCAUGGACGUUUGGAGCCAUUACGACAAAGAUGGUAAAUUUACGGAAGUUUUAUUUCACCUUAUAAAAAAAAAAAACUGGUGGAAAAGAGGUAAAUGAAAAUUCUGUAAUAAUCCAAGUAAAUCGCGAUAGCGUAGGUACGGGUAGUUUUAACAGACAGUUGCACUCGGUUUUCCAAACAUCCUUCGAAUUUGAAAGUUUGAAAAUUAGUUUUAAUAUUUUUAUGGCCAUCCUAAUGAUAAGACUUUUCUACUAAUCUACUUUCCGAUAUGAAAACUAUUUUUAAUUUUUUACCUUUACUUACCCCUAAAACCUAACUUAGCCCGUUUUGAACAUAGAAUUAAACAGAGAAUAUUUUUCUAGAUAUUUUGAUAAGCAUAAUACUAUUUAAUAACAGCUUUAUUUUUAUGAGGUAUAACUAAAGUAUAACUAAUUAAUAUUUUUGAAAUCGAUAUGAAAUUUUCUAUCUCUAGGACUCCGAUCUAAACUUCAAACGGUUAUAACUCAUAAAAAAAUAAAUCUGUUAUUACUUAUUUGUAAAAUGCGUAUCAAAAUUGAUCGAGGUACCAGGUAUCUAUUUGAAAAACACUUAUUUAAGGCACAUGGAGUAGGGGUAAAAAAUUAAAAAUGGUUUUAAAAUAAAGCUUAACUGAUUCCAUAAUGAUAUAAUGAUUAAAAAAUAACAGAAAUCAAAUCCUUAGAGAUAAUUGCCACUUAAUGAUAAAAAAAAGAACCACUCUGUAUUGAUCGCAAAUAUACGAUAUUAUCACGGUCAUGCUCGAUUAAUCAUCGAUGAUAAUAUCGGAUGUGUAUAAAUGAAAAAAAAUCACACACCAUUGUAAUAAUAAUAAUCGUCUCACCGCCGAAAUCUCGUCGUGUCCGCACGAGUACAUUGUGUGGUACGAUUUUCUGCAAAGAUCUGAUGAGCAAGUGAAAAUAUGAUGUAUUAUAUCGAAAAAAAAAAAAAAUAUGUGAAAAAUCCACGGAUAUGUGUUUUUUUUAUGAAAGACUUAUCGCGAUGAAUUUUGUCAUAAGAAAAAAAAACUGUCAACCCUUAUAAGAAGCAAAACGUCACCAACCCUUAUAUAAUGGUAGGUAAACGCGUUUUAUAUUGUAAAAAGUCUUGUCCAUCAACUGAAUAUAUCCAUACAUAAUUUACUUUUAAAUUCUGAGUACCUUGAAGAAAUAUGUUUUACGAAAUGGUGUUUUUUUUUCUUUCAUAAAAUGCUCAAUAUUAUUGUUUACAUUCGUCAUAGUUGAUUCGAGUUUUUGAGUGAUUUUUUUUAUGAAAUAAAAACAAUUUUGAUUAGAUAAAUUCUAAAAAUUUUUCAUUCAAAAAGCUGCAAUGGUACUUUAUUUUAAAUAUUUAUCGCGGUUCACAUCUUAGGUUCUUUAGAUUCGGAGCGUAGUGCUCGGAAUGUAUUGGUUUCACAAUGAUGUUUGUUUUUUAUUUUUAUUUUUUCUAUGAGCAACUUUUCUACGAGAAAUCUGGCUCUGUUGUAUCAAGUGUAUUACUUUUUCUGAAGGAAAAUUAUAUUUAGUUAGUCAUUUUUUUGAUUUUCUAAGAGGUUUAUAUAAUAAUUGGAAAAAACUGGAAAAAUCAGAAAAUGUACGUAUACGUAUUAAAUAAACUCGCUCUGAAUCGUUUUUCAUCAGAAACGGUUUAUCGUUGUGUACAGAUAUAAAUUAAAUUUUCUUUGCAUCCUACCUUCCCAAAUUUUCAUCUACAACAAUGGCCCACCCAUCGCGCGAAGUAUGUCCGUAUUUUUUUUGUCUUCGUUUUUGUUUGCAUCUAGCGCAACCUAUAAGCUGCAUAUAUAUAGUACUAAAUAUAUCCGGCUUUGUUUGCUCUUUUUCCUACAAUAUUUGAUAUGGCGUCGCCCUCGUGAAAAUAUCGAACUUUGUAAAACCCAAAUAAAAUAUGUUGGCGAUCGAAAGUUUCAACGGUCCGUAGACUCGUGCGCGUUGUGUGUUUAGCCGCAGGAUAGUUUUGUAACAGUUUUAACGGUCCGUAUAAAAUUAUAGUGGUCGGCAUUAUAAGAAACUACACAAAGUAAUACCGUGGCGAUUUAAAAUACUGCACACGGUAAACAUUUUUAUUAAUACCACCAAACUGCAGCGGCGUUAAACCCGCAAUGCGAAAACAAUUUUGGCGACAAGAGUAGGGAAAAAAAGCGGCAGAUUUUAUCGUAAAAAUUACACUUUAUACACGUUAUUUAUCGUUAUUAAAAACCGUCUACUACGACGCGUCAGGGUAAAUAAAAAUGGCUCGACGUCACGCGUUUGCCCGCUCGUCAUCGUCCCCUUUCGAAGCGUAUAUAAAUCGAUGUCGUCCGAUAAUAUUUUAUGCCAAUCACGGUUCUUCUAUAGACGACGCAAUCUCUGUGACAUAAAAAAAAAAAUGAAUUGUUACCUAUCCUCCUGUCGUGUACUUGCGUUAGGUGUAUGUAUUAUACCCGCGUCUCGUUUCGAAAAUGAUUUUCCGCCCGUUUUAUUUGUAUGCUAAUGUAUUAUGUGUAGUUUUUCGCGUUUGCAAUAAGUAUUAUUCAGAAUUUCGGGAUACUAAAUGAUUAUACGUUUAAAAUAAUUUUUUAUUCAUUUGUAGCCGGGAUUUUUCUUUUUUUUUUGCUAAUACUCACUGCAUACACAACUCCCCCCAAAAAAAGCGUCCUCUUAACGUUUAGACUUUUCCCAGUUACUCCUUAUCCUACCAUGGUGAUUAAUUCCUAUAUAAAAUAGAGCGUUUUGUUAUAUAAUCUACAAAUCCAAUUAUAUACCAUUUAUUUCAAAGUGAACACACAGUAAUCAAAAUCUCACUGUACGCUAGGUAUCCAAUAGCCACAGAAAACAUUCAUAAAUUCCCUGCCUCCCAAAAAAUUAGAAACUCGAUGAUUUUUUUUUUUUAUAACGUUCUAUCUUCCGUCAUACACAAAAGAUUUGAAAGGAGCGAAAUUAAUAUUUUUGGGAGUUUGGAAAGUGGAGGUGCAGGGGACGAUAAAAUCUCUCGAAAAGUUUCAUAAAGUAAUUUUAUAGACUGAUGGUCAUUUAUAAAGGCUAACUUUUGGAAAUUUCUAACCUGGUAUUUUAUUAUACGAAAAUGACGAUUUCCCUUUCCGCAAUAUAAGGAUUCAAAAACAAAGUUUAAAUUUAAAUUAAGCUUCCUAAAAAAUCGUUUUAUAUUUCUUAUGCGAUACUAUAAAAAAAAAAAAAAUGCCAUUCAAGUGCUGUAUUUUUUUUUAAACUUUUUCUUUUAGGUAAUUGGGUACUUUACUUUUUCAAGAAAAACGUUAUAACUGCAGCCUUUUGAGCAAUUUGUAUAAGAGAUAAAAUAAAAUAUAAGCUGAAUAGUGUUGAAGGUAUAAAAGAUAAACAAAAAAAUAUUCACAAACACUAUACUUAGCGGGCCGUGAAUGAAUGGAACAAUAAAUACAAAGAAGUCGUUUAUUCUCUGAUGUUUCGUAUUUUUGCCGUGCAGUAGCAGCAGAUUGUGGUAGUUAUAUAAUUGUAGAAUUGGAUAGAAAAUUAAAAUUACAAAAAAAUAUUAAUUAUUCCAUAUAGUAUUUUGGUAGAUUUUUUUGAUCUGUACUUAAAACCGAUUUUUAUUAUUAUUCUUAUUAUAUGUACUUAAAAAUACGAGAUUUUUUUCCCCUCAAUAAUCGGUAUAUUUUUUAUUUUUCCGGUAUUAUAUUAUACGGUAUUAAUAGAAAAGAAAAAAAAGAUAGGAUUUCUUUAUUAUGUUUUUCCAGCGAGGAUAAAUCCUGUUCGCUCUCCAUACAAAGAUAUCUUGUUUAAAGUACUUACCUAAAAUGGUUCAAAUGUUUUGAUUUUAAUUCAACGAUAGGUAGUAAAAAUUUCAAAAAUCAAUAUCUACACGUCAAAGUUGAGUAAGUAAUAAUAUUAUAAAGAAGAUGUCCUAGGAUAAUGGAAACGAGUACAACCAUUGUUAUAGGUAAUUUAAUAUACAUCUGUAAGCAACGAUAAACUAUUGCUAACGAAAAUACUAUUCUGAGCGCAGUUUAGUUUAUAGCGAUGCUUUGUUAACAAUAUAUAUUAUGUUAAAUUAUGGUAAAAUUAAUUAAAUAGGCAUUAUAUAUUUUCCUUAAUAAUAUUUGUUUAAUACUAUACCGAUUUUCCGUACUUCCCGGCUUUCCCAUGUUUUUUCCUGUUUUUUCUUAUUUGCUGGGAAAACUCUCGGAAAAAUCGAAAAAUUACCUCUCUAAAGUACCUUCCCAGUCAGAUUUCCUUUACAAAAAAUGCUAUUAUUGUAAAUCGGAUAAAAUUAGCUGGUAGAAAAUUUGUUUAUAGAAAAAAAAAAAAUCAAAUUUAGACUUUUAAUGAACCUCCUGUUAAAUUUUCAAGUAUUUCUGUUAAGUUUAACAAUUUUACGUUUUAAUUUUAACGUUUUAUCCUGGUUUUCCCAGAUAUUAUGAAAACUGCUUGGAAAAUCAAAAAAUUACCCCCCAAAAGUACUAUCUGGACAACAUUCCCUUUUAGAGAUGGUGCCGCGCGUAUAUAUCUGAGCAAGAUUUCUGGUAGAAUUUUUGUACACAGUAAAAAUAAAAAAAAUUUAAGUAAAACCAAUGCAUUCUUCGCUAUAUUUGGAAUCUAAAAAGAAAAGAAAGAACCGUAAAAAAAUUUAAAUUGCAUUAACGCGGUGAAAUGCAAACGUUUUAAUUGCAUAUAUUAUAUAGACGUCUACGUUUUUUUCAAUUGUGCUUGGACGAUAUACAUUGUUCGAAAAAAAAAGGGCGGAAUUCCGUUGUUCGAAAUACGAUCUACCUUUGAGAGUAUCCCGCAUUAUCGAAAAUGAUUAUAGCCAAUUCUACGAGUGUAGCCUGGUCUAUACUUUAAAGGUGACUCCAUCGUGAUCGUUAUGAAACUCGCAACUGUGAUAAUACUACUACCUUGAUUUAUCGCCGUGUGUAUAAGACAAUAGUUACUAUUGAAAUAUCCUGAAGGCGUAUUCCGCACACUAUUAACUAUUAAACAAGCAUUAUCGUGUAAGACCGUAAGAGUGCCAGUGAACUCAUACUAUCAUUAUAUUUUAAAAGCGUGUCGCAUUUCACAGACGAUUUUAUAUCAAAAUUUUGUAUUCAUGUGUACGAUGGUUUUGCGAUAUUAUUACCUGUUAGACAGUUUCAACAUCAAUUAUCACUUUACUAAAUCAUCGUGUGGACCAGGCAUUAAAUACAGAUGUUCGGCAGCCGAAAUACACAGAGAGCAAACUGCAUUGAUUAUAAUAUAUAAUCUAUGAAAGUGAAAUAUGUGUUUAUGUGACAUGAAUUAUAGGUAAUAAUAAUUAUACAAGUAGGUAUUUCUGUGACGAUAUGUUCAAAUAAAAAAAUAUCCAUGAGUUAGUUAUUGUCUUAUUGAUACCCACAGAUUUGUCCACUUAGUAUACGGCUGCUGAUUUCUAUAUCUUAUGCAUCAGUCGACUAUCCAAAUGUUUUAAACGUCUAUAUGGUUUAACGAGCUAAAAAAAAAUGCAAUAAAUAAGUCGAAAAAAUCCGUCCAUGCCAUAUAAUUUUCAAUGGAACGAUAAAAUACAAUUGUACAGGUAAGACUGUUAUUAUAAAACGGAACGUUUUUAAAGAGAUUUUGAUUAUCUUUUUGUCGAGAGGAAAGCCAAAACGUUUCGAAUAUAUCGAGAGAAAAAGCCCUACACGAGUAUAUACUUACGGUAGAAACCGAUAUGUGAAAUUCGGAGCUUUGAGCGCUCGGCAUUUUGUAUUUUAUAUUUUUAUUUAUAUUUUUAAUAGCGUUUCUUUGUUUGACGGUUGCCCGAAUAUUAUUGUAUAUUAUAGGGUAGCGCCCAUAGACUUUGUCGGGUGAAUAAAUAAAACCAAACGACAGAAACUUGGCAUUGUUCGAGAGUGUAGGAGAGGAUAAAAAAAAAGUGCAUCGCCGAAUAUACAAAUAUUUAUACGCGCGAACAUACCCGAUUUCCGUGAAAUUCUUCUCGUGGUUUGGAUUUAAUUCGACGACGUGCAUGAGGACUGUGCGAACCAACAUAGACCACCGGUUUGUCAUUGUACCGCUGAAACACCAUUAUAUUGUACCCAAAACGAUACGCAAUAUAAUUAUCCACUCAUACGUAUAGCGGUUGAAUAUAUUAUUUUAUUAAGCAAUCGAUAUGACGGAUAAAAAUAAUAUAAAAAAAACAUAAACCUGACAUAAAUAGCUAUAUAAUAAUAUAAUUUAUUAUUUUGUGAUCAAGGUAACCCGAAAAUCAACAAAAAUAAAACCAAUGUCCUUUGUCCCUAAAUUUUUAAAAUUUCUUUUAAUAACCGGUGGUAAAAUUACAAGCGAUUUUUUUAAAAUUACCGUAUAUUCAAAAGUACCGUCGACCGGGAAAUAUGACAUAUUUUGAAGUAUAAAAAAAUAAAUAAGAUCAUUUUUAUUAACCGAAAAUAGGAUUUUCCAUGGAAAAAAACACAUCUUAGUAAAACUAAUAUAGUAUUCUCGCCACACUAACAAUUUAAAAUAUGUACAAGUAAAAAUUCAAUUGCGUUUUUUAUUUUGCCAUUUUAAAUAGACCCGAUGUACGAUACUUCAAAUCGAAAAAUACAAUUUAAACUAACAAUUUACAACUCUAAGUAAACAAUUAAAAACUAAUUAACACAACGUAUCAAUAUUUUAUUUGAUUUUUUAUUAAUUUCAUAUUUUUCGUCUAUUCUAUCUUGUAAUUUUUUUUUAUUCAUCCACGAAUCUUCUCCAGUUAUCUGGCGCAACUAGGUGAUUGUUAAAUUGUCUUUAACACUCACAACAAGUUUAAAAUGACCACCUCCAAAAACAUCCAAAAAGGUUUUUCAUAGUGAUGAUUAAAUAUUUUAUCCGCGAAUUAUUCAUAAUUAAUGAACAGAUCAGAAUACAGAUUUCCUACAGCAUAUGUGUGUAUGAAAAAGAAUGUUAAAACAGUUCUGAUAAAUUUGUAUAAUUGUAAAUAAAAUGUGUAGUUACCAAUUGUAAGAGUAGCGUGAAGGGGAUUGUGGGGGCAUUGAUCCAUGGGUGUUUGAUGUGUCCAUAGUUUAAGCACCCUAAAAGUUGGUGGUCUAGUUGUGGCUAUGCUCCAGUAUAUUAUAAUACGUACCCAAAUGUACACUACGAUUUCACUAAUAACUGUUUCGUUUCGUUUCACUGUCCCAAUAAUAUUUCUACGUUAAUUGACGAAGACGUGGCUAUCUAAAAAAAAUAAAAAUCGGACCCAAGCAGGGCGUGGUAAAAAAAAAAAAAAACGAAUUAUGCGGAUAGCGUGCUAAUGUCAAAUCGCACUAAAUUUUUUAUUAUUUGUUUUAUCUCGAAAUAGCUACUAUCUAUACCUAUGAACCCGCAUAAUAAGUCAGCGCGUAAAAAACUAUUCUGGCGAUCGGCAUGGAGUCUACAAAAGUUAUAUAACGAAGAUGAUUGCGUACCGGAAGUGAUAUUUUUAGUGUCGGAAUCGCAAAGACGGCGGGCGGUACGCGUAGAAUGCGGUUCGUCGACACGAAUACACAGUUUUAUUGAUUUUGAUUUUUUUUUCUUCAUUCUUUAAGUUUUCCCCGAAAAUAUAAACACUGUUGCACUGUAUUGUGUUUUAUUUGUUUUAUAGUUACAUAUUUUUCCUCCCUGUACUUGUGAACACUCGAUGAAACGAUACAAUUUUGGUUAAAUUUCAAUAUAUAUUUCAGCACGACGUUGUUUUUUACGGAGAUGGUGUCUUUUUAGCUUCGAAAACCCCCGCGUACUCCUCAAAUAAAGCCAAGACGAUGCAAUUUUGUGUGUGUUUUAAGUUAAUAUUAACGACGUGCCUUUCGGUGGUUUCAUUUUUUAAGCCCCGUCCCUACCAAUUUAAUGCUCAAAUUUCACCAUUUCUUUGGAAGUAGUAUGACUGCAGUGGGAAAUAUAGCCAGGUAUUUCGGCGUAUUAUAAAAUUCGGUUAUUUUUUAAUUUUUUAUAGAAUAUUUCUAUAAUAGAAAAUAUAUGAGGUAGAAUUCGACGCUACAUGGCGGCGCUUUGCUACUCACGGGUGUUUUUUAUUUCAUAUUUCAUUCGAACUACGGAUUUUUUUCACUGCAGCAUUUUCCAUUGACGAUUUUGUUGCAGUUAACUUGAAUAGCAGAUUGAAAAAUAAAUCGUUUAUGUUUUAUACCAAAAACGUGCCUUUCAGAACUUUGUUGGCGUUUGAAAUGUUUUUUUUUUUUUGUGAACUUUAAAUGCUAAAUGUCUCUAGUCCUGUUAAUUACACAUCCGGGGGCUGGAAAUAAGUUUUCUGGGGAUUUGAAAAUUGUAUAUUUUGUUUUUCUUCGGGUAAUCCAACUUAGGCAACGUUGCCCGGAUAACAGUUAUACAGAAUAAAUUUAAAAUGUUUAUUUAAAAUCACGUAUGUAUCGAUCCGUUUUUAUUUAUUUUUUUCAUAUAUAUAUAUUUCACGUAUUUGAUUUAUAACUGUACCGAUUUAUUAUGAUUGCAUGGACGUGGCGUUGGCAAUAUUACGAGUGCAUACAAAUAAAUAAAUAUAUAUACAUUUUAUUUUAUCGUCAUCGUCAUCGUCGCAAACAUAGCAUAAGCCGGUGACGAAAAUAAUUCCAAACAAUCAAAUUAUAAAGCGUUACGAUGUCGUGUCGCGGGCGCAACGUCAAUCAUUACCAUACUUUCCUAUAUAAAUAUACUCGUACUAUAGGUAUACGUAUAAUAUUUUUUCAUUGCAGUCCAUAUCGACUUUAUUACACCGUAUAGGUUUGAAUGCGUGUAUUCGUUUAAAUAUCCGUACUAAUAGUACGAGAAAGAAAAAUGUAUUAUUAUGAAAUUCGUACAUCGAUGACUUUGAGUUGACAUUAAAAUAAAAAAUAGAUAAAAAACGGUGUACUAGAGUAUUACCGUGCUACAAUAUGAUGACAGCCAUAUAACAAAAUUGCAAAUUUUAUUGAUUGGCCCAUGAAAUAUUAACUGUUUAUGCCAUGAAUUAUAUGACAAAUUCAAUUGAAAAUACAAAUUGUAAUGGUUUCUAACGAGUUAACCUUUGUUACUAUAUUACCAUCGUAUAAUUUUUGGCAAAAACUAAGAUAGUUAUUUUAUUGGUUAUGAUAUAAUUUUGUUCUCUUUGUGAAUGGCUGCCAAACUUUAUAACUCUUAAUCAGUGCCAUGCCUAGCAAAAUCAACACUUGGUACUAAGAUUAAUUUUAAGCGCCUUUCCUGAAAAAAAUGUUGUACCUAACAUAUAUAUCUAACUUUAUACGACCAACGCGGUAGCUAAAACCAAAUUUCACGAGACAGGAGAUUAGUUCGUUAAACCACUUUUUGUGUAUUAUAAUUUUUACGUUGGGUUUUAAAAUUUAAUCGAUUAGGUGAAUUGAAUUCCUAACCCUCCAACCAUCUACGGCUCUACACCUUAUCUAUGGGUUGUAUGUGGUCGCAUCUUAUUGUUUUUAAUCGUAAAGUUCAAUGUAUAUUAAUGAAUAAUGAUGUUGUAAUUCAGUUUUAAAACACGAAUUCAGACGAUUGAUUUGAAUUAAUAUUUAUCGUGUAUUAUAAAAUAACGACCCCCCCCCCCCCGCCCGUAGGUACGACUCUGUCUCGUAUAAUGGGAUUCCAUAGCAUAUGUAUUAUGUAAGCAUUAUAGUACAGUCGGCUAUCUGUUUAUUUCAUUUAAGUAAUAUUAUAUAAUGAACAAAACGAUCAACAAAGUAAAAAUAAAUAUAAUAAAACCGCGGUUUACAUACUUUUAGGGUAAUGUACGGAAAACGGACGGAAAUCUAUUGUUGGUUAAAUUAUUUCCGUCGGUUAUUUAGGUGUAAAUGUUACACUCAGAAUCAUAACGUUAUGCGUUCACGAAUUAUUCGGGAUAAAUUGUUCAAAUUUCCGAAGCCACCGAAACUUUAACGCAUUACUCGAACGCGCAUUAUAUUUACGUCAAAUCGAUAGAAUAUUUCGCUUAGUCUAUUCGUUUCGAAUACUGCACACAUAAAUCAUACGAUAACAUAAUAGCAUAUUAUGCAGUCAUUCCGAUCGUUUCGGCGUUAUAACAUCAGCGUGAUUAAUUUCGAAUUUUAAUAGAACAUUAAUUUCGGAAGUACAAUAACGGGACAUUUAAUUCAUUUGAAAAAUUAUAUAUUUAGCGAUUUCGUAAAUGCAUCCGUUACGAGCGACGGAUUAUAAACCCUAAAAUAUAAUAUUGCUAUUCAAACAGUUUACAGUGUUUUCAGCAAUAAGAUAUCCAUUGAAAAUCGACAAUUCGCAAAUUGCGUGUACUCAGUCGUAGACUGGAUUGGGUCAUUAUUUCACGAAUUCGCUUCAAAAAUACAACCGUUUUUUUUGGGGGGUUAACUUAUCGUGUUAUUCUUUUUAUUUGUCUACCGCCAUACUUACUCUUCGAGAGUUUAACGAGUUUUUAACGUCUUAACUAUAUUUCGUCAACUGUUAUUUGUCACUAUUUUUUAAACACCUCUCUCGAGUUUUAAAUUACAGAUUUUUUUUAAAUCUAUCUUUUCUGCGUCUUCUUUUCCGGGUUUUUUUUAUAACAUUUUUAGUGUUACGAGAUCCAUUCUCGAAAGAUCUACACCUUUUUGCUAUCUGUUUGGUUGUCGUUGAAACCUCGUAAAAAUAACCGUUGGCCCUAUAAUAGCUAUACGUACUAUUUUCUUACUAUUGUUUUUGUUCAUACGAAUUCUAUCUUUGAAAAUUCUCUUCGAAUUUCGGUAAACGUAAUCAUAUACGGUAUUAGCGAGAUAAUUCGCGUGUAUUGAAACUUUACUGACUGCGGGUAAACGAACGCGUCACGUGUAUGAUGGUACUUGGAAGAAACAAUAGCCGUGAAAUUAAACGGAAAUGUUGAGAAAAAAUAUAACCGAACACAGGUGUAAAUAAUACGUAGUUUAAUAAUUGUAAUAUUGUACGACCCGUUUAGAAUCAACAUUUUUAAUCGGAUUAAAAGUACUGUAGAAUUACAUUAUCGUGUUUCAUACCGAAUAAUGUGCACUUAAGUACAUGCACACGUAAACCGUAGAAUGUUUCUCUUCGUUCUAACGGUACCGUUUAAGAAACCAAUAAAAUCCGAACAAUCGUGAAUAAAAAAACAAAACAAAAUUCAACCAUAAAAUAUAAUACUACUGACAGAAAUAAACGUACCGAUUAUUUUUAGCAGUUAAAGUACAAUAGGUAUACGUACUUUUCGUUUUUGUAAUAUUUUCGAAAAUAUCACCCACGGUUUUCCAAUUAAAAAAGUAACAAAAAAAAUAGUUUCGAUUAUAAUAAUACUGUACGGAAACCUUUACGGAUUCACCGACGAAUCGUAAUUUCAUUAAAAAUGAAACUUUUGAAAGUAUUGACCCCCAUCCCCUCCCUGAUUUAUUUUUAUUUCUCGUUGCCAAUUAAUCAAUAUUUUUUUUUUUUCAAAUAACCGAGAUAAAUAUGUAUUUUUUUAAUCAAAAACCACUACCUCGUAUACAAUUAACCAACGUAUUCGUUGAUAACGACUACAACCACCUUAACUUAUAUUUAUUACGUAAAACUUUCAAAAGUCAUCAUAAUUAAUAUUUGCGUAACACCGCGGGGCUUCUUACAUUAUACAAAGAGAAUGUUGGGAGGAGGGGGUCGAAAUCGAGAAAACGUUUUCGUUUAAAAUAUAAUAUUACCGUAAUGUAAUAAAUAACAAUCGCGUAUAUUUUAUGGACUAAAAUUUAUAAUACGUUCUACGCAACAAGAAAAUGAAAUUUUGCCAGAAAUCUGAUAAUAUUUUCAUCAAAGGUAUUUCUCGUGCGCGUAUCCGAGUGCAAUAAAUUAAUAAAGAACCUGGAAUUAUAAUUUAUUAUAAUAAGGCCGGAAAGAUGUUAAACUUAAAUUAUUAUAAUUUUUUUUUCUAAAGAAUAAUAUUAUUCUAUAUUUUUACGAUUUCCACUAUCUAUAAAAACAGGUUUCUCUUCGAUAGUAUUAUAAAUUGGAUGGUUUUUAUUUUUGACAUACACGGUAAGUUAAAAAUUUUAAUUUUUCGGCGAUUAAAAGUUUGAAUUUCAUAUUUGUUUUCAUUAGUUUUUAGAAUCGAUAGUUAGUACUCGAUUUUUUUUAGUUUUCUCGAGUCUCGAAUAGACAAAUAUUUAAUUCUACUUGAUUCAAUUAAAUUUCAAAAAACCAAUAUUCGUUCAAUUUUACUACUUAAAAUUAUGAGCGUGGCGAGGGAACAAUUAUUUUGCUCUAUAUGAGUAUUUUCUAUUGUGACCUGUCCCGUAUGCACGUACGAAUAUGUAGGCUUAUCACUUUUUCACAAUAUUUUAUUACUUGCUAUACCAAUAGUCUUAUUAUUGUGACCUCAGACCUAUCGCGUAUUAUCAUGAUUAAAUAACGUUAUGAUAUCACAUUUCUCACUGCAAUAAUUUGCCCGAAAGUGGCACCAUUAAUCGCGGUGUAAAGUUUCACUCGGAAUUGGCGACAUAUAAACCGAAAAAUAACUUUAAAAUGUGACUUUUCGUUCUUCACACAAAAACCGUCCUGUUACGUUAUUUAUAUUAUAACUACUGCGUUCGACGUUGUAAAUUCUCGCGCGUAGCGAAAUUGCCUAUACGAGACGCCGUGUCACGAUCGCCUCCGGUCAUCGACGUUCGGAAAUAAUAAUACUUUGUUAUUAAAAUAAUAAAAAAAAAAAAGCAUUCGACAGAUACAUUCGGUAGAUAGACGGUUUUCGAUAGGUUUUUUUUCUGAAACGAUUUUUUCUUACCCGCGAUUAUUGCGGAUAGAGUGAUGAAUCGCUAUAUUAUAUUGGUUUAACAAAUGAUUCGUAUGUUUUUUUAAUAAUAAUACUUAACACAUAAUCGACGGGAAAAUUUCGUGUCGACAUUUUAUUUUCUCUUCCUCCCCCCCCCCUUACUUCUCCUGGAGUGCGCGUAAAGGUAGGUUAUACAUAAAGUUUAAUAAUACGUCGACGCGAGUGAAUCCGCAAAGUUCAACGGCUAAUUUAUGUGCACGCGUACAAUUUGUUAAGUUAGGGACAGACGGGUAAUGUUUUUAUCAUCGACUCCGGGACGGCACGACGCGACGGUGUUGUUAUGUUGUUUUCGCGACGUCUCCGGAAGGUUAUAAGGAAAAACAAUACGUUUUAGCGACGAGUUUAUUUCGGUUAUACUAUACACGGAAACAAACACAAACCGCGAAAUCAAUAUAACUGCGUAUAGCGUGUACAAAUGUCGAACACAGUUUCUACCUACCGAUGAAGUACGAAGUCGAUUUUGGAAUCGAUUGCAAUUUUAAAAAAAAAAACAACCCAUUGGCCGAUUAUGUUUGUCGACGGUGUAUCAAUAUUGAAUGCGGUUUUCGAGGAAAAAAAAUAAACUUGAUGCAAUUGCAUUAUUUUAUGCCUUUGCUCUAAUACCUUACAUGUAUAGAAAACUGUUUCUUGGAAUGUAGCAAAUAGAAGCAAACGAUUGUUUUUUUUUUCAUUUUUAAGGAAUCGCAUACUGAUAUACUGUCAUUUAUUAAUAUCAUUUGAUUAUUCAAUACUUUUUGUGAGAUUAUAUUUGCAUUUUCAUUACGCGUCCGGUACGUAAAACACGUGUAUUCAAAUUAAAUGUCUUCCUCUUCAAAUACUUGUCGUAUUCCAUAUUUCUUAAUCUCCUGAAUCUAGGUCAUUGUACCUCGACAAUAAAUAAUAAAUAUCAACAUUAUAUUAGGGUGUAAUAAAAACCCCGUUCUUCACAGAUAAAGGUGAACCGCUAAUCUACUCUAUUAUAAUUUAUUCCAACAAUUUCUGCCGGAAUAUAUACACGUUUAAUGUUUUUCUUUUUGUUUUUUUUUUAUGUUGUUUAACAUUAAAAUGUAGUUUUAUAAUUUUUUUUUUUCCUGUAGUUUACCAUAGUAUACCGGAAUGAUAAAAACUCGGAAUAUAAAAUUCCAAAAAGUUAGUUGAACCUCUGGGCGCGAUAAUUCGGAAUGUUAUAUGCUAGUGUUUUUUAUUUUAGUACAUUUAGUUAAACAACAUUCCAAGUACUCAGCCACACGAAUAUUCGUCGGAUUUAUAAUUUAACGUCAGACUAAAUUACGCACAGAUCGAUAAACUAAUUAUUUUUCUGCGUUAAUAUAAACUAUUAAAAAUUCCGUUUUUAAUAUAUGUUUAGCUAAAUUGUAGUCGGGAUAAAAUUUAAGAAUAAUUUUCUUUUGCGAAAACAGACCCAACGUCACGCGACAAAUUAUGUCAAAGGAAUUAUGUUCGACGAACGUCCGUGGAAUAGUCAAACGCGAUUUUUCGCAUGUUUUACCGGAUUCCACGCUCGUUUUCGCCCACUGGCUCGUUCCACUUUCAGCGAAUUCCUCAAGCAUAAUGAGUGCAACUAGUUUUAUUAUAAUAUUAUUCAAAUGCGAAAUUUCCCCGUCGCCUUUCGUAAUUUUAUCCCCGGGCAACGCUGAUUUUUUAAUUUGAUGUUUUACGUGUUGGCCUAUUUUCUCUUAUUGUAUAAUAGUAUAAUAGUUAUAGUUUUAUUUCCCUGUUAAAUUUUUAUUUUUUUGUCUCUUUAUAUAAUAAUACUACUGUGUGUGAUGUAUUACGUGCGGCUGAAUCGAUUCGCGUCGGAAAACCUAUUAUAAAUAAGAAAUAAUAAUAUUAUCAAAUUGUAUUUCGCGUAAUACGCAGAUACGAAAUAAUAUGUAAGCGAUAAAAUAUACAAUAUAUUUUUCACUAUCUCGCGUUCGUAUUAUCAUAUACAUAAUAUUAUAUUAUGUGUGUACGAAUGGAAGAAAUAAAAAAAAAAAAUAAUAAUAAUAAAAAAUUCUAUACAUUAGAUUAUAUAUUUUGUAUUGUAUAGUUCUAUGGAUUUAUCGAAAUGUAUUAUUUGAAACUUUUUUCCGUACAUAUAUAUAUAUACAAUAUAAUAAUAUAACAUAAUCUAUUAUACACGAACUAGGUGUACAUAAUUUAUAAUAUCGAAUGAAAUUUAAUAAAAAAAUAAUAAUAAUAAUAAAGAAAGAAAUUACAAAAAAAAAAAAAAAGGUAAAUAAUUCUUCGACUCGACUGCGACUGCUGCGACGUGACUGCGUCCAAUAUACUAUUACGGUUCCUACGCGUUUUCAGAACAUCGUCGUAACAUAUAUCACGUUCUUCAUUUAUUUCGUUUCCAAAGGAGAAAAACUAAUAAUAAUAAUAAUAAAUAGCAAAUAUUUGUAGUUUUUCGCCGAAACCGUAUAUACAGUUAUGGCAGUUCGUGUUACACAUACACGAAAUCGGAUCCACGUACGUAAGCCGCGUCUCAAAGGAACAAUCGUGGAAUUCGAAAAGAAAUCCAUCGCGCUGCGACGAAUGUAUCGAAAAUUGAAUAAAAUAUUAUGCCUUUUCGAACGUCCCACAGAAAUUCGUUAAAGGUACUGCUCGUGAUAUUGUUUACAAAUUAUGCGGUAUUAUGUUAAAAAUUGCUUAUAGGGAAUUAUUAACAUUUUACAAAGACUUGACAAAUAAUUUAAUCAAUUUAAAUUUUCGUACUAAGGCUAUCUCGUUGUUUUACCCAAAACGUGCUUAACAUAAAUAACUUUCAUGCAACAAUGCGCGUAAAGAUACAUUUAAAAAUAUCUGUAUAUAGAUAAAGGAUAUUUACUAGAGUAAUUAUUAUCUAGAUGAAGAUAUGAGAUACCGGAAAAAACUUUGGAUUAAGAAUAUUUCAUUGUUUGAUUAUGUAUCUAUAAACCGGGGGGAAAAAUAUGUACAAAAAAAAAAAAAUGGUUUUUAUAAAUGGAAAAAAUGGAUCAUAUUCUGAAAGAUGAUGAUAUUAUUUAAAAUGUGUCUGUAAGAAUUCUUCCACUUUCCACGAAAAAAAAAAUAUAUAACCAAAAUCGGUUCACUUUACGUGAUAUAAGAGUCUUUCUUGUAAGAUACAACAAAAAAACAUUGUUCGCAGGUCUUUAAAAUUUUAGAUUCUGAGUGGAGCGAAGAAGCUUAUGGUUUUAUAAAGAUGUAUAUAAUUUUUUUUUUAUUUGUGCACAACUUUUCUACAGAAAUGUUGCUCCGAUUUUUAAGUUUAUAGCACCUUUUCUGAAAGGCGUGGGGAUGUACUUUAAAGAGUUCAUUUUCCGAUUAGUUUUUUUUAUUAAAUGUGAAAACCGAAAAUAAACAUAGGAGAAACGGGAGGACCGGUACAUUAAAAAAAUAUUUUUAAAGAUAAUAUAUAAUGCCUAUUUAAUUAUUUUACUAUAAAAUGACAAUAUUAAAUUUUAGUAUUAUAAUGUAUAGCGUAUUGAGUUUUAUAAAUCUGCGUACUAACGUUUUUUGUUAAAUACUUCUCGUAGUUUUCCGAAACCUAAAAAUAGUUAAAAAUGUGAGUUGAAAAAAAAUUAAAUAUUUUCUCUGUUAUAAAUGCGAAUGGUUAAUAUAUAAAUUCGUGCUCGGUAACAAUAUAUUACCGAAUGCUGAUUCUUUGGAGGCGUAAACAGUAAAGAUUCCACGAACAAAAAACUGAAUAAUUUGUUGUCAUAAAAAAUAACACAAACUUUUAAGCGGGCUUCCUCCCUUAUGACGGCUGACAACCGCAGUAAGUUCUUUUUAAGUGGAUUUUACUAUCAAAACACUUUCCAAAAAGUAUUUUGUUUCUUUUAUUUUUUUAUGAGCUUUUAGUGUGUUUUAAAUUUGCGUAUUAUUUAAUAUUUUUCUUUUAAAAAAAAGAAACAAAGAAAACCCGUUCACAGAUUAUAUUUGCAAUGUAUUCAUAAGAACUUCUGUUUUUUUUUUCAAUUUUCUAAAAUAGUCUGAAGUCAGGCCUCGCUCAUUCUAUCUGCAGAUAUCCGAAUAUUUGAUUAUCGUACACGAAUAUAAAUUCGAUCGAAAAUAUUUAAAUAAUAAACGAUCAUCAUGUUGAAAAAAAAAAAAAAAAUUUAAUAUUUUCCAGUCGUAUUUUUAUCUGUCAAUAUAUGCGGGUAUUUUUUUUUAUCGUCAUAUCGUAUAUAUGUAAGUAUUGUAUUAUUCUAUGUUCGCGCUAAUGCUGUUUGGGUUUCUACUUAGCAUUUAUUAUUAUUACUGUUAUUCAAAAUUUCAAUUUUAAAUUGCAUACUUUGAAACUGAACAUUUUUCACAAUACACGCGUGUAUUGAUUCAUUUAUUUAUUUUAUUUUUUGUGUAUACAUUAUUUAUUUAUACAUUUAUUUAUUAUAUUCAUUUGCUUUAUUUAUUUACGAAUAUUAACCAUUUUAAUGAUUUGGCUUUUACUUUAUUAUUUUAUUAUGAAUAAAUAUUGUUAUUAACCGUUCGAGUUUUUUGUUUUAUUAUUCGUUCGCGGUGAACAGUUUGAACUGCCGCACCGUGCUUCUCAAUAUUUCAUCGCAUAUACAAACAUAAAAAAAAACAUCAGAAUUUUUGAAAAAUACAUUCGAACCGACUUGUACAAAACUAACGAAUUCAUGAAACAUGUACGAAUUUUUGGCACCUCGUUAAGUGCGCAACAUAAAUAAUAAAACAAAUUUACACAAUUUUGGUCGUACGAUUACACGUUUGCAUGUACAUUGCACACGAACCCUGUAAUUCGUCACACCGAAACACACUUUACUUCUUACUUUUCCUUUUUACUUUUGGAUUCACUUUGUGAAUAUUAUUAAUAUGCAUUUAGUUAUUCCAUUGUCAUUAUCAAUUUUAUCAGUUUUAUCGAUAUUAUUAUACCAGCUUAUUUUACCAUAUUACAUCCAACUUAUUUUACCAGCGUAUACUCCAGCCGUAAAAAAAUGAAAAUUUAAAAAUCACGAUGAUAUAUUUUUUUCAUAAAUUGUUCGAAGGUACAUAUUCCAAUAUUGUUUCGUCUUGGGGCCAUUGGAUUACGUAAUCAUUAAAUAUUCGCAUAGACGGAGAUACGGGAUAUGACGGGUAUGCUUUAACGCACUCUGAACGUCAAAAUAUUUUUCAAAUCGAGGAAAACUUAUUUUUGAUUUACUAUAUGCAAUUAAAUUCAUGCUGAAUCAAAAAAAAAAAAAAUUAAAUCGUUUACAGUUAUUACGUCUGUUAACGAAAAAAAUAUUAUCAUUUAUUUCGUAAAUCUUCUACACUAUAGGUAAUAUAGUUAUGACCGUAAAUGGACGGGGAAAUUAUUAUACACAAUGUCAUUACAUACAGCCGUUAAAAUAAAACCUAAUUAUUCAAAAUGUCGUUUUUCAGGUAACGGAUACAUUGAAGGCACCGAGUUGGACGGCUUUCUGAGAGAAUUCGUUUCCAGCGCUAAUACUGCGGACGUCAGCCCCGAGGUAUGUACCCAUAUACAUAUAUAUAUAUAUAUACAAGAUUUAUUUUACGCACCGUUUUAGCUUUUGUAAAAUAUGUAUACUAAAAAAAAAAAAAAAGACAUUAAUAAAAGUCGAGACACGUACCAACACGGAGUAAUCUAAAUUACUUUAACGGAUGCUGAUGUAUAUUCUUUGUUCCGCUUCGGGAGAUAAAACCGCCGGCAGCGCGGCAGUGUGAACGAAACAAAAGCGCGUAGAAAAGUGUUGAGUGCAAAAAAAAAAACCAUACAGCUACUAACACGAUGCCACACAUUUUGUUCGUGUAGGCGUUUAUGCCGAUGAAAAAAAAAAUAAAAAGUCUAAAAAAUUAAACACUUUGUAUUAUAUAUACAUACAUAAUGGUAAUUUGGUUCACAUUUUAUGGCUGAAAAACUGUAAAACUCGCAAUAUAAUGACGUAAAUGUCCUGUAACGAUCAUUUAAUAAGUGCGGUAUCGGUGCACUAUGAAAUAUCUACUUUUCGUUUUCGUGCUUAUAAUGGUUGGUUUCUUUUAUUUUUAAACUACAUAUUUAAACUGUUUUUAUUUUCAAAGUAAUAAUAACGGGAAGUAGUAGACGACCCCCUCUCUUAAAAAAAAAAACUAAUUUAUAAAAAUGACUGUAUUCCUCACUUAUAGUGUCGUAUUUAGAAUUUUAUCGUUGGAGUGGAGUAGGAAAAUAUAUUUCAUUGACCCGAGAAAAUUAUUACGCAUUUUAUCCAUCAAAUUUUUCAAAUAAAACGUCUAACUAUAGCAUAUAAAUAAAAAAAAAUUACAGGGCGAUUUGUUUUGGUUUUAUCAUAGCCCGGCCUUAUAAUAUCUUAUACAGCGAUUUCGAGUAAAAUUAAUGUCGAGGUUUUUCACACUAUAAAUUGAAUGAUUUUAUUUUUUUAAUGUUACCCUUAUUCUGUAGUAUAUGUCAUAAUUAAAACUAGACACUUUUGAUAUUUUUUAAGUAGUAAAUAUUGUAAUACAUAAAAUAUGUAUAUUACACCGUUUAUAAGUAACAGAAGUAAAAAUUAAGACCGACGUUGUAGGGCGAUGAGUUUUAACAUUAUAAACGGAUACAAAAUUUAUUUUACCAUACAGAAAUCGCAUUUAUUUAAAAUCAUCCGAUAAAAUCGUUCAAUCGUGGUAAAAAAAAAAAAAUCAUCACUUUAAAUAUCAUUAUAAUUUCGUAUUCUUUCUUUUUUUUUUUUUUUGCGAAAUUGACUUGUCAAUCAAACGAUGGCCCUUUUUUAAUGGUGUAUAAUUCGAAUGUUUCGACGAUCACACGCUAAUCGAACAAUACACCUGGCAACAAAUCAACCGAAUUGAUUCGUUUUAGACAUUUCGUUAGAAUGUCGUCUUUAUCGAAAACUAUAAUACAAAACAAUUAGUCUUUGUUGAAACAGCAACAACAAGAAGUAAUGCCAAAAUACUUUUAUAUAGAUUAUUUAUGUAUACUCGUACAUAUAAAGUGAUUUUUAUUUUAUCAUGAACCAGCAGUUUUCUUGAAGCAUUUUAAGUGAAUUUGUUUUUUUUUUUAUCAUUAUAGAAUCGUAGAUUAAGUUUUAUUUUUAAACCAUUUUUAGUUUUUUAUCUCCACUCCGUGUAUUGAAUAAAUAUAUACUUUUAUUUUUCAAGUAGGAAGGUUCCUUUUUAAACACAGAUUUGAUUAGAGAAUGUUUUAAAAGACAUUUUGAUACACAAACGCAAAUAUCAUAUUUACCGUAUAUUAUGAGUUAUGACCUUUUUAAGUUUAAACCGGAGAAGUAGGGACUCGAAUACGGUAAAUCUGAUAUUAGCGUUUUGUUUAUCAAAACAUGCAAAAAAAAUAUUCUCUCUGUUUAAAUUAUGUAUUGUUGUUAUUUAUUUCGGUGUUCUUAAAUUUAUUAUUUGAAUUAUUAUAAUAUCAAAUAUAAUAAUGAUAAUAUUUAAUUAUUUAUAAUCGAAAAACAAAAACAAAUAACAGAAAUAUAGACUAAACAUUUAUAUGCUUGAAAAACAUAUAAAAUAUAAUGUCUGUGAAGAAAAACACAAAGGGCAAAAUAACACACCAAUUAUACAUAACUAAAUAAAUAAUAAAUAAUAAAAAUAUAAAUAAAUCACUCAACUUUAUGAUUAUGUUGUUUUUUUUUUUUAAAUUUAAUCUCAAUGUUUAUUUUUUAUAGUAUAGAUACGAUAUCUGUUGUUUUUUUAUUUCGAUAGCAUAUGCUGCGCAGUGGUACUAAUGUUAUUAGCUAUAGGUAUAACAUUUAUUUUUAUUAGGUACGAAAAUCAAAAAUUUUUUAUACACUUUUUGAAUUUUAUAUCGAUACAUAUAUAUAUAAUCUAUAGUAGAGGGUGACGAAAUUAUUUUUUAUUAUGUAGUAACGGAGGAAAAUGGUAUCACAUUUACAGAGGAAAAUGGCUACGGCCGAACUUUUACCGGUAUCGUUAUUUUUCGAAAGGGUAAAAAACUAAAGUACCUACGUACCUAUAUAGCUGUACAAACUAUCGACUGUGCACACUGACCCGGCAAUAAUUGUUCGUCUCUCGACCGGAACGCACAGUCUAUCGCCUUGAUUCAAAAGGUCAAUAAUUUCACUUCCUUUGCUCGUUAUUAUUAUCACUAAUAUCAGUAAGCCGCCGCGCCUCGAACGCUCUCGAAAUAGUCCGUAUGAAAAGUGUUAGGAAAUUAAUUUUCAGACCGUUUCACACGGGCACUGCUGCAGCUGUUAUUUUUACGGAACAACGACUCCGUUUAUUUACCAACGCAACAGUAAUAAAACGCAACAGUAUGGUACGCUAAUGUCAUUAUAAGGACGAGAUGGUUAAAAAAAAAAAGUCUGAAAAGAAUACGAUAAAAAAAAAUUUCAAAGGUGUGAGAAAGAUCGAUGGCUAACCGCGCGUGUCGACGAUUCAUUUUUGCGCGGUUUUUUCUUUUCUAAACAUAAAUUUAGUAUAUAUAUAUAUAUAGUGUUUUUGAGCCGAUACUAUUAGGAUUUUUAUCUACAAGCUUCUCGGCGAGAUAGUGAUUAUAGUUUAUCGGUCACCCCGGGUAUUUUUUUUUUUGCACAUUUAUUUACGGCAGGGAAAACAUUUUUCAAAACAUAUAUUAUACUCAUUGGCGUAGGCAAAAGAAAGGAAGUAAGAGGAUCAAACUCUCUCUUUAUUGAUAUUUUAAUCAUAGAUCUAUAAAAAAAAAAAAAAAAAUCAUAAUUAACGUAGGAACUGUUAUUGCGUACAUUUCCCCUUUUUCCUGGUUCUGUACAACAAUUGUAAUAAUUAUUAUUAAAAUCAAAACAAUAAAAUGACCUUAUCUAUAUUUUGUAAAAAUUUGUAAAUUUCUCAAGUAGUACAAUUCAACAGAGUUUAUCUUUGCAAUUGUAUUUACAAUAAUAUUAUAUUAGUCUCAAUAAUAGUGUGAUAAAAAACUUUAUUUUACUAUACAUUUUAAUUGUAUUAUUUUGUGCGUGUAUGCUUAUUAUUAAUACUUAAUAAGGAAAUUUAUAAUUAUACAUUUUUAUUAGGAAAUCGAUCCUCAAACGAAAAAUAUAUUCUUAGUAGAUCCCUACCAAAAAAGUUUGGCCACACCCUGGAAUGUACACCAACUAGACACAAUUUUCCAUUGCUGAAGUUUAUGAUCGAAGCAACAUUUUUGGUUUAGAAAUUGUUUUAAAACAGACAAAAUAAAAAUAAUAAUUUCAUAAUAUAUAGGUAAUGUAAACAAAAUUCACACCACAGUAAAACUAAUAUAUGCUGCGCUCUGAAUCUAAAACGUAAUUUAGUUUCCACUAUUUUAACAUAACAACUGUUCGUUCAUUUGUAUUAUACUUGUUGUGUAAGAACGACUAUUAUAAAAAAAAAAAAAGAAAUAUCUGUCCUGCGCUAUUUAAACGAAAAUUAAUGUACUAAAAACCGAGAAAAAAAAUGAUACAAACAUGUAAGUUAAUUAAAAAAUACUUAUUUUAUAUCUUGUACUUAUAAAGUUUCAUAAAAAAAAAACAAAAACGAAUUUCGUAACCGUCGAGGCGUAACGUUAUUUAAACAUGCUUUGUUCAUAAUAAUAAAAAUAAUAAAAACAUUUAUACUUAUUAAAUAUUAAAAAAGAAAAAUACAGUAUACGAUUAAUUAUAAAUAAUAAAUAAUAAUUUUUAUACUUGAAAUAACAUUUAUAAUAUUACUAAGUCUUUACUGCUUUAAAGACAAGAACCAUAGUUAGAGUAAAAUAAAACACCCUAUCAACAUUUAAUUUCUAAAUAAAAAUAAAUAGCGUGUUCAUAGAAUAAGAGAAAUUGCACUUUAAAAUUAGUCAGUGGGUAAAAUAAUUGAAGAUUUUCGAAUUAAAGCUGGUACUAUAUAAAAUAAAAUAACACUAGAAAAUACUGCUUUUCAGAAUACAAAUUAUCUACUGACCAUAAUAUAUAGGCAGUGUGAUAAAGUGAUAAAGGUAAAGUACCGGAUAGUAUUAUAAUAUACUAGUAGAGCACGAGUUUGGCGCUAAACAGUUGAGUAUAUUUUUGACAAUUGGUAUAGGUACCUAUUUCGCCCGAAACUGUACAGAUAAUCGAUUUUAGUAAGUUAUAAUUAUUUUGCCAAAAAAAAAAUUUAAAAAAAAACCGUAGGUACUUGAAAUUUCUGUUACACCGACGACGAUGAUGUUCGAGUGUAUUACAUUCAAUGUUCGUCAAAUGCAGGAUGAUUACGUAUGAUAGCUAUUUCAUUAAAUAUAACGUCCGAAAAAGCAUUUAUGUAUAAAACAAAUAAAAAAAGCGCAGACAAAAGGAUUUCGCUGCAAUGAACGCUCGUAAUUUACCAGGUUUUAUAAGUUUACUUGAUUAUUUCACUUCGAAUUUCAAUCCCUUCGGACCCAAGAGAGAGUACUAGUGUCCUUAGUGUAUACGUAUAAAACAAACAUCAGGGUAUAUGAUAAAUCAUCAGAUAUUCGAAAAAAAAAACGAUUUUAGGAGAAAUUUGUGGUUUAGCGGUUAGUGGUGUGAAUAAAAUAGUGUUUGCACAUUCAUGUACAUUAAAGUUUUGUUAUUGAUAUACCGUCGCCUAUUGUGCAGAGUAAGCAAAUAUUUGAAAAUAUAAUAUUACGAAAAAACGGAAGGUUGGCAGUUUUUGAGGUUACUUACCUAAUUAUAAUUGAUAAAACCUAAUUAUAAUUAAAAAAUAUAAUAGAUCUCUAGCACAGUUAAUUAAUUACUGGGAACUUUUUCAAUAUUGCGAAAUAUCCGUCAAAAAAAAAAAAGGUUCUUGAAACUUAGGUUUGGACAUUUUUCGAUAGUAAAUUAACGAUUUUUUUUUUUUAUAUAAAAAUUAUGACCAUACUACACGUUUUAUUUUUAAUUUUGUCUUGUCUUCCUUCUCUAUACGCAUAAUUUUUAAUCUAUUGCGUCUGUAUAAUGUAUGAUAAAAAUAAUUAUGGUACCUGCUUUUUUUGUUUUUAAAAUAUAAUUUGAAAAACUGCGGUUUAUUUUGUAAGAUAAAAAAAUGCGGUUUUUGUGUUUAAACAACCCAGCAACAUAUUAUACUUUAUCAAGCCCGCCGCCGUUCGGGACGUGAACCACGUGUAAAAAGCCUAUUCGAAUAGGUUCAGAUAAUGGUAUAGUGUAUAUGUAGGUACCUAUACUAAGUUUAGUUGCCCGCGAGGAAAAGUUAUACCCGGAGUUGUUAAGCAAAAUAUCAUAUUUUAAUUAUUGCAGUAAUAUACUUCACGAAGUACGCAUAAUAGACGCCUACACCGAAAAUUCAUAUUAAAACAAAAUGGAAAUUGAAUCGCCGCCAUUAACGAAAACCUAUAGAUAUAAACCUUGUCGCUGAUGCAAUAUUAUUAAAUUAUACGAAAACGUAAACUAAAAUAAAAUACAAUAAGAGAACACUGUCUCGGUCUUAUUUGCAUGUUAUAAAUUGCAGCGUUUAAGUUGAAAUUAGAGUUUGUACACAUCCCGGGCAAUCAAAUCUACCGGAAAGUCCACACUCUCCGGAUGAGUUCCCGGUCUCUAAACGCAUUUUAAACAACGUACAAUUUAGGUACCUAAAUACGUAGAUAAUUUUGAAAGAAUUCGGUAACCAAGUGAUAUAACAAUAUGAUAGUGAUAUUAUAUCAAAAUGCCUUAUGCUGAAAAACCAUAAUAGAAAAAUAGAAAAAUAAAAAUAAUGCAAAAUUAAUCGACGUUCUCUCUCUAGAUAUUCACGACGUAAUUAUUUUAGUCUCCAAAUAUAAUUGAACCUUCUCACGUGCCUACCAAACCAUCAUAUUUCCUACCUUAUAUUUUUAAAUAAUGUUUUAUUGUACAUAAUAUAAUUUAAAUAAUAUAUAUAUAUAUAUUUUUUUUUUAUAAUAAUAAUGUUCCUUAUUAAUAAUGCACACAACCUAGAAAUUGCAAGAAUAUAUCACGUGCCGUGUACUAUACUAUGUAUGAUGUACAAUUUAUGUGACGUUACGCGAUUUCGCUGUGUUGCCCGCAAGUCGGACCGAAACAUUAAAUGCGGGUAACGUAUCCUUUUAAAUUCGUAUACUCUCUUUUAUAGCAGCUACGGGGCGAGCAAUAAUUUUGCGUUUUUCUAUUUCUAGUCGCGUACAGAAAAGAACUUUUCACUUUUGUCUGAAACCUAAAUAAUUAAAUGUCAACUAUACGUUAUACAUGUUAUGUACUUAGGUAAUGUGCCGUCAAAGAGAGAAUUGUUUAAUCCCGCGCGAGAUAACCGAAAUAUUUCAAUUAUUUUCAGAUGUAUUGCGUCGUCAUCAGGUUCGCGCGCGCAAAACUCAGAAAAAUGUCAUCGUGCCAAAACUCACAAAAAAUGUAAAAUAAAACGAAAAACAAAAGUACAACUAUAAUACUCUCUCUCUCUCUCUCUCUCUCUCACUCUCUAUACAUAUAUAUAAUAUAAUAAAAUGUUGAAUUGCUAACUUUCCAAAGUCGCGGUAUAAUAACGACAUGUGACCUAUGCUCGUAGAGAUUGUGUUAUACCGGAACUUUUUAAGGUCAUAUUAGAUGAUUUAUCGGGUUUUUCAAAACGUAUAUAUAUACAUUAUAAUAAAAGAAUCGCACAGAAAAGCGAAGACAUUUUAGACGUUUUUGUUGCAAUUAUUCUAAAUCGAAUAUACAUAUACAGAGUGUUCAACGAAGAUGUAUCCAUUGCAAUAUCUCCUGAGUUAAUUAAGAUAAUUAAAUUUUUUUUUUUUUUUUUUUAAAUAUAUUAUUAAACGCAGGAAUGAACACUACAAAUAUUUAUAUUUGAAUUUCUUACACCAAAUAUUUACAUUUUUAUGUUUUGGUAAAAAAAAACUAAAACACUGACUUUUUUUUUUUAUUAUGUUCAGAAGAAUAAACUCAUUAAAAUGAUUCAAUCUUAAAAUUAUUCAAAAAUAAUAAAACAAAGUGUCAUUUUUUUUAAGUUGUUUACCAAAAGAUAAAAACUUAAUUGAAAUAUAAUUAAUAUUUAAAGUCCUUAUCCCUGUGGACUGCGAGUAAUAAAAAAAAACAGAAUUCGAUUAUCUUUAUUAUCUCCGGGUAUAUUACAAUGGGCAUAUCUUCGUGGGACACCCUGUAUAUGGGUACCGAACGGUAUAAAUUUAUACCGACUAAAUAAAUUUAUCCAAGUAUUUCCUAUUUCUGCGGAUCGAAUAAGAUUUAAAAAAAUAUAUAUUUACCGUACACUAUAGAGAAACCCGACGAAUGUACAAUAUUAUGAUGAGAAAUCGAUUUUGAAAAAUACUCUAACAAUCAGACGGACUUUCGAACCGACGGCGUACUUGAGUACGCUGUCUGCUAAAGGACCGAUUUAAAACCUAUUAAAUAGGCCAGACGCGUCCGUCUCAUACAAAAUGAAAAAAAAAAUCGGAUUUUUUUUUUCUCUAUACAAUCAACAUAAUAUAAUUGUACGAAAUCAAUCAAUCGCGACGGUACUCUCCUAAGAUUAAUAUACAUUUAGGUAUUUUCGCAAUGAAAAACAUCAAAUACAAAUGGAAUGAAUAAUAUAAUAUAAGAAUAAAAACGCAUUUAUACUCGUACCUAGGCAUAUAGUUAUUAUAUAUUAUCGAAACCGAUUUAUUUUUACGUCGAGAUAGUUAUUUCCUGACGAAAAUUAAUUGCACGCAUUAUAUAUAGGCAUACUAUUAAUUAUAAUGUCGAAUGGGCAAUAUAUUAUUGGAUGUCUACUUUCUUCACAAAAAAAAAAAAAAUAAAAAAAUAAAAACACCUAAUGCCGACACUUUUUACGAAAUACCAAAAUCGCCGGUCUAUUCGUGCCAAAAAAUAUAAACGGCCGGCGGUAUAUUAUUGUUAUUUUUUUUUCUGGCCCACUCACAAGAAAAUAAAAACUUAUACCGCUUCCGAUAACACUGAGUUAUCCACGUCAAUUUGUGAUCAUAAUAUAUGGGAACAUAUGCAUCCGAACGGGUGAUAAACACAUUUUUGAUCGGUAACCGUUCUGAUUUUGAUUAAUCGCGUUGUUGUUACGAUUUUAUCGCGUAAUCAAUUUGCAAAAUCGGUAAGUGAUUCGAAUUUCAUGAACUUAAGAUCCAAAUUUUUCAAACAAUUUUUAUGUGCUCGAUUUUGAGAUCCCCAGCCAUUGCCUAGCCACAAGCGCGUGUCUAUCCGGCCUAUAUACAUUAAUACAAACGAAUUGCAGGUCGCCGGAUCAUCUAUGAGUAACACGAUUAACAAAAUUUUAGUUUCGUUGAACUGCCAUUAUGAUGAAUAAUAACAGAAUUACAAACCAACAACAGUUCUCUGUACGUUCGUGUAAUGCAUUUCAUAAUCGAACAUCGUUAUACUAUUUUUUUAUGUACUUGUGGGUUUAUUUUUGGAAUCACCUUGAAUAUACAUAUUACACCGCUUAUUGUUAUAAUAUUUUAAAAGCGAAAUGAAUAAAUAAUAUGACAAAUACCUACGAUAAUUUAAAAUAUAUGAAAAUAAUCACAACAUUCUUAUCGAGCAUGGGCGAAUUUAUUAUAUUAUAUUUGUUUAUUUAUUCAAAUAAACUACGGCAGAAUUUACCGCCGAUUCAAAUUAUUCGACAGAAAUUGAAUUCCUUCUAAAUUUAUCCAUCAAACGCGGUUUUAUAAACAAAAAUUUACAUAAUACUAAACUUUUUUUUCUUUUUUACCAAUAACAUCAAUCUUAAUUUAUUAAAAGCACUCGACUUUUUUUAGAUUCUGAGUGUAGUGAAGAAUUUAUUGGUUUUACUAAGAAGUUUAUUUUUUAUCCUGUGUACAAAAAUUCUACCAGAAAUCUUCUUGAUCUCGUUAAACCAAUUAUGUUUUUCUUUCUUAUCAUAUAUACUUAUUGUGCAUAUCUGUAUGGAUUGUGUAUUUUCUUAUCAUUCAACAAUAAUAAAAAGAAAAAUACUAUGUAAAAACCGUUGUGAAUCUAGACAUAUUUUCAAAUAAAGUACUACUGGGCAAUAAUUCCGCAUCUUUUGUUAUACUGUUCAAAAAAUUGAAGCGUUUGACUAACUAAAAGAAUAUCUAAAAUAGAAAAAAAACAUAUAAAUCAAUUUUUCAGAAAAAUGUUUAGGGAAUCCGACAAACAUAUCGAGUAUAGUACCAUUAGUUGAAUAAUCCACAUCGUUUAUUGUACGGCGUGAAAAAAAGUUUAAGCACUAACCGCAAAAACGUUUUCCGAAAAAAAAAUCACUUACAUUAUAGUGAAACACUUCGCUUCACUCGGAAUCCGAAACAAAAAUUAUUAUAUAAGUUACAUGACAUAUUAUUUUAUUUUUUGAUUUAUGACUUGUGAUAAUAUUUCUGUUCGUGAAUUGAACCGCUUUGUAACAGUAGUACCAUAAACGUUUAAACCGAACGUAUAUGUGCAUAACAUUAAAAAAACGUUUACUGUGUAAAAUAAUUAAAUAUCACAUGUACGUUCUCUGUCCGUACGUUUUAAGCACAAUAUUGCGGCUGUAGUAAUGGUAUCGUUACAAGCUAAUAAUUAUAAAUGCACUUGAAAUGAAAAAAAUAUAUACAUAUAAUAUAUUCUGAUCAACCACCGGUGCGCCGGCGGCAGCGGUCACUCAGUCAUCUGACUAAUAAAUUAUUAAAACGAACACUUCGGAACUUUUAAAAAAAUCAAUUACGUGUACGCGGUGUAUUAUAUGCUACCUAUGUAUUUAUGUUACAUAUUACGUUUGUAUAGGUAGCUAAAUUAAAUUUCGCCGACUCCAAACUGCGGUUCUCUUGGCCCGCCAACAACAAGAAUUAAAUAAUUAAAUAGCGAAAUAAUACCAGCCGGGUAAAUUAAAAAAAAAAAAUAAAAAAAUGACGAUGCCAUAUUAUAAAGGUUAUACCUGUAAUACUGUGGCAAAACGAAAAGGGCGAAAAUAUUUUCCCGCCACAUCUUAUAUUGUUGAAUUAUUUUGGUCGUACCGGAUAGUUAUUCACUAUCUAAAUAAUAUAUACAAGGUGAUCCAUUUAAGUGGGUACACUCAUUAUAUCGGAAAGUAUUAACUUUUUUUCGGAAUUAGUUGUCUAGAAAAUUUAAGAAAUAAGCAGCUCUACAAUUGUAUAUUUAUGUUAUUUUGUGUCACUCUGAACUUUCGGGAUAAAACCACUACCUACUUUUGAUUUUCAAAUGACAACCUAUAUAAAAAAAAUUCCAUAAAUACGUAUUAAUAAAAUAUUAUUAGUAUUAAUAAAAAAUAAAAUGCCGAAAAAAGUUAACACUUUCCAAGAUAAUGAGUGUACCCACUCAGUUAUAUAUUUUAUUCUGUACCGCAUGAUACACCACCGAAAAACAAAUAGAAACUUAAAGCAACCCGAAAAAUUAAAUAUUCCGAGACGUGUCGCUCUAUAUUCGUGUGCCCUUUCUAACCUACAACACGGUUUGAUUUUUAGCUAAAAAAUAUGACUCUCGUGCAGUGACAUCGGUAUGUCCAAGAAUUUUCAACGGGAGGGUAUAGUAGUAAAUAUAGUAAUCGUGAAUGAAUCGUAUAAUCUUUUUCUAUAUUGUUACGAAUUUAAGGCCACAUCUAAAAAAAAAUCAAUAUCAUAAUGGCUUUUUUCUUCUGGCUAGGAUCAAAUAUAUGUACACUACAUAGGUUUAUUCAAAAGUUGUGUUACAGCCAUUUUAUCAUGUAAAUACAUAUUAAUAAAUAAUACGGUAAAUUUUUAGUUUUUUACUCUCAUUUUUUCCGUGGGUUUUGAAAAUUCGAAAUUCAUCUGGUGCGCCCGGCAUUACUAAAAUUGCUAUCACCACAGGAUAUUUCUAAAAUGUUUAGAAAAUAUAAUUAGUAUUCGAAAAUAUCGGCUUAAAAUACACUUAAAAAUGGCACAAAUCAGAAUUUUCAAUGUAUGUAAAAUUUAACCGAAAAAAUGGGGUGAGCACACUUAGUGAAUCACCGUGUAUACAAAAAUCAAAAUUAAUUGAAUUGUUUUUUUUAUGAUUUGCAAAGACUUGUUAUAAUAAUAAUAAUCGUGGACGAUUACAAUAUUGGUGAAUAUCCACGAGCAGGUCUCCUAUUUACCGUAUUGUAGAAUUGACAUUUCCGAAUGAAAUACACGUAAUAUUCCGUCUGAAAGUGUAUAAAACCGGACAGUUUAUCGGAUACACUUCCUACUUUCUCUUUCGUGUGUGUGUUUAUACUGACGACACAAAUGUCGCACGUAUUUCGCGUCAGACGUCUCAGCUGCGCUCCAAAACAAAUAUUACAUUACAGUUCCGCAUUGGCGUAUUUUUCUAAAUAUACAUAUAUAAGGUAGAGAAUUUCACUACGUACAAAAAAAAAAAAAAAAAAACAAAGACCGUUCAUCCCUAUGUUCCCUCGUAACCCUUUUUCAUGAAAUAUUACCCAACUAAUAUUAUACCAUAAUAAAUACGGUACCCGGAUAUAUUUACGCGAUAAACGGUUGCAGAUGUUCCGAAAAUGUUUUCGUUUUUUAUUUUUUUUUUUUAUUUUCGCUGUUCAUAAUAACAUGUGCGUAUAGUCUGUGACAUUGCCAAAUCCCUGGAUAUAUAAAAGAUACAUAUCCGACCGCUCGCAUACUCGCAUCUUAUACAUUUAUAUAUAUACACAUAAAUAUGGCACAUAUAAUUGUUGUUUUUUUUAUUAUACUUUUUACUUUGUCAUUUACGCGCGAUGAUUUUCGGACCACGUUCUACUCGUAAAUCCCGCAGAUUUCGCGUUCGACAUACCGCGACAAGAUCUUCCGAGAGAAAUGCUCCGCGACAAACGGGUAGAAAAAAAAUGAAGACAUUUCGAAAUCGUGCGCGGUUCUUAUAAUAAUAAGGUAUAAUAUACUUGACCGGCCACUAAGUCGCUCCGAAUCGAAAAAUCCCGAAACGCUUCGUUUGUUUUGGAUUCCGAGUGCCUAGCGAAAAGGGUAUUAUAUAUUUGUUUUACUAAGACGUAGACUUUAUUUCUCGGAAAACGUUUAUCGGUCAGUCUAAAUACUGCAAAAUUAUUUGCAUUGUGUAUAUCCUAAAACUAUAAAUAUGCUUAUUUUUCGCCCGGCGAUACUUUAUUUGAAAAAAAAAAAACGUCUAUAUUCCCAACAGUAAUUCUUCCAUAAAAUUAAAAAUAAAAAACGACAGCAAAUCGUUUGUAAAUUUCUCUUAGUCACUUUCAGUGUACAGUUUCAUAGAUCCCAUGCAUUCUAUAUAGAUCAAGGGGGCGGCUAAACGGUCGAUUUCAAUUCCGAUCUCUCUUUGUUAAAGUUUAUUUGUAUGCAGGUAGUAGAUAAAUCACAGUUUUCGAUCAUUUUUUUCUUAAUAAGUCGUUAUUUUGUUUGUCCGGUUUUCAAGUAAUACACUCCAAAAGCAUUUAAAUCUGAGGCUUUAUUUCUGGUUAACGAAUUUAUGUGCGAUUCACUCUGAAACUAUUCAAUCGAUUUUGAUAAGAUAAUGCUUGAUGUGUGUAAUUUGGUCUAACUUAAAAGAUAGGAUAGUCUUCAACGUUCCAUUCUUAAUCCCGUGAAUUGUAUAGGUAUUUUUUUAAGGUAUUUUCCAUACGAAUGUUUAAUUUUUUAUGUAAAUUUAUUUAUUUUUUUCUUGUAUUCAUGAGUAACCUCGGUGAUAUAGAUGAUAAUUUGGUUGUCAAAGAUAAGAAAAUUACUAUUAUUAUUUUUUACACUAUUAUCUAGUAACAGCAAAACAUUGCCAGGUUAGCUAGUAUUAUUAUAAUAGUAUAGAGCCUUAAUACAAGUAUGAUGAAAAACAUUAUUUAACAAUAUGGUCAGGUUUUUUUAUUUGUAUUUUUAUCUUCAUUAUUAAUUUUAACCAAUCAAUAAUUGUACAUUAUUUUUUUUUUUUUUUUUUACGGAAAUCGAUCGUAAAAAGAAAAAUAUAUUUUUAGCGGAUCUCUACCAAAAAAAAAAGUUUCUUCGUCCCCGUUACAGAAAUUUCGAACUUCCCGCGUUAUUACAGUGGCCUACGCACGACAGGAAGGAAGUCCAGCUUUUUUCAAAUUCGAUUUCGUUACAUCGGAUCGAAAUUACUAUAAAUUCAAUGAUCCGAUAAAUACUAUAAAACGAACCUCUUAGAAUAUUAUAUAUUAUACUUAUUAUAUUGGACGCUUAACUCGCGGACUAAUCUUACACACCCGUCCGAUUCUUACGCGUCUCGAGAUAAUUACUUCGCGGCAGUACUGCGCGCCACGCUCAAACUUUAUCAGGGCUUAUACUUCAGCGCGGUAUAUUACCCGGGAAAAUCGUCUAAUUUAUUAUUUCACCGCACUGUGCUCGCUACUAUAUUAUUACAGCACACUAAACCGCGAACACAUAUCAUUGCCGCCGCAGCCCGCAGGUAAUCCGCCCCCGGACGUCCUCAGAAACCGAGAUUCGCUCCAUACAUUUUCUUUAAAAAUAACAUGUACACCUAUAUGACGUAUUCUAUUGAAAUCCACGAAAAAGAUUUUCUCCCUUCGAUUUUUAUUUCCUCGUCGAAACACGUCCGAUAGAAUUAUUAUUAAUAAUAACGUUAAAAUCAUAGUACGGUAAGUAUUAGUGUGUAAACCGAAUAUUCGUACUAUGUUGGCCGAUAUUGAGGGUAUUUUUUCAGUACCGAUAUUUUACUUUGACUCUGGUACGAAGACCCGUCGUCGGAAAGAUUUAUUAUACACAAAAAAUUUGACGAUUUUCGUUCGUUGUUGAAUUUACAUAUAUAAUGUGUUUUUAAGAAAAGUGAAAAAUUCGCUUAUAUGUUUUACAGUUGUUUACCCGUCAUACACGUGGCUAGUGCCAAAUCUAAACGCAGCAAAUGUUAAUGGUGAAAACUAUUUUGCAUUAGAAUUAUUAAUGAAAUCAAAUGUAUUUAUGAAUGUUUUAUUUCGUUAUCAUAGCAUUGAAAAAAUCAUUGUUGCAUUUCACAUUGAAAUAUAAAUGCGAAUGAUAUUAAAAUAUUAAAAAUCAACUGUCAAUAAUUUAUUGUACGUCAUUUGCAAUAUCGGGUAAAAGUUGACUGCUACUUCUCUCGGUAUACGUUUACAAUAAUUUAGAAAACUGGGAGCACUGAUACUAUUGCAACGAAGAAAUUUUAAAUAUGUGGGACGUGGAUAUAAAAAAUACAUAAUUUAUAAAUUGUCGGUUAAAGGAUUUCAUACCCGCAUGGUUUUACCUCCGUCUUAAUAAUGAAUGACGUACCGAAAUUACGUUAAUAAGAACAUAAACCGUAAUGUUAAAAUUGAAAGUGUAGUUUUAUUACAAAUAGCAAAAUUUAAAGAAUUAAAUCUUUUCGAAACAUAUAAAAAAUAACACGAUUGUAACUUUUUUAUAUGAUUAUAUAUAUUUAUUAUUGUUUUUUUUUUUUUAAAUUUAUCCAAUAUCCCUCGAAAAUAUUUUCCUCUUUCGAAGUUGUUAUUUGGUUAAUUUACGUUCUGAGUAUAGGAGAAAUAACGUUACAGACAUACAGACGCAUUUUAUAUUUAAGAUAUUAUGUUUUCGGUGAUUAAAAAUACAGCGUCAUUGUGUGUACAUGACACGGGUAUUAUUUAUAACAUUAUACGAAGAAAAAAAAAAUACAUAUCGAUUAACUUUUAAGUAAUAAAUAAUAAUCCGAGAGAGAAAAAGAAAAAUACUUCACUCUGACGGUUUUAUUUUUACAGGCCGUUUCGGACGCAAUGUUGGUGGAGCUCAAGCAAUGUUUCAUGGAAGCGUACGACGAUAAUCAAGACGGGAAAAUCGACAUCCGCGAAGUAAUGAAUUGUGUUGAUAAUGAUAAUAAAUAUAUAGCUGGUGUAAUCGGCCGUUUGGCGAACACCCGUACUAAAAUAUACUGGUAUACUGUCGUGCGAGAUGAUUAAUCGUUUUCAUACCUUUUACAGCUUGCUCAACUUUUGCCCAUGGAAGAGAACUUUCUACUCUUGUUCAGAUUCGACAAUCCAUUAGAUUCUAGCGUCGAGUUCAUGAAGGUGAAAUAAAAAUUCUACUGACUGUUAUAUUUAAGAGAAUAAUGAGAUCACAAUACUAACGCGCAAUGUGUAUAAUACGAGUAUUAGACAAUUUGAACGGAAAUGUUUAAAAAAAAAAAAGAAAUGGUAUAAAAUUAAUCAUUUCAAAAACAUUAAAAAUUCCACUUUUGUAUAAUUUUUUUAAUUUGAAUACGGUAAAUUGUGCUGAUUUUCACUUGGUAUUAAAAAUACUACAUUUCAAUAGAUUUUCUCGGACGAAAAAGUAUAUAUAAGAUAAGAUUAAAAAAUGACAUUUUUUUUUUUUUUUUUUUGCAAUUAUUAAAACACCGAAACUUUUUAAAAAUUUAAUAUUUUAUUUCAUUAAAUCUACACAAUAUAUACUAUUCUAUAGAUAAUAGAGUCAUGUUUUUCAUUUUUCAUUAUAUGCUGUUUAACGUAAAAAUGUAAUUUCCUCCCCUCCCCGAUUUGUUGAGUGGCGCAAUGUGUUCUUCCACUAUGCUCUAUCCGUAGCGACUUUCUUUAGCUGCUUAUAAGGGUCCUUUCUAUUCUUAUAUUUGCAAUAUCAUUUGUUACAUAAAUUACUUCUGCCUUGAUCUUUUCCUAUCUCUGGUUUCCUUGGAUUUUCUUUUUCGGAGAAAACUAGAGGGAAGAAGACCUCUAAAUCACUCUAAAUUAUACAUAAUAUAAACUGUCAAAACGAUUUUUCUACUCGAGGAUUUUAUAUUCAAAAAUGCUAAUACACUCGUAUCCUCUUAAAACACGCGUUUAUAUAUAUUUCUAUACGAAUAAUACAAUAAUAGUAAUAUUUGGCUUUACGCAGAUAUGGAGGGAAUACGACACGGACGGAAGCGGUUACAUCGAAGCCGAUGAGCUAAAGGUAAAUACAUUAAAGUAUUAAUAUUAUAUAUUUUUUAAAUUAAGCUGAUACAAAAUAUAAUAAUAUACUGUUUUUCCUUCUUCUGGCCUUAUUAACUCCUUAAUAAUCCGCUAAAAGGACAUCGUGUCACGUCUAUUAUGUAAUAAUAUUUAAAUAUUAUUUUACGAUCAUUAUUUAGUAUAUAACUUAAAAAAAAAAAGCAGCUGAUAUUGAUGACGGGUGUGCCACUGUUGAAGGUGGGAAGUGUUAAAGGUAAAAUAUAUUAAGUUAUUAAUUUAUAUCAUUCUGUAAACAACGAUAAACAAUUGCUAAUGAACAAUUCCGAGUGAAGUUCAGUUAUACAUGUUUUGAAAUGCCAUAAAAAAAUACUACCUUACGUUCAAAUUUUUUUUUUACCGCUCACUAAGUACCACUUAUAAUAAACCUCUUGUUAAAUACAAGUUUUCUUUCAACAUUUUAAGUCUGAUAAUAUUUUUAAUUAAAUCACAAUAAAAAAUUUAAAAAAAUUUACUUUUCGUUGCACCAACUAUAGAUCCAUAAUGGAACAAGAAAAUGGUCUAUAGUCAUUUUUUCGAUCGGAGCAAAUUUCCGGUAGAAAAUUCGCUCAGACACAAAAAAUAAAAUAAAAAUUCAUCAUAAUAAAACCGUUAGAUCCCCUUGCUCUGAAUCUAAAUUCAAUUAGUCGUAUAUAGGCGUAUAUAGUACGCGUGUACUUUCGCGUUAUUUUUUAAACAUUUUUUUUUUUAUGUAUUUAAGUCAUCGUCGUUUUUUGUUUUUCAUGUAAAUUAUUUAUAUGAUAUUAUAAUAACAUUUUCGAUUCGGCUACUGCGUUUGUUUCGCUAAUGAUUAUUAUUAUGAUUAUCGAAAGACGGUUGCAGCAGCGGUGACGUUUUAAUCAAAAUUUAAUACAUAAUAAGGAACCUGGAGCACCGCCGCAACCGCCGACCGAGGACGCGUCAUUGUCGUCGACCCGACUCAGACUGCUGCAUAAUAUACCUGUAUACAGUACAGGUAUUUUAGGGACCCACCUCUUUUAAUACAACGCAUCAAUAAAGAAACCGUCGCACAGCAAUAAUUAUUAUUUAAACGAAAUUAUAAUAAAUAAUACAGUAUACGCACACGCGCAUAUUACAUUGCACUCGUGACGAAAAUAUUAAUUAAUGCGCGUGUCCCACUGCGGACGCGAACGCAAUAUUUUCGACCAUAGUUUAAUUAACAAAAAAAACCACAUAAAACAAUAAAAUAUAUUAUAAGAAUUUCGACGCUUUUCACGAGUCGCAACGACGACGGGGUGGCGGUUUCGGACGGUUUUCGGUUUUACAAACUUGGAUCGCAGCCGACCGUCGUCGUCGUUUACGACAAUUAUACGGUUUUUGGCAUCCAAGGAACGGCGAGUUGGCUUUAUGUAUUUCCCCGGGCGGUCGCCCGACCGUUACGUUAAUUCCUAUUUACGCGAAAAGAAACCGCAAGUGACCGAAAUUCCGUCCAAAAUUUCGCCCGGGCCGCGUCAUUGCAGCGAUAAUAUAUACGAGUGUGCCUAGGUAAUAUACGACGACUAUUACAUCGCGCAAGAAAACAUAAAUUUAAUUUAUGCGCAAAGUUUAAUGGUUUUUUUUUUUGUCCAUCUUCUAUCGUUCGUCCAAACGAAACUUUUCAAAAGUCCCGAUACAUAAAUAUGAUAAUGCAUAACUUUGGUUUUGUAAAAAAAAAAAAAAAAAAACCGUAUCCAAGAAAUUUCACCAUCAGUGUUAUAAAUUUAUAAUAUAAUAUUUAUAUUUAUUAUUAUAUUUAUAUUUAUAUUAUCAUUACAACUAUCAUAAAAUGUUUUUCUCUUUUACUGUUAUUAUUAUUUCGAAUUUUAUACAUUUUUAAUUCCUGAAAGGAUUAUUUCUCUACAAAAAUAUUAGGUAAUAUAAUAAAAUAAAAGAGGUAGUUGUAGAUACCUGUAUUACCGAUUUACGAUAUUUUAGAAACUCAUUUUGUUAGUAUAAAUUAGAGAGACUAUGUUGUAUUUAUACAUAAAAUAUCGCUAAAGAAUUAAAAAGAUAAGUUUUAAAGGUAACAAUUUAAGAUAAAGUACCUAUCAUAUACAUUAAAAUUUGCUUAAGACGCUCGUUAAGGGAUCAGCUUUCUAGAGUAUCUUAAGCGGGAAAGCGUCUUAUGCGAGAAUUAAAAAAUUAAGUGAUUGAAAUAUCGAAAUAAAAAAUAUUUUUUAUUAUUGAACAUAAUUUAACGGGUUAUACAUUGUUUCAAUUGGUUUGACUGCAGUUUUCCGUGUUUUUUUUUGUAAAUUCAUUCCUUCAACACCUUUUAAUUAUUGUAGUACUCUACUAUUUCUACUAUUUCUAUUUUUUAAAAUUUUUUUUUACUUUAUCUUGGUUUCCUCGGAGAAGACACCUGCGAAUUUAGAUAUUAAAACUACUUAUCAACGUUUUAUUUCGUAAUUCUAUAAUCAUUCUCUAAAUCUAUAUUAAUUUUAAGUGCUUUUGGAAAUCACUGUUUCUGAGAAGAACUAUAAUAAUAUGUAAUAUGAGUCGCACUUCAAGACCUGGAAAAACUUGCUUUCGGAAAUCCGUAUUUUAUACUAAGGUGUAGACCCAAGUGGAAAACACGCGGUUCAUAACACUUUACGUGAAGCCACACUCUCGAAUCUUUGCACGUUAGAGUGGUCCUUAAAUAGGAUAUAAAGUUGGUUAGUCGUCAUUCGGUUCGAAAUUUUGAACAAUUUGUCUAAUUGUUUUGGAUCUUUGUUUCAUUCCUUUCAUCUCCCUGUUUCUACGUUAAAUUUGCAUUCAUAAUAAGAAAAUAUACAGAUUUAAUAUAGAUUUAACCUCACCCAGUAUCUCAAUUGACUAUAAAAAAUACAAGUCACGGUAAAUAUUCGAAUGAAUUUAAAAAUGUUAAAACGAUAUAAACCGAUUUGUAUGAAAUACAAUUAAAUUAUACAAUUAAUUUUGUUUUUUGUGGGUGAAAUACUGCAUAUAAAUAUCAAUUAGAGCAAUACUUCAUACGACAUUUUUUCUCCAAAUGUCUUUUCUUUUUAACGUAUGGAUUCGAUUUGCAUAAAACUCUAAACCGCUAUAGCGUGCUAGUACACUGCACUCAGGACUUGUGUCGAAUUGUGAUUUUUUUUUUUUUGAUUUAAUGAUUAAUUAAACAUGAAUACAGGGAGACGAAGGAACUGAAAUAAAUUUCUAAAAUUUUAGGGAAAUUUAAAAUAGUAAAUAUUUAAAACUAAUUGAUGUCCAACGUGAAAUUUAAAAUAAAAACUAUAUAAGAACCAUCCUGUUGUACAUUUUCGGUUACCUACACAAACUAGACUUGGUUUUUAUUUCUCAGAAAUAACUUGAUGAAUAAAUCUUAGAACGGCAGAAAAACCGUUGGAAUCGUUUUCAACGAUCCAUCGGGCUACUAUAACUCAGUAAAUAAAGUAUAACUUCUAAUUUCAUUAAGUGUUCUUUAUUUACUUCAAACCUAAAUAUCACUGAACACUGAACAGUCGUUGUCAGAAAAUUCCUUCUGUCAUAUUAUAGUAUUGUACCGUACCGUUAUAUCAAGCUCACUACAAUAUCCUUAUCCAUGUGAUCAUCAUAUCUAUCAAGAUUUUUUCCUCUUCCGAUAUCACCUUUUAAUGAUAUAUUUUGUUGAGCUAUAGCAACGCAGUAGAUUUCCUUUUAUGUUGUCCCUUCUGACUCUUAUACUGUGGCAAAGUUCUCGUUUUUCUUUUGUUCUGUUCAGUAAUUUUUCAUUUGUUAUUUUUUUCUGUCCAUUUAAUCCAACACGUUUUUCAAUAACAUCACAUUUCAAUAGUCUCUAGUUAUUUUUUCGCUUCUACACCAAUUGUUCGAGUUUCACAGGAACAUUUUUCUUAGCGGUCAGGUCUCACAUUAUUAAUAGUAAAUAUAACAAUUUUGUUUCUUUGAAAUGCGGUACACAAAGAAAAGUCUGGUCGGAAAACAUAUUGAUAUUAUAAACAAAAAAAAAAAUUAACGGUAAAGGCUAAGUUAAAAUACCUAAAUAAUUUUAAUUAAAAAAGAAUUAUUACCAAUAUAAAAUAUGCACAAGGACAAUAGGAAAUCGAAAAUGUCCUAUUGGAUAUCGCGAUCGUGCCUGAAAUCAAAUCGUAAUAUUUUAUUAAAUGUCUCGGAAUAAACCGAAUCGCGAUUAAAACGCCGAGAGUUACGCUAAACUAUUUCACAGGGAUAUUGUUACGAGGGACGCGAUGACGUGAACGAUCAGAUACUAUUAACGAGGUUUUCGGACGGAAUGUGCUGCGAAACAACAAUUAUUUCAACCGCCAAUUCCAAAAUAAUAAUUUCAAAACCAUAGGUGAAAUCAUAUUAUUUUAUUGUGAAUUCAUGAUUUGUAGGAUGUUUUCGUGCGUCAAACUAAACAUAUAUAUAUAUAUGUAUAUAAUUUUCGAUAAAGAAAAAUUUUGAGAACGACAGUAGUUAUUACAUCAUAACGUAAAAUUCGAAAUUAAAUAUUAAUAUUGUUUGAGAAUAGCGUUCAUGUGUACCUUUAAUGCGGAAAAUUGUUUGAAAAAAAGAAUGGCGGUAUUUAAAAGGACCGCGGGUUAUAUUUCAAACCUCGCGAUUCGUUAAUUAAAAUUAUCCGUCAGUCGUCUCUCACAGCCUUUGGGGUUAUUACAAAUUGAAUAUAUACUAGUAUAUCAUAUACAUUCGAGAAUUUACGCGAAUAUUAGAGAAGUAGCCGCAGGGAUAACGAUUUUAUCAUUUUUAUGCGACGUAGCGAAUUAUUUUCGGUUUAGAAUACCCUUUCGGUUACAAAAUUAAUUUCCAUAUCUCGUGUCCCUGCAGUCGCAACAAAAUAUUCGCGCAUCUAUAUACCCGUCGGCGACUACCUGUUAUUAACGAGGAAUUUUAUUUUAUUACAUACAGAGAUUUAUUAUUUUUGUGUACCCAUUAGCUUUUAUCGCAAAAUUGUAAGAAUUUAGUAUUUUGUUUAAAUAUUACAAGUAUACCAAUAUUAGGUACUUGUUAAACUUUUUUUAGAUUCUGAGUGGAACGAAUUGUGAUUUUACAGAGAUGUUUAUUUUUUUUUUUUAUCUGCGGACAACUUUUAUACCAGAAACCUUGCCUCGUAUUUUAAGUGUAGUUUUUUUUUUGAAAGUAAAUCUAACUGGGGAGGUACUUUAAAAAAAGUUAUUUUUCGAUUUUUUUUAAAAAAUUUUUUCAACAAAUGUAAAAAAGCGGGAAAAUGUAAAAAAUAUAUUAGUAAAAUAUUACGAUCUUUUUUUCCUUGUGAACAACUUUUCUAUCAGCAAUUUUGUUCUGAUUUACAUUGAUAGUACUUUUGCUAAAAGAAAAUUUGACUGGGGAGGUGUUCUAUGUGCUUUCUACCCUUAUAUUUUUACCAACUGAACAAAAUACCUAUUUAAUAUCUUUGUCGAGCCAUCGCAGCGUGUAUGAUAAAAGUCAUUAAUCGUACAAUCCUAAGACAACAGUUUACCUAAGUAUGCAAAUACGAACCGUGCCAUUGCCACAGCUGCAGACUACUCAGCUGAAAUUUCAAUUAAGAUAAUUGAUUUUCGAUCCGGCGACGUCGUUACCCAAUUGGACGAUUUUGUACUUCGAACUAACAAAUUAAAUCGAUCUCAUUGUAAAUAGUAAUCUCGUCGUUUAAUCUCAAUAACGUUCAACGAAACAGAAUUGUUUCCGAUUCGAUUUCGUAAUUUAUACAGGGACGCGCAUAUACUGGAAAUACAUGUAUUUAAUUAGAAUGCACAAUAUAUAUAUAUAUAUAUGUGUAUAAUAUAAUUUGCAUUUAUUAACUUAUUUCCGUACGUACGAUAUUUAUAGACGAUUUCAGAACGUUGUACGGCGUCAAAUGGAAAUAAUUAAUUUGUUGUUUCUAAUAUUAAAUUGAUAUCGAACAGACUGAAAUAGCGAUCGGUCUCAUUAAUCGAACGAUAUUUUAAUAUCGUAAUAUAAUAAAUAUUAUUAUAUUAUCGUAUUGCCGUUGAUUUUAAUAUCAUUUAAUUUUAAUCCAUUUGAAAAGUAUAUUUAUUCUAAUACGGAAACACGAUUAUUAAAAAUUAUCGCUCGAUUAAACAAAAUAAAAUACAUUUGAUUUCGCUUGAAAUAUUAUAGUUUCCUUUGAUUCGGUUUGAUGUCGGGUUAAACUCAUAACUCUGUUAGAAAAAUGUUUCAAAUAUUUGACGCUUUUUUUUGCGCCUUCAAAAAACAUUAAGUAUAAUAAUAUUAUUAUAAUUCGUGUUUCUGUAUAGUAAAUAAAAAAAAUAACAAGACCUGAGAAAUAUUUUUCAAAUUCAGUGGGACAAAAAACUCGCGUACCUAGUAAUAAUAUUUAAUAAUAUAAUAUGUUCGGUCACCCAAAUCUCAUCAAUUUUUUCCACCUGUUUGACACUGAUUUUAGUUUUUAUAAAAUCUAUUUUUAAAGUCUAUUUUCAAAAGUUCCUAUACAUUACAAUGUAAACUCUUAUACGAUACUUAAAAUAAUAAUAAAAACAAAUAAAACUACAAAAUUGUUUUAGAUUUUGAAUAUAACGAUAAAGUUUUUAGUUUUUACAAAGAUUUGUUUUUUUCUCAAAAAAGACUUAUACGGUUAGUAAAAAUGCUUCGAUUUCUUCAUGUCGUAUAUCAAAAGACGUGGAAUUAACUAUUUUUCAAUUACUCAUCCAAUAAAUAAAAACUAUAAUUAUAUAACUUUGUAUUUAUACAAUGAAAUAAUAAAUCUUAAAAUAUAUAUUUUAUAAUUGUAUUAUAUUUUCCACAAAGUCCUAGUCCAAACGAUCAAAUGUUCCAAUUGACGAUUAAUCAUUGAUUAGGUAAAGUCGACCCUCAGAUUGCCUAGGCAAUCCAAUCAUUAUUCUGUGCUCGGACUAAGGAUGUAUAUUUAUAUAUGUAUAUAACUUGCAUAGAUAAUAAAAAUUAAAGAUAUCUUCAUUAUCUAUGACAAUUAUUGUAUGUAUUAAAUUUGUGUACUUGAAAACAAUUUUUUUUUUUUAUUUUGGCGACGGGCACAGCAAUAAUGAAAAUAUAUUACUAUCAAUAUUUCAGUUAUCAUUUAUCAGUAUACGCUAUGAAUGACGUCUACGAUUUGUGUAUACCCUCUAAGACACCACUGACGGUAUAUCACAGUGACCGCGUCUAGUGUACACUAGUGUAGUCAGAUGGAAAACACUAGAAAUAUCAUAACUAUACUAUGAUAAUACAGUGUUAUUUUUAUUAUUCGUACGAAUGUAUGACGCUCCAGAGACCUCUGAUAUUUAUUUAAACUUGUUUUUGUUCAACGUCGUUUUAUAACUGAAGCACAAAAAUUAUUUACCGAAUGUUUUUGAGAACUUAUCGUAACGAAAACCAGGCAUCACUCGAUAAAAUAUGUCUAAAAAAUACGCUUGCCCGACGUCGCGUUCGACGUUUAUAUUUUGUCUUCUCACAGUAGAUGCGUAAACAAUAUAACAUGUCUACGGUAAUUUGUAAAAAAAAAAAAAAAACAACAAAAAAAAUCAAAAUUCGAGCCAAUAUAGUCUUUAUACAAAACUGAACCAGCUCAACGUGUUCGCGUCGUAUAGUUUUCGGUAUGAGAUACGUGUGGCGAGUGUAACAUUACACCGCCACAGCCGUCGAUGUCGUGAUAGUAAUAUUUAUACAAACUUUAUCAUAACACUCUUGUGUUAUAUUAUGUAAACUCGUUUUAAUAAUUUAAAACUAUUUAUAUAUAUAUAUAUAUUUAAUAACAUAAAUGUAGGUUAGGUACAUAUAAUCAAUAGCCAAUAUAAUAUUGUAUGUUAACGGGUAAACUUCAUAAUCGAUCGACGAUUAAAUUCGAUACGAGAAAAAUAUUGUAAAACUCCGUCGACGACAACACCGCAGCAAACAAAAUCGAUUUGAUUGUAAUACAUUAUUAUGUGUAUGGAAAAAGUCUGGUCCUCGAAAAACAAGUUUUGAAUUUACCGUCUGGGGAAAAACUUGAAAAAGGAACGUUUUAUAAAGGAGCCAAUUUGACGAAUAUCACACCACCUGCCGCGUCUGCAGUUUAAACCAUAGUCGUAGAAAUUCGUACGAAUUGAGUACUAAAACUACGACGCAUAAUCAAACCCGUGUAUAUAAUUUUUAACCACGAACGGUGCCGAAAUCACACCCCUCCGAUAUGUACAUGAAGCAAGCUUCAAGCUUGAGCACUCGUCGAAAUAUUUUUAGGGGGUAAAACACGGUUAGUCGUCAGACCCGGACGUUUUGGCACGGUCACUUUGGCGUAAACCAUUUUGGCGUGAGGCUGUUUUGGCAUGAGACUGUUUUGGCAUACAAAAUACAAACAUUUUGAAUUUAAAAAAUAAAUAUAAUUAAUAUAAGUAAAAAACAAUCGGCUUUAGUAGCAACUUAUAUUUCGGACUAUGCCCCUUAAAAAUACUAACUAUGUUGCGUUUGUUGUAAUUCUCUACAAUUUUAAAAGUUCUUUCGCCUACAUCAAACAUUCCUUUUUUCUAGGACUAUUUCCAGCUUCUAGUUUUUGAUAAAAUAUAUCACAUUCUAAUUGAACCUUUCUGAGGUUAGUAAUAAAUGUUCACAAUGUUGAAUGUUGUACACCCAUUUGUAGAGAUUCAGUCGUCCUUUGGCUGCUUCAGCUUGAUUAUUUGUUCUGUCUUUAUUACUCAUUCAUGAACAUUCCACAAUACACAAAAUAUUAUUGAAUAGUAAAAAUAAUUUUUACGUCGGAUGUUUUAAAUCGAUGUACGAAUGCAACAAAAAUAAUCAUUUUUAUAUCGGCAUCUCCAAAAUAUUUUACUUUAUUAUAAUUAAUACAUGCAUCAAAUUUAUCCAUCAUGGAUGAAUAUUUUUCGAGCUCAGAUGCUCUUUAUUAUUUGAACCAUUGUCGAUUACAACUAAUCAGUAUAAGUAUAAUUUAUGGAAAUUAGACAAUUGUCUUCCGUUUCUCAUAGUAUUAUUACAGGGUUUUUUACUCGCUUUACAUUGCGGAGAACAGAAAAAUUCAUGCGCUUUUAUUAGCGGCAUUUUUUUUUUAUUUUCUGAACGAGAGCCACGAUAUAUAAUAAUAAUACGUAUAAAAUAUGUAAAGAGGUCGCGAAAUGUCCCGAGUGCGUUGUCGAUUGAGGUGCACAUAAUUUUUUUAUUUUUUAUUAUAGGUCAGGUACAACAAUAUACGGAUUGUGUACAAACGUAAAUAAAUAAAAAAAAAAAAAAAAAAAAAAAAAAAAAACACUACCGUAAUAAAACGUAAACCGGUGAAAACCGACGAUAUUUAUGUCGGUCCUAAACAAGCGCGCGGCGUGCUAUAACACAUUAAUUAAUUAGCAUAUUAUUGUUAUACAUUUUUUUUUAAUAUUAUUUCCGUCGCCCCGUCGUUAUCGUCAGGAUAUCAUAUAUUUUAUUUACAGCGCGAUACCGAAAAAAUUAAAAGGAAUAAAAAUACUAACUAAUAUCAUAGGUAUACACGAACCUAUCCAAGGUUAGGUUUAACCUAUAUAGUAUAUAUCAUAAAUACUACGUAAUAUAUAGUUUUGUUUACAACGUAUACUGACCGUUCUAAUGGUUCGAUAAACAUCCUCGGACGGCUAUAAACGACAACUUUACGAGAUGCGAUAAUCGACAUUUUCGGCUUGUAGCCAAUAAAUCCGAACCCGCGGUCUUUAAAAAUAAUAUAUCGUAUCUCCGCGGAGUAAGAACGUUACUACAUUGUGGAGGGGGGUGGGGAAAUUAAAAAAAUCCGAAAAACUGCAAAUUUUCAAAACAUUAUCUGUGAGAGUAAGGAGUCAUGUUUCUUCUAUACGUUGACAUUUUCAUUAUAAAUUUACUAGCGUACUCAAUGUUUUAGAAAAUAUAUAGAUUAUACAGAACUUUUUCUAAAAUGAAAUUGAUAAGGAAUCUAUGGAUGGAAAAACGACAAUAUUUACGAAAUUAAAAGGUUUUUUUUAUUUUUCGAUUUUCUUUUUUGCUGUUAUGAACCGAUGGAAAAUAACCGUAGAGACUUAAAACUUUCAUCGAAUACUAAUAUCAUAUUGACAAUUUCAGGAGGCCGUACAAUGUUUAAAAAGUCUCAUGUUUUUGUGUCAUAAAUACGAUGUUUUCUAGUUUUUUUUUUUUAAGUUUGAUAUGGAUAAAAUUGUUUUUGAAAUUGCUCAAAAAUACAUAAUUUAUAAAUUAAACUCCCUUAUACAUCUUUUCACCCAAUUAUUGAUCUAUCCUCAGAUCGGUUUGAAACUUCACUCUUGACGCGUCUACUUUAUUUGUCACUAUACACAUAGUUAAUACGUGAAUCCGAAAAAUCCACGGAAGAAAUAAAAAUGUUUUCCCUCUCUCACUUAGUUGACGUAGUUUUGCAUAACAAAUCGAUGGUAUUUUCGAUUAAGUUUCACUGAACGAUCGCAAAUGGUUGCAGCCGAUGGCUCCGGUCGAAGCAAUACAUGGAAAAUUUAAAGUUAUGUUCGGUAAAUAUCUUUUUCGUAUUUUGCGUACGAGAGAAAAACUGAUCCCAUCUCUGAGUCAGUUCCCUUGUAAACAUAACCUUUUUUAAUAAAUGUCUAAUAACAUUACCGCGGGCGAAAAACGUCGUGUUUAGGUAAGUGAUAAACGACCUGAAGACAAUUAUUUGAUAAGGUAGGAAAAAGGUUUUGGCUACAGUGCAAUUUGAAAAGGUUCGCAAUAAUAUUAUUGUUUAUACUAGUUUCGUAACUUGGUACUUACCCGGUGGUUUUGAAAGAGUUUAGACCCGUAGUUGUAUUAUUAUCGUAUUUGGAGAAAGUAAAGUCCAUAUUCAAAUAUUGUUGUUGGUUCUGUAAUUGUUUUGAUAUAUUUAGGUUAGGUACUUAAAUUACGUCGUGGGUUGAACGAUAAUUUAUACUUCUUUACAGUUUAUCUCUGGUAGUUCUCUCAGUAAAAAUUAUAUGGUUAAUGGAAAUAGAGAUGGACAUAUUUCGCAACAUCAUGUUACCAACAUGAUUAGAUUACUGUUGUGGGCGAGAAGUUUGGAAGUUUUGAGAUAAUUUAUAGUUUAUGUACUGAAAGCAAUGACAAACCGAUGCAAUUUGAAAAUGAUUCUGAGCGGGACUCGAUAAACCGAAAAGAUUCUAUUAAAAUAUUGGUCGUGGGUUUUUCAAUUGUAACAACGACGACGUAUCGUUAGUUCUUAGUAGUUUUUAUCUAAUUUUUUAGAAAAUAUGCAGACAGUCUAAAAAAAUUUUUUAAAUAAAAUUGAACAAGGAAACAAAUACGCAUCUUUUAAUGUACAGUGUGAAAAAAAUAACAUUUUACUUACCAAAAAUGUGUUAAAAAAAAAAAAAAAACAUAAAUCGCAAAUUGUCAGAAAAGUAUUGGGAAUUUCAAUGCAAUAUUAAAUUUAAUUGCUAUCAGUCGAAAAAUUAAACAUGCGAAAGUAAAAGCUUUUUUUAAUAAACGAAAAAACGUUUCUGAGAGAAAAAAAAACACGUUUUAUUAGUUUAAAAAUUAAAUCAUCUAAAAUAAAUUUUCAAGCAAAAAUGCGUAGAAUUAUAGAAUUUAAUUUCGUUAUUAUAGUUCUACAGCCAGACACAAAUCUAAAACAAUUCAAACGCAUUUUUCAUAAUUUAUUAUAAUAUUAAAAACAAAUUAAUUUUAAUAUGUAAAAGUUUUAAUUUGACCAUUUUGUUCACAUAAUAAUAAUAUUGUAGUUCCGCUCUUGACAGAGAAUUUACGCAAUAAUUACGAACGGCUUAUAAUUUCGUAUAAAAACAUUUCGACUACGUUUACAUAAAUAAUUUUGUUAAGUGGGUAGUAAUUUUAGUUUUGUUUAUUAAAAUAAUUAUUAAAUCCAUACCGGUGACCGAAAUUACUGAAAAUCGACACUAUAAACGAAAAUAAUAAAUACCCAUACAAUAUAACUUUUAAAUCCAAUUAAUCUUACCACUUUCAAUUUCGAUGUUCCGGACAAAUCACGUUUUUCUAUUUUUAUUUCAGCGUAUUUGUGUUAAACCCCGAACCCCGUUGAUUUUAAACUAUAGCGAACUAUAAUUUAAAUAGACCUAUAUAACGGUGUGGAACAUUAGGGUAUCCAAUUCCCACCUCCUCUCUUGGCGUAUUAUAUCGACAGUGAAGUGGUGGGAUUGUGGGAGUAUACCAACAUAAUUUUAAAACCAAUGUGUUCUGGUACGAAAUUUGUUCGUUACACCAUAACGUCGGUUUUUUUAUUUUGGACUGUAAUAAUAAGGUUACGGCUACAUUAGAGCCGUUUCCAUUCCGAUCCGACAAUCCGACUAGUUCGAUGCGUCGGAAGAGAAACAAAUCGAUUUAAUUUUCUUCCGACAAAUCAGGAAAAAUUAGAUUAUUUGGGUUAAAUAAUCGAUAAUUUAUAAUCAAUAAUCAUACGUUUUUAUGCUUAUUCGAAAGUAUUCUUUAAAUUUAUCAGGAUAUUCUUGAAGUUUAAUACACAUCUUAAAAUAUUCCCCAUUUUUAAAAUCAUUUAAUAAAUUAUGCAUCCAACAGAAAAUUGUAUUAUUUAAAUAUAAUAUUUACUAUCCAGUAAAUCAUUCCAUUUGUUUCCUGAACUGUUGAAACUUAAACACAUUUUGAAUAAAAAGCACCAAUGCAUAUGUGAACUCUAUCAAUACGUGGUAGAUAUAUACUAAUAAAUAAAUGUCAGAGUAGAUAAUAAGUUCACGAAGUUGGUGCGAAAUCGGAAAUAACUUAGCCACAAAUAUCGAAUAAAAGAUGUUGGUCGAGUUGGUCGAAUCGGAUCGGAUUGAAAACGACUUAAAUAUAACCGUAGCCUAAUUUGUCAGAGAAACACGUAUUACGAGAUAAUAGUUAUUAUUAUCGUGUGCGAGAUCAGAUAUGCCCGAGCACAGUUUCUUUUGCAGGCAAUGCUCGUACGGUUUUAAUUAAAACUUCCACUACCGGAACCCACGUAAAAAAAGGAACCUAACGAGUUUAUUUCCCCAACAAUUAUUUUACGUUUUUAUGUCAUGCGUUCGUGUAAACGGCCGAACACGAUGUACUGAUGUUUUAUUUAUUCGGAGAACAGAACAUAAUAUAGACUUUCAGCUUAAAAAGAAAAUCGUGCACCGUAUACGGAACAAAAAUAAAAAAAAAAAAAAAACCCCGAGAAGUUUGAUAUUUUCUCCGUGCUCGGCAUCUAAAAUCAAAAACUGAUAUGUCCAUCACAUUACAUCCAUCACGGUGUUUAGAGAGGAAAACUGUACGGUUUUUGACAUAAAUAUUAAUAGUGAAAGAUAAUAAAGAACAGGACAUAAAAAAAAUCACAUAGUAGCGUUAUUACGAAAUAUUCUGUCUUUUCCCAUUAUUAUGAAAAGGGUAUUUCAAAAAAAAAAAACUUCCCCUUUAAAUUAUCGCCUAAAUAUAAAAUUCCAUAAAAAUAAGUCCCUAUAUAAAAUUUUUGAUUAGAGAAAAUCUUCAAGUCAAAAUCCUGCCAAGAUAUAGUAAGGAGGCCUGCACUCUAUGCUCGUUCAUAAUAAUUUUAUCCACUGAAUUUGCAAUCAAUGGCGUCAUUUCGACGAUGAUUGACCAAAUUUGGAGGAUGAGGGGUUACUUAAAGUCAGUCUCCGCGAAAGGAAACGAUUUUACAAGGAAUUGAAGAAUUCACAAUAUUAACCUAAUCAAAUUUGCAAUUGGUUCUCGACUGUUCGACGCCAUUUUCAAUCGAAUCGAACGAGUUGGGAGGGGAGGGGGUUAACUUGACGCGCACGUCAUAUCGAUCAUCAGCGCCGAACAAAAGCUGCCGUCGUCGGAUUUGCGUAAGUGUAAUAUAUUAUUAUCGUCAUAAAACAUUCGGAUUUCUCUGAAAAGAAAAGGAAAAAACGGUCUCGUCGGGCCAAUAAAUAUAAUAUUAUAUACAUAAUAAUAGCAAUAAUAAACGCCGCGUUAUAUAUUUUAUGGUCUGGGCGAAAAGCGGAGGUAUAAUGUAUAGAACGGUAUUAUGGUCGUUCUUUUUAUAUUUAUGAUUUUUCUUUUUUUCGAGAUUUUCUUCCCUUGGUUUUUUUUUUUUUUAUUAUUAUUAUUAUCGACUGCAGCAUUAUCGUUAUGUCGACCGGAACACUUCGCCGUCGUCCGCGUCAUCGAGAUAACCGGGCGCGCGCGUACAAAAUAAUAAUACGCAUAAUAUAUACCGAUAUCGAAAACGGACGUGUCGGUCGGACGUAAAUCGUCUCGGGUAUCUGCGAAUUUAAUUCUCGCUCGGCAUAAUAAUAAUAAUAUUAUUAUUAUCAUUAUUACUGUAAGGCCGCGUUAACGUUAUUAUACAGGUACCGUCGCGGCGGUAAGAUUAUACGUGACUUUUAGGCUUCGGUGGUUUAAGUAAAGACGAACAAGUCCCGAGGGAACGCUUCGUGGUCGUCGGCAAUAACAAACCCGGGCAAAAAAAUAAUCGGAGGCGGAUUCCGGCAGCCGAAGAAAACACGGCCGACCCAGUUUUCCAGAGAUUUGUGUGUUUGAAGUUUGUUACACGAUUUUGGAAUUAUUAUGUAGAUAAGAUCAGCCGAUCACUAUUGCGGCGAUAGUGUUGUGAACGAUACCUAUAGUUUAAAAUACUAGAAAUCAUAAAACAAUUUGAUUGUGUUCUUAAAAAUUUGACUUAAAAUAUUUUGCAUUUUACUUAUGAUUAAAACAAUAAUUAAAAUGUCAUAGUUCACUAAAGUCAUCAUUUCUUCGUACGAUUCGAAAAUUUCGUAUUACACAUAAAAGUGAAUUUUCUAUUCGUAUACACGAAUGGGUGGCGCAACCACGACAACAAUCUUCUUCGCCUUUCCUUCAUUUUCAUCCUAACUACCUGGGAUCAACUAUCCUCCGCCUAAACCUCCAUUUGACCCAAACUCCCCCUCGCAUGCACUGACUUUUCUUGAGUAUCCUCAUAUCUCACCAUCCAACAAACUCUUUUUCGGUCUUCCUCUUUCUCUUUUUUCUCCGGUACGUAUAUUGUUUCAUUACGAUUCUUACUGCUUCUGAUUCCUCUUUCCUCAUGACAUUCCCAAAACAUUUUAGUUUAUUUUCUAUCAUUUUUCGACUAUCGGAGCCACGUAUAUUUUACCUACUUAUCCUUAUCCUAUAUCUUCCUCGUCACUACACCUUAUCCACCAAAGCAUUCUGAUACACACAUUCUCUGUUCUAUUUUUCUUUUUACAAUAAUAAUAAUAUUUUAUUGCAAAACGGUUCGCGUGUUUCGUCGAUUUACCUAACUUAUUAUAUUGUAAUUUGCCUAGUAUAUUAUAAUAUAUACAUUCUGUCGAUUAUAACAAUAAUUUACAACUAGGUCUGUCAUAAAAAAAAAAAAAAAAAUCGUUACGUGAAUUGUGUAUAUACGCAUUUUUCUUGCGCGUUUACUUCUAAUAUUGUACUAUUAUAUUAUUGAACUCUGUAUACUGAAUGCGCGUUGUAAAAUUUAUAAACGUACACAUUCGCGUGUAACAAUAAUAUUAUAGGUAAAAAACAUGGGUGACGAUACGUACCACGACGGACUUCUACUUCCUCGUCCAUCGCGCGACAACAUGCCUUCAAACGACGAACCGAUAAAUCUACUCGGGGACAUGCAUUGUAAACUACGUCGAAAAACGUGUAAUCCUGCAUUUCUUGUCCUACCCUUAAAUUAUUAACCUACCUAGACACCUGUAAUAAUAUAUUGAUCGAACCUAUUCGAUGAAUAAUUUACAAAUAAAAAUUGUUUAAUCGGUUUCCAUAAUUUCACACAUUACAAUGAAUUUCCUUUUGAACUAUAAUUGAAUGCGUCGAAUUAAAUUUAAAGUCCGUCCCAAAUAUUCCAGUUCUUGUAAGCUGAAUUUAACGUUAGACUAAUACUGAUAAACUAAAGCCUAAAGCGGCGAAAUAGAUUUGACCGAUAUUUUUUAAUUUGUUUCUGGUAAACAUAAUAUUUAGCUUUUUCAGUGCCACUGACGUACGAAUGCGUUAUCAACAUAAUAUCUCAUUAUUUAUUAAUGAUAAAUAUACAGUCCUGAUACUGGCAUCUAGUGUUCAUUGAGACAAAUACAACGUAAUUAUUUUCAGAUUUGUAACAAAAUGUUCAAAAAAGUAUUGUAUUUAAGCAUAAAAUUCGAUCUUACCAGUACACCGUAUGUAACUAAAUUAAUUAUAUUUAAAAUAAUUAAAUUAAGAAUAUCGACGGGAACCAUGAUUGUGUAGUUCUAGAGGGAACAGUAAAAAAAAAAUAUAUAUAACAAUAAUACUCGAACAGUGUAAUAAUAAACGGAAAGUCUGACCUAAAGAUGAAUAUUAGUACAUAAUGAUACUAAAUACUAGAAUAUUAUGUUCUGAUUCUAUAUUUAUAACUCGAAUCCCUAUGAUAUAUACGAUUAUUGUCUGUACUUGCCCUGUCAUUCAUCUAAAAACAAUAUGUUCUUCUUAUUUCAUGUCAUUUAGACCCUAUUCUAGUAAGACUUACGACUUGUGCCGUUUUGUCAUUCGGAGAUUGUAAACGAUAUUACGUUUCAUUAUAGUCUCGCCGCAUUCGCAGUUAUAUAGUUUUCUCUUCUUCGUACAGUAUAUUCCAUUUUUUCUGAGCUGACUUUUCACGUACGAACCCUGUUCUCAGUCUGUUAAGUAUAUACACUCCAAUCACUCCAGUUCCAGUUUUGUCCGUUUGAUAUUUCUUCCUUUACAUUUUACAAUAUGGGGCUCUGGUUAUUAUAUUCUUUUCAUAUCAUGGGUUUGCUGUUUCGUUUCUUGAGAAUCUUUGUAAUGGUUUUGUAAGAAGGAAAUAACGAUUAACAAUGGCAAUACCGUUGAAAUGCACGAAUACGCACUAAAAUAUUAUUUUGCAUAAUAAUAUAGUACACUGCAGAGAUAAACGUAAUAUUAUUCACACAUUGCGAUUCUCAUUCCAGCGCACAAUAUGAUUUUGUCGCGUAAUAGAACGUCGUUUCCUCGCGAUCUUAUAUUAUAAUAUACUGUUAUCAUUUCACAUUAUACAGUAUAUGGCAGGUAAUAAUAAUAAUAAUAAUAAUAAUUAUUAUUAUUAUUAUCGUACACUCGUAUCGCUCGUUUGCAGGACGUUUUGGCAUUUAGGUAUAAACUCCUCCCGAGAGAGAGCCAGGAUUCCGUUUUCGUCGUUUUACGUUGCAAACAACAGUUAAGCUACCUCUAUAGAAACACACUAUGAUAUAUAUUAUUAUUGUUGUCAAGUUAUGGGAAAUCAUGUGUUGUCCGAUGGACGGAAAAAAUAAUCGUGAUAUCAAGGUCGGAAACGUACCCAUACUGCAUUCGGUCGUGUUUUGUAUUUGCGUGUUACUAUACGAUGUAUUUUUUUAUUUUAACAUUCAACACCUUUUUUUACCAGAAAUCUCGAUACGAUUUUCCAGUGUAGUGUUUUUUCUGGAAAUCAAUUUUGUUUAUCUAGUUUUAUGAGGUAGUAAUUUUUUUUUUUUUUAUUUUCCUUGUAUUUUUCUAAAUAGUUAGGGAAAAUGUAUGAAAAACAGAGAAAUGUAUUUAUUAUUAUUAUUAUUUUUUUUUUUGUGAUUCAGUUGAGAAUAAUCGUAGAACAUAUUUGAACAUUUCAAAAAAUAAUAUUAGUUUUUUCUAGAUCUUAUAAUAUUUUCAAAACAUAUUUGGCUUAUUAAUUGUCGAGUUUUUAGUUGGGUUUAUACGGAUAAAAUUGUUUUGGCAGAGAAGAACGCUUGAAAAUUUAACACAAGGGAUAUCAUAAGUUGUCAUUGAUGAUUAAAAAAAAAGUAGAACAUUAUUCAAUUAUUUUGUUUUAUAAGCUUUAAAGAUCAAAUUUUUAUGAAACUCAUAAAAAUCGUGACAUUUUAAAAUGAUUUUAAUCGAACUUGUCAAAAAAUCGUUUUUUUAUGAACAAUUAUUCAUCGUAAAAUACAAAUAUAAAUUACAUAACUCAAUGUGGAUACUCCACCUUUUCAAAUUUCUAUCUAUUUUUUUUUUCGAUAUUGUAAAUAUUGUAAUAGGUACAUGCAGAAUACAGAGUAUACCUAUAUAUAUAAUAUUAGAAAAAUUUUUAAAAAAGUUGGGAAGGUAGAAUACAUAAAAUUAUUCAAUUUAUAUCAGUACGAUUUUGAGUGAAGUUCAUUUAUACAUGUUUUAAAAUGCCGUGAUAUUUACGAUUUUAUCAAAUUUGAUCUUUACAUGAUUAUACAAAUAUAAAACGGUACAAUUUUACAAGUACAACUGAAAAUGAGACCCGUGUUAAACUUUUAAGCAUUUCUGUGUGGUCAAACUAUUUUAUCCACAUAAUAUCUACCAAAAAAAAAACUACCUACGUAAAACAACUAAAACACUUUUAAAAUGCCUAAAAAUAGAUUCAGAAUAUUUUUAAAAUUUUGGCAUGUUCAGAAAAGACCAAUAAAAGUUUUCUGUCAACAUUUCAAGUCUCUACGAAUAUUUUUAACUGAAUUACAACAAAAAAACAAAAUAAAAUUAAAAAUAAUAAAUCCAUUAUGUCCAAAAGCUUUCCUAUUCUUUCUACGUUUUUUUCCGAUUUUUCCCAAUUGUUAUAAAAACUGGUCAUAAAAUCAAAAAAUGAAUUAUUUAAUCACCAACCAAGUUCCAAAUGCAACAAAAAAGAUCUUUUAUAAUAUUUCGACUUGAACAAGAUUUCUGGUCGAAAAGUUGUUUACAGACAGAAAUAUAGUACUCAUUCAUAAAACCAAUAGAUUCCUUGUACGCUGAGAAUCUAAACAUCUUUUUUUGUAAUAUUGCGUUUCUUCAUGAAAUUCGUCGUACAAAAUCUGAAAGCAAUACAAAUCAACAUCAAUAUAAAGUCGUGAUGUGUAAAGUGAUUACUUUAUUUCUUUAUUGAAAUCAGUUUCGGAAAGAACCAAAAAGCUGAAUAAUUACGAUUCACCUGUAGUUUCCUAGAUCCGAGUGAUAUUCGUACGUUUUUGAUAGAUAGGUAUAUUUCAUCAGUUUAAAAAGAAAAAAGAAAAAUGAUGAUGAUGAUAAUAAUAUUAAUAUUAUUAUUUUAUUAAUAAUAUAAAAGCUUCGGGACGUGACGCUGAAAACGUGCGGACGUUCAGCAGAAAAUAAAAACGUGCUUCUAUCGCACAAAAGUUUCGGCAAAGGAUUUCUAUAAGAGAAAAGAACACACCAACAUAAAAUUCAAUAAUAAUAGAUAAUUUUGAAGAAAAAAUCAAUACUUUACCAACUCUUAUCAGCUAUAUAAAGCUUUCGCAAUGCCGUCGCUGGACCGUAUUCCGAUUCUCACGUGGCGAUUUGAUGGCAAUUGUUUACAAUGCGACGGAUCUACAACGGUUGACUUCUGGCUUUUAAGUCAGUGAUCAAAAUGUCAAAAUAUCAAAAAGAAAAAAAAAAUAUCGAAAAGAUUACAAUUUAGUAGAUUAGUAUUUUAAACCGAAUUACAAAUUAAUAAUAAUAAAAUUGAAAAUUACAAAAACCGUUAUCGCUUUAGUGUUCCCGGGUUUUCAACAUUUUUGCCGAUUUACCCUCACUCUAUUAAGGUGUCAAACAGACAAACAUUUUAAAAAAUUACCUUCUCGGCGCACCAACUAGAUAUACAUUUUGAUUGCAGCAAGGUUUCCGGUGUAAUUAAUGUUGUCAACACACAAUCGCUCUGGAUCGUUGAAUGCAUACAGUAUAAGGUACCUCUCUACCUAUAUAAAUUAAAUUGCCUAUUGUAUACCUUCCCAACUAUACCCACCUAUACAACAGUGGCCUGCCCGUGAGAAAUAUCGAAUUUUUUUGCUUGUUUAAUAUACGAGCUGCGGUGCGACUAUAUACGAGUAGUACAUAAUACAUUUUCGUACAUCGUACAUGACUUUAUGCUACACGUGCGUAUAUAAUUAUAUUAUUAUUAUGCGUCCCAGCCCCGGAGGAUUUAAAUUAUAAUUAUAAUAUCAUUAUUAUUAUCAGUGCGUACACAACACAGCGCUAUAUAAUCAAUAUAAUAUUAUAUUAUUAUAUUGUUGUCAUUAUGAUUUAUUGUGUGAUGGCGUUUUAUACGAGUUCGUACUUUGUGUUCGUAUAUAAUAACGUGCAGUAUGGCGGAGAGCCCCGACGAACUUUUUAACAGAAUAUUAUUUAACUCUGCGUAUAAUAUCAAACUGUACAACGACCGUCGUACUAUAACGUAUACAAUGUCGGACACGCGAAUGCUUUUUAGCGAGUGAAAAGAGGCACAAAAAAAAAACCGACAAAUUCGUAACAAACACGCGCGUUAAGUUCAAAAUAACAUUUUGCCGAGAGGCGCGAAAAACUUUAACGAUUUUGCAUUCCGCUGGUAUAUUGUGUAUAAUAAUAAUAAUAUAUACACUGUAUAUAUUAUUAUUAUUAUUGUAUUUCGCAGACCCUUUUAAAAUUCCGUUCGGGUCAGAAAGAUUUCGGGGAUUUAUUCACUCGACAUCGUGACGUUUUUUUUUUUUUAUUAUUAUUAUCGUUUAUUUUUUUACUGCCCAAGUCCGAAUUUUCGAGUAGUGAUUAUACUCGCGGAUAAUAUGAAAAUCAGCAAUAGGUAUACUCUCCUUUAUUGGCCAAAAUAAGGAUAUAUACUUGACAUUUCGGUGAUCGUGAUUCAUCACAAAUAUCCGACUAUUUCAAUGUAUACAUAGAUAAUAACAGAUUACUGGUAAUAAAAUUCAAAAUUUUUAUACUUCACGAUAUUUUGGGCCUUAUAGGGAUACUUCAGUUUAUUUUAAAUAUGAAAUAUUUAAAAUGUUUUUUAAAAUUUCAACGGAUUAAAAUCGUUUUAUUUAGAAGCUGAAAUCAGAAUUCCGUGAUCUGAAAUCCGGAUUUACAAUACAUUUUGGAUUGUUGAAAGCAAAAUCCGGAUUUCUUAAUCAUAAUAAGUGAUCAGUGUGGUCAGUGUUUUCAAUAUAUAUGUAAAACUAAAUAUGUAUUCUUUUACAAAGUUAAUAAACGUAAAUAUUCUUCGGGUGUCUUAUGAAACGCAUAGACAACCCAUCAAUAGCAGAGUAUGAAUAAAUAAAUAAAUAAUUUAAUCGAAAUGCAAAUUUUUUUUAAAUAAAACUAACAUUUUUACGAAAACAUCUUACUAUAAUAUUAUAUUAAUGACAGUAAUGAAUGACAGUAACAACAACAGUAACAGAAUGAUCGACUUUUAAAUAGAAUAUACUCUUAGCUAUUUUUCAUCGCGUUUACCGUUCGAAAUCGACUAAUUUCGCACUUACACGAAAUCAUUUACAAACAACAAAAAAUAUAUAGUAUGUUUUAUGAAAACGUCUUUUUACCGGUAACCGGCUAUUAGUGAAUUAGUUGGCAAAGUGAGAAUCUGAGGCCCCGAAGCAAACCGAAUAAGAGUAUGUAUCAGCAAUAAACAGCAGUUUUAUUGUGUUUUUUUAUAAUUUACAAUAUUUUAUUUUUAUCAAUCAUUCAGUCAAUUUGUUCCUUAUGGAUCUACACUCACCCCUAUCUACCACAGAAACUUUUAGUUUCUUAAAAAUUGUUUUUCCUAUGUCUUCCCUGAUUUCUGUAUUAUAAAUCGAGUUCUCAGUGUACUCUUCCAGUUUUUCUCUCUCUCUCACCUUUCAUUACUGUCGUUAUUCAUGCAUUGUUUCUCCAUAAUAUAUGUCCUAUCCAUUUUUUCCUUUUUUCUCUGGUUGAUUUCCGUUCGUUCAUUCUUAAGUUUGCAUCUUCAUUUUUAACUUUCUCUGUCCAGAGAACUUUCACUGUUCUUCUCCAGCACCAUAAUUCAAUUCUUUCAAUCCUUUUUAUUUCUGCUUUAAAUUUCUUAUAUAUUUCUGUCCAAUAAAGUACUAUACGAAACUCUUUAUAAGUGUUUUCACAAGUGAAGGGAAAGACAAGAUACUAGCCGCUCCUCUGGAAAAAAUAAUAUGAACUAAUAAUUUUCAUUUUCAAUUUCAAGUUCAAAAACUUCAUUUAGAAUACAUUUUGAGCUUAUUUUUAUAUGUUGCCUUGAAUGUUCACCCGUGCGCUUUGUUAUACGCCUUAAAGCCGCGCUUUUUUACGCAAAUUUCCUUAGAACACAGACAAUAGUAACUACACCCGUCGCGUGAAAACCGACAAUAUAAUGAUAAUAUAUACCUAGAACUAUAUUGAAAAACAAAAACCACUUGGAGUUAAAGGGGUCACGACGAUGAUACCGGUGCAGUGGUCUUUUGACUUUAUAUCUGUGCUUAUAUAUCGAUCGCAACUUUACUGUAAUAAUAUAAAUCUGUAUAUAUAUAUACAGUAACUUAAACAUAUUAUACAGUAACUUUGUAGAGGUAGAUAAGUAACCAGGUAGAUGUAAGUUUCACCCCGAUGAACUUCGUGUCAUAAAUAUUGAAUAUCAUCUGCCCGUAUAAAAUUUAAUUGUACGAAAUGCGCUGCCACCGCAGUCGCGGUAUACAGUCGACUGCUGUUUAUCCGAACUCGCGUUCUAAAUUUCGGCGAGUCCCAUACAUUUUUUAUGUAGGUUCACAUAUUUUCUUUUUCGGGAUAUAUAAAAGUUUAAGUACAUUUUCUUCUACUGCUGUUUGCUGUUUAUUUUUAUUUUUUGCUCGUCUCGACUGAAUAAUAUAUUUGGUAGAGAUAUAUGCAUCUCGUCGUCCCGCUCUAUAAAAUCUUCCCCGCGGAGUCAAUAUCAAAAGAGAAAAAACAAGACAGAAACAAAAAACCUAUACUAAAAGUUAAAAUACUUGCACGUAUUUAUUUCAAAAAGAGCGUACAUUUAGCUAUUUAGAAAAUGUAUACAAAAAAAAAAAUAGAAACCUAAUUUAUCUCGUAAAAUACAAUUUAUAUAGAGCAGGGCAAAAAAAUAACUCGCAAAAGAAAAAACAUCCGCAGCAAUUUCCCGCGAAAUUAAUUACACAUUUUUAACUGCAGCGCAAACAGAUUCGCCUGUAGAUUGCGGGAAAAGAGCGACUCGCUGUUCUCAUUUCGCUUCGUUUUUUUAAUAUAAAGGAUUCUUUUAUUUAUGUAUAAGGAAAUCUUUAUUAUUUUUUUUUUUUAAUACAAUAUAUAUUACAUAAAAGUACCGGUUAAAAUGUAUAAAUCAAACGCUCGUAUAAUUCAUCGCGAUACACGUAAAGCGUUCGCAGCGUACAAAACGAAUACGAACCGUUAAAUCGAUAUAAUUGUUUAUGUAGCCGCGGUAUAUGAUGCCUUUAUAGGUUUUUCGUCGACUUUUUCGUAUUCAUUUCAAAACUUUUGCCCGUUUUCCUAACGAACGUCUCGGAUACGUUAUAAUUCAUAUACGGCGAGGUACCCGAUGCACACUUUCCCGAAGUAUAUAUUGCGCGUCAGUUUGUUUUCCAUCGGUAUAUCCGCGCGGCUAUAUGUAUACGCAACAAACUUUAUAUACACACGCAGACAAAACGUAACGGUUUCCGCGGUAAUUCACGAGUAUAACUAAUUCCGUGCCAGGCCCACGACGAAAUAUAUUUCAAUAAUAUAAUAUACCCGUGUGCACAGUCGCUGCAGGAUGUUUCGGUCCGCGGUUCGCAAAAUAUUAUUCAGUCUCCGAAAGUUGCCCGCGCGAUUAAAUAUUAAAGUUUAUAAUAAUAUACACGCAUAUGCGAUAUUAUAUUCUCGAGAAUAACGAACCCGGAGAUAAAAUAUACAGUAUAUAAUAAUAAUAAUAAUAAUAAGCAGCGCACGUCACAUACAGCCGACGAAGACGACGACGACGACGAUGCCGCAGGAUCCGCCUGCGAAUCUCGCGUACAAUCCGUAUAAUUAUUAUUACAUUAUUAUAUACGAGUAUACACACGAAGUAUCCGUAUUUAUUUUACGCGUAAUACAAUCACCGACGACGACGAGAGUACCUGUAAAAGCCUCGGGAAAUCUAAUAUUAUUUUCGUUAAAAUCGCACACGGUACCCUCGAUUAUUAGUAUCGUCGAUGAAAACGAGACGAUAAAUUAAACCGUACAUGUGUAGCUUGGAUAAUAUUAUAAUAUUAUAUGUUUGUAUUAAUAAUAUUUCACGACCAUUUUCCGCUUGUCUAUUACUUUUUUAAGAGUGGGAGCAACCCCCCCCCCAUCCACCCACAACCUCCGAAACAAACACUGGUUCUAAACACUCGAAUACUCGAAUAAUUUACCGGCUCAAGUCGUCUAUAUAUAUUUGUACGUAUAUAAUGACGUAGUCAUUGGUCAUCAUUACACGAUGGUCGUAAAACGAUACUAAGUUGAUAGGUAUUAUAGCCCGGGUUAGACGUUAAGGUUUUAGGCGGGUUUACUUAGGGAUCCGUGGUUUAAACCCGACAGUGUCGUAAUAACAUUGAACGAAUUUUUAGCCUUUUUCAUGGAUUAAUAAAUACUUGGUAAACAUGUUUUUUUUUCUAAUACUGAUUUAUAAUAUUAAUUAUAACAAAUAUGUUUAAACAAUUAUUAUCUAAUAUGACUAAUAUAGCAUAAUAUCAUUUAUUUACGGAGUAAACUCCUAUUACACAUUAAUUAUACAAUGUUUAAUAAUGCAAUUUAAAAUGGAAAUGAAAUAUUAAAUAUUUAUAUGCAAUGUGCAGAAUUCUAUACGCAUAUGAUAAUGAUGAUAGUUUUCAAAAUAUAUCUAUUUAUCACUAUUCGAUCCCGCUAAAACGUUUCUAAAACAGAAUACUCGAACCGUUAUAUAAUAUUGAAACAGUCACUCCCUCAUCUAUACUCCGUCUCAUGAGAAAAAGAUUUCAUUUCGCGCAUUUUGAAUGAGCUAGGUAUAUAAACUGCUGUCAGACCGCCAAAUUCCCUCUACGCGAGCUAUGUACAAACGAAAACGUGUUCAAUUGUUACAGUAGUGGCGUCGUCAACAAUCGUAAAUGUCGUCUAAACAAAUACGUUAGGAGAGGUAUUACAAGGCGAGGUGUGCCAUGGGAAUGUGCAAACAUAAACGCGAUUUCAUCAUGGUCGGUUACCGUUCUGUCGUAUGUGACAUCGUGUAUCCAGUGGCGACUCGUGAGCCUCGCAAGUGAUAAUGCAAAUAUUUUGAAAAUUACAAAAGAAGGGAAUGUUAAUAAUACACAUAAAGAUAUAUAUACUAUCAAAAUAUAAAACGAAAUGAUGUUAUCAUUAAUGUUAUUAUUUGUUGAUUUUAGGCUUUAGGUUAUUUAUAAUUAUUUUUAAAAUUUAAAAAUAAUCAGUAGGUAAAUUUACACGUUUUUCGGAAAUCAAUCAAUACUAUAAUUUUGAACGAAAUUAAUUUUAAGAUUUAAUUAAAAGUGCCAUUUAUAAUAACCUAUGUUUAUAUCUACAUGUACGUUAUAUAUGUAUAUUAAUUGUGAUAAGAAAAUUGUCAAUAAGGCUUUGCUUCACUUGCAUCGUCUGACGAGCCACCACUGCGUGUAUAUAUAUAUCGUCUCCACAGAUAUGGUGUACCGAAAAAUCAACUGACUAUUUCAACCCAAAUAAGAUCAAAGAUAAGUUCAAUUCAACUUUGGAAAAUUUCCGAUAGAUCUUUGUUACUGGAUACUGUUAACGACCAAUCAUAUUAAGUGGCCUGCGAUGGAUUGUUUUUUUUCUUAAAAAAUACUUUACAGGAAAACACUCUCAUGUCUCGCAUAGUGAUUCAAUAACGAUAAUAUUUUCUUUUGAAGAGAGAAAAAUUUCUUUUAGGGCUCAUGGGACUCCGAUUAUAGACAUAUGUAAUCAAAAACGACAAACAGUUCUAAAAAAAAAUGAAAACUUGUCCUUCAUCUAAAUCGAAUAAUAGCAUUUAGAAAUAUAGUUUUCAAGUUCCAAAUUUAAUGUACCACGCAAGAAGUUUUUCUUUCUCCAACUAAAAAAUACAUAAUCGAACUGCUCUAUGAGACAUGGUACUUUUUCCUGUAUUAAGUAUGUUUUCAAGUAAAAAAAAACCGAGAAUAUUAAUAAUGAUUGACGUGAACAAUGGCCCUUUUUACUGUUGAAAGCUAUUUAAGCUUGGAUAAUGCAUUUUGAACAGUAAAGGUAGGUGUACCAAAUUUAAAUCAGACGCGUAUAUUGUGUUAAGCAAAUUGUCAAUGCGUUUCACACUGCAAAUACAAUACAAACAACAGUCAACAAUAAACUAUAAGUAUAUCCGAAACGUCAUUUUUUUCCUUCAUCUCUACGCCUGCAAGACGUAUUUCUGCGCUUUUCCGCCGGGAGCUUAACAAAAACACAUUUUAUAUUCCGUCCACCGAAGUGAAAAUAUUAUCUGAAUUCCGCAGCAGUCUCGAGUAUAUCUAGGCUGCAAGAAAGUAGUUAUUCGAUUUUGUAUAUUCUUAUCCCCGGGGAGUAUUUAAUGGAUAUUUCAUAUGCAGAUAUUCCUACGCGGCUACAGACGCGCCAAAAACUUUUGAGUUUUGACUCAAUCAAAAUCGAAUUUAUACAUCAUAAAAAAAAUAUAGGUAACAACAAUAGCAAGAACAACAACAAUAAGAUCUUCGUGUAUAAUAAUAUUCACGUAUAAAUUGUUAACGAACAUCCGAGGAAUUCAACUGCUCGUGAUUGAUUUAUGCUUGGAAAUUCAAAAUAAUUUAUUCGACGCAAGAGAAUAACCUUAAGCUCCGAAUAUCAGUUCCGAUGGCCAGAAUAUGCGGUUUUGUCUGAAAAAUAUCAAAAACAUAAAAACAUAAAUAUUAUUUCACUGCCUAUACAAAAAUAUAGAAUUAAAUAUUUUCCACAAUUUUAGAUAAAGGAAUUCAUUUUUCCAGUGCAUAUCAUUAAAUCUUUAUAUAUAUUUCAAAAAAAUCGAAAAAUAUAGUCUCCCUUUGAAAAAAAAAUGUAUUUAGAAAUCUGUAUUAGUUAAUUAUUAAAUGAGUAACUUAAAAUUAGUAAUUAACAGUUGGUUUUUGUUAUCGCUCUAUAAUAUUAUAAUUACCUGAUUUUCUUUCGGUUCUUUUGACGCGAAGAUGUGUACAAAAAAUAAUCACUUUGAAAGCAAUGCAACUUCUCUGUAAUUUAUAUCAGUUUAUAAUUAUCAGAAACUAUUAAAAAUUAAUAUAAUACUUCGUUUUAAUAUCAUCGAUAACUCGUCAAGUGGCUUUUUCAAUACAAAUGUUUUGACAAUUUCUUUCGCGUGUAUCUGGCGAAAAAUACUAAAAAAAAUUGAAUUAAAAUUACCGAUUUCCUUUCAGAAAAGGUGCUACACAUGAAAAUCGAAACAAAAUCUCUGGUAGAAAAGUUUUCCACAGAACAGUAAAAAAAAAUGAAUAAAUAAAUAAACGUCUUUGGAAAACCACAAGCUUCUUCGCACGACCUAAUAUCUAAAAUAGCCGGAACGUUUGAUAAUAAUAAUAAUAUGAAGACUUGUGUUAUUUACAGGCGUUCGACGCGUUCUUUGAAUACUGAAUACACCUACUCGUUAUUAAAUUCAGAAAAAAAAAUCCGCCCUAUUUUCAUCACUGCGACAACACAAUUAUAUUCAUUGUGAACCAUAUAGCUGCAGUGACUAGAUAAUAAUAUAGCCUUUUACGAGAAAUAAAAUAAUUCAUAGGUCCACGACCGGCAAUAAUAAUAAUAAUAAUAAUAAUAAUAAUACUAAUAUUUUAAUCUCCCGGUCGAUUAUUUUCCGGUUCGGUGGCGGCCGUUAAAUCCCGCGGCCGACGCCGCUCGCAAAGGUCCGAAACCGUUUCGGACUUACCACUAGCGGCACCACCUUCCAAUACGUAUACACAAUAUAAUCCACAAACCGUGUCCCGCCCCUUAACCGCAAUAAUCCCUUUCGUUUAAUAUACUCCGCACUGCCAGCGCGAUAGCUCUUAUAUUAUUAUAAUAAUACGCGCUUCUGCUUAGAUAGGUAGGUACGUAUUGUUUUUCGUCCCGCGGGAUUAAUUUGGAAGGAAAACGUCCGGGGGGACCCGAGAUUUAUAAACCGCGAUCAUUUAUAAUUAUUGCCCGUAGAAUACUAUUUCCGCCCUACAAUUAAGUUUGACUAAUUAUUGUAUAUAAUAUUAUGUAUUAUAUUAUAUACUUAUACGUAUAAACCGUGAGCAGACACAUUAGUAAUACUCGAUUAGCGUGCGCAAUUAUUAUUAAAAAAUUAUACUCUCGACCGGAGAGAUUUGAGCGGUAAAUACAUAAGACGAAAAUAUUUUAUAUUGUCGGGUCUAUUGCAAAAAAAAAUAUUAAUAAUAAUAAUAAAAAAAAACACCUCUGAGCGACAAAGCUCUAUCAGCGAUACAGUUAAUAAGUCGAGUCUUACACCACCAACUAUUUUGUACAACAUAAAUACUCUUUGCGAAACAGCGAUUAUAACCAGUUAUAUAGGUACUAUAUAAUAAUACACUAAAGUAUACAAUAUAUUGUACUGUAAUUAUUACACUCGAGAGCUACUCGAGCUACUCUCGAGAAAAUGGUGACAUUCGGUCGUAUGUAAAUGUACCGGGGUUUAUGUAAUGGUGAGAGUUCAAAGUUUUAACUCCCAAAAAGCAUAUACUUGACACUAACGCCGUGCGUAUAUAAAAUUGCAUCCCCCUGGCUUUAUUUGGAUAGUGUAUAAAGACGUAAAAAGCUAUAAAAUACUCUACGGCCCGCAAAAACUAUGGUUAAAUUCAACCCAACUUUCAUCACUUCAAUGCGCCAACAAAACUACUACGAUUCCUCAGUUACAGAUCAUUUAGUCUAGAGGGAACCGCUAGAAAUGUCCAAAAGUGAUUGUUAAAAUGUAUAUAAUAUACACAAUACAGUGGCAUUAGUUUUUGCGAAAUCUGACAGAAAUAAUAACAAUACAAUGUCCAUUCCGUAAUCUCCUCUAAUUUGUCUACAAGACAUAAUAUUAAGGCAGUAAUUGUCUGUGCAGAGACGUAUUCACACAGUUUUCGGGCCCCGGAGCCGUGUUCCUUUAGCGCCGUUUCGUAUAAGAACUCAAUUUUUUUUUUUUACAAUACGCUAUUUUAGACCCUGCUGAGCAAAUGUUAAUUGUGGGGUGGGAUUAAUAUUUAAAAAAUAAAAAUUAUUCCACCAAAUUAAAAAUGAAAAUAUUUAUUAUGUUUUCUAUACAGACAUUUUUUAAAUAUUAAUUAUGUAUACAAAUUUUUAUUAAGAUGAAAAAAUAAAUUAUUUUUAAAGUUUGAAGUAUGAAUAAAUUAUAUAGGGAAUAAAUAUCGAAAAUUUCCCUUUGAACACAAUAUUUUAUAGUAUAAUUUUUCGUUUUCGACUAGCUAAAAUAAUUUUUGUUUAAGAUCUAUAUCAAAUCCAGAGUACUGUUGGAUCUAUGUAAAUACGAAAAAAAUAUUAUUUUUGCUAUUGGGUCCGUUAGACAGACACAGACAAUUGUUAAUAAGAUGUUAUUUUGGCUCUUCACAUGCACAAUUAAUCAUAAAAAACAUCCCCAGAAACUAUAAUAUUAUAUUAUUAUAUGUAAAACAUAUUUUUCAAGCGCGCGUAGCUUUUUCAACUAUAAACCUACUAACCUAACCUAACCUUGCCCUCUCCUUUGAUAUUACAAUGAACACUGUCACGUACGAAAAUCAUAUAAUAAUUAUUAUUUUCCAACAGCAAAAGUAAAGGUCGUGCGGCCUGGAAAAAACAAAUGCAUGAACCAUAAGCGCAAAUACGCAAUUGUACGGUGUGUAUUUUAUUGGUGUUUGCCAAAUCGAAUACAAUAUUUUAAUGAUUAGAGAUUAUGUGCUUACCACAAAAGGUUGUGUUUUUUUUUAAUAAUUAAUUAACCAUAUUAUUUAUUACUCAACUUGUUUAUUUUACGCAGUAAGUGAAAGUAUAAGAAAGUUUGACAGUUUGACACAAACACGGUUAUAAACUAUAUUUUGUUUUUAAUUAGCUUUUACCCCGUAAGUAAUAAUUAUUUUAACAUAAUACGCGUUUCUAUAAUUUAAAACUAUAUUCGUAUAUGAUAAUUAUUAUUAUUGUUAACUUUGUACGAAACAAAAAAAAAAACGGCUCGGUCCCGUGUAUGUAUAAUGUAUAUUGUACAAGUUAACACAAAAACGUAUUAUCGACGUACGUGUGGAAAAAAAAUAAAUAUGAAAAAGAGACGAAACUUGAUAAUGAAUGUCUUUGCGUUGUGUUUUCUAGUCUUAUACUAAAUACAUAUUUUUAUAUUCUACAUCUUAUGAAUGUCCUCUGCAGAAACAUCCUCAACAGUAAAUUUUCUUUUUCAGGAUAGCCGCCACAGUUUUAAAUUUCAGAAAAAAAACUAUUGUGUUAUCUCAGUAUCUUAGUAUUGAUAUAAACCUACUCGUUGGAAACCUUAAACUUUCGAAUUCAUUUUUCGAACGCGCGAUAAUUUAUUUUUUUUUGUUUUCGCGUAGUAAAAGUACCAACUAUAGUUAUAACUACCGAUUAUAAAAUCUUUACCAAUUUGCUAUUACAUGGUAUAUAUAUAUACGUGUAUAUUAUAUUUCUUAAACGUCCAUCAUAAUAAGUUUCAAAUUUACUAUAUCUCGAGUACCUAUACCUUUUAAGUUUUAAGCACAGAUAUUAUCGACAGAUUAACAUAAAUAAUCACAAGCGUUUCGUACGAAUAAAAAACACCACUGAGACUGCAAAAAAUAAUAAUACCUUAUGGGAUUACAGUUAGCUACUAAAUAUUAUGUAUCGUGGUAUAAUAUUAUAUAGGUGACUUUUUAUUUUAAUCUAUGUCAGUAAACUUUUAGUGUAAAUUACUGCAGUUGUCGGAGUACAUAGUAUCAUGAGUACCUAUUUUGUCUUCAUAUAAUAUAUUAUGUCAACACAAAUGUAAUCUUUGAGAUAUUCAAUUACUCAAAACGAUGUUUAAACAAUUUUGACGUUGUAAAACUAUGAGUAACUACAUAAUAUUAUUAUGUAGUCGACACUAACUAAACUGUGGGUUAUAUCCCCACAAAAUACAUCACCCAUCUUUUCCCUUUAAUAGUUUAAGGGGAAAAACGAAAAUAAAUUCAUCUUCAUAACAUAUACUCUAUUAUAUUUUAUCAGAAUUUUAUAUUAAAUGUGUGUAUCUUUCAGAAUUUCUUAAGAGAUUUGUUGAAAGAGGCGAAAAAAAUUAACGACGUGUCCGAAGACAAACUCAUCGAAUACACCGAUACUAUGGUGAGUAAUGAAAAAUCGAAAACAUAUUAUAAUGUUAUAGAUGUUAUAUAAUUUAUAUUAUUUUUUUUUUUUUUUAGUUGCAAGUGUUCGACGCAAACAAGGAUGGAAAGUUGCAGCUUUCCGAGAUGGCCAAGUGAGUAUACACUUACCUACACGGUACGAGGGCUUGAUAAAUUAAAUAAUGCCAGAGCCAUCAUCGUGAUAACUAUAACGAAGAUUUUUGGAUUCGAUCGCGCAAUGUUUGCCGAAAAUUAAUCUUACUUUUUUUUCUUUUUUUUCUGUCUAUCUGUCUGUAUCUCAAAGGUUGCUGCCAGUCAAGGAAAACUUUUUGUGCCGUCAAGUGUUCAAAGUAAGACUUUAUUUUCGAUAAUACCCACCCUGCCUAUCAGCUAUGUCCUUAAAAUAUAAAAACUCAGAAAGCAAAAGAGAGAGAAAGAGAGAAAAAUAGAGAGAGGGAGAAAAUAAGAAAUCGACAAAAUUCUAUCCUCCUGGUAAUCGCGUGUUAACAAUAAAUAUAAAUAAAGAACACCAACAUAAUACCCUAAUACUAUCUAAAGGAUAAAACGAAAUCGCGGGGCCAAGUCCAUUUAUUUAUAAUAGGUAUACGCGUUCGCUUAUUCAGUUUCCGCCGGCGAACAAAAUGGCGUCGACAACGAUAACGACGAAUAGAACAACAAUAUAUAGGCAAAUGAUAUUUAUUGUAUACUUACCGGUCGUAAGUAUAAUAAUGGGCGCGGUACCUACCGAAUUAUUAUAUCCGAAAUUCUACCAUCACUGUUUUUACUACACAUAGGUACGUGUAGUAACCUAUAUCUGUAUACAUUAUAAUAUAAUAAUAUGCACUUUCGUCUCUCCGAGGGUUUUUUUUUUUUUUUUUUUUUUUUGUUUUUGUCCUUGAUAUAUAGACGCACGUUUCGUUGAUAAUAUUGACGUAUAUAAAGACAAAAUAUGUUAAAAAAGACUGAUCGCAGGGCAGAAUGUAAUUUUGUCUGGACGACGAUAAAAGACACCUACACAAUAAUUUUAAUUAUCUGUGGAUUUAAUAAAAAUAAAUAUUUGGCUUCGAUAGAUUAAAACAUUUUUUUUUUUUUUUUUUGGUGACCUGUCAAAAUACUAAAAUAUGAUAGGUACACGUCAUAAAUUUCAAAAAAGUCGUACGAUUACGCUGAAAAGUAAAAAGUAAUUAAUUUAUAUGGUAUAUUAAUACAAACUUGUUGUUUUAUCUAUUAUUUCUAAUAAUAAAAUAUGUACUAAUUUUAUACUAAUUACAAUUUAAACAAUAUUUUAUCUAUAGAUUAAUUUGUCCAUAUAAAACACGUACAAUAUCCUCAUCUUAUUCUACAUUUUUCUCUGUGUUUUUCGUAUACCGAAUCGGAAAAUGUACUCUAUAGUAAAUAUAGUAUGGUAAUAUAAUUAUUCCCACGGUUUCGCCAAAGAUUUAACCACGUAUAUAAACUAUAUCAUGUAUUAUACGACGUUGAAAUCCAUUUGCAGUUUAAGAAAAUGUUUUUAUUUCCCAUCAUCACCUAGGUCCCUACUUAUAUUAAAUUUAAACAAAUUGUUUUCAUCAAUUUUCAACACAUUUAUCGAUAUUUGUCCAAUAUAUGUUGACAAAUAUUAUUUGAAAACAUAAUUUUUGACAUACGAAUUUUCUUUAGCGUAGCUAACUUCCAAAUACUAGAUAUUUUUUUUUGAAAAAACGAAAUGUCAUAAUAAUAUACUGUCUAAAAAAAAAAUACAGUUGUCUUGGAUCCAGAAUCUGAACACUGCAGUUGUUAGAUAUAUAAAUCUAUGCAUUCAUUUAAAUUGUUUAAUGAACCUGGAAUGAAAAAGCAGAUAUUGAUUUGUGAUGACAUCCUCAUCGUACCUGAGGGAGGAGGGAUGAUAACAGGGAUCUUUCUCCAACAAGCAAUUUUUUGUUUUAAUGUAAUGAAUGUUCAAUUUUCGUUUCCAUUCUUCAACGUUAUCAGUUACACAUUAUUUAUUCUGAAGCUCAUUUAUCAAACAAUAUGUAAAUCGCCGGUUAAAAACUCGAUGGAGUCAAAUGAUAUUUUUCUUAGCAGUAAAAAAAAAAGAAGAAAUAUAGAUUUUUGAAAUACAAAAAUUCAUACUCCGAUAUAAUUAAAACUUAUUGUAUUCGUAUAGUGUUUUUUUUUUUGUUCAUCAAAUAUUGCAUAGUAAUAAGAUAUUUAAUAUUUCUCCCCCUCCCACACCCUCGAAAACGGUGUCCGUUGCACGUUACCGGAUGAUAUUAUAAUCCUUUAAGUUUCUCUCCUCUACUUGAACAAUUCCGGGUGCACCAUACUGAUCUAUACAUAGAACACAAAUAUAGUUGCUUUGAUACAGACAGGUGCGUGCGAUAACAGGUAUAAGUAUAAAGUUCUAGUAUAAGUGAACUGCACUUAUACCAGAAAGAGAGAGUGGAUUUACGAUGACAAUGGAUUAAACACACAAUAGAGAUUUAUAUAAACUAAGUAUAUACUCUAAACACAGUUAGAACAUCGUAUGUAUGUAUGUAUGUAUGUAUGUGUAUAUAUAGAUAUAUAUAUUAUACGUGAAGCUCUACGCAAACCCAUGACUAUACACUCAACUAUAGUUUCGUCGAAACAAAAGCCUUUUGUCGUAUAUUAUUAUUAUUAUAUAUAUAUAUCCGAAUAAUAUCCUCGAUAGGACUAGACGACGCGACGCGACCCUGAUGGUUUCACACUGUAUAUAUUAUUUAUUGUUCGAGUGUACACGAGCAAUUGUUUUUAACGAACGCGUGUAAAGGCUACUCCUGCGCCGUGAUUACGCGUGUUGAUAAAACACCGUGAUUGGCUAAACUGUGGGCAGCUAGUUAUCUCGUUUUGUGCCGGUAUGGUUAUUCGGGCGAACACCGCAAAACUUAUAACGCUGUGCACACUGCAAGGCGAUCACAUAUUUUUCUUUUUCAAAUUUAAAUAACCCUCUUAACAAACAACACUUGCUAACUGUUACCAUUGCACACUGCAUAAUUCGGUUUAUCUACUUCCUGUGAGCUAUACAUGAGCUCGAGUAAGAAGUUGGAGAAGUAACUAGGUUACCUAAUUCAUUUAAUUGGUCACGGACAAUAGUUAUUAACCGUGAUAGAAUUGGGGUGGUAAUGGGAAAACAUGCGCUAAAUUACAUUUCUUUUGUUUUAUUUCUAUUAAAUUCGGUUUUCAAAAAGAUUUUUUAAACAAUCUAUUUUCAAACGGAUCGAAAAAAAAGGGGUUAUAGACAUUAAAUUUGCAUAGCGCAACACCACACCUCACCGGGCUGGACAGUUAAAAUAAUAAUUGAAACGGUCAUGAAUUUUGACGGCUCAAAUAUAAAAAGUACAUAUAAUAUUUUUAUUCGAAAAAAUGUCAGCCAGCGCGAGGUAAACGGAGUUUUUCACGAAAUUUCAUUUUUCCAUUUUACCACUUCAAUUCGAUCUACGCAAACUCAAAAACACAAUUUAAGGACAAUGCACGAUUUUUCGUCUUUUUACGAUUGAAAUAAAUUGUAUAAUUACAUUAUAGUUGUAAAAAAACGUUCCAAAGACAAUUAUAAGUAAUGGCAAUAGGCUUAUAAUAAAAAAAAAAAAAAACGCAGAAUAAAAAACGUUCCAAACUGAGAGAAAUAUUAACAUGCACACACAUACACACACACAAACAAAACGUCUGUGACGAAUUGGUACUGCACUUUGAAUAAUAAUUAUUAUAUUGCAGCUUCUCCGUGAAAAUGCGUCUGGCACCAACGUCACCGCAAAAUGUCAUAGCAAUAUUAUAAAAAUAAUAAUAAUAACAAUAAUUUCCAUUUAAAAAGAUCUCUUUUGUUAAUGCCGUCGGAUUAUUCUGUUCGGUUAAUUGCACAGUCACUUUUUUUUUUUUUUUUGUAGCCACUGAAACUCUAAAAAAAACCUGGCUUUAUAUAAUGGUUAUACACUCAACAUAAGUGUAGUGUAAAAAAAUGAUGCAAUAAUAUACACAUAGAAACAUUGAGAAGAAUUUUCAUAAAAAAAUAAUACUUUUUCGCCGCGUCGUAAACAGUGUUUAUUAUAAUUGUUUUUUUUUUUUUUACAAGUAUUCUUUUAUUCGGUAUUUUACACGGAGGGAUACCCUGUGUGCACAAAAUAAUUAAUGUUAUAACAACGCCUUGUUUUCUAAUAUUCUGAUAGCGUAUACCUAUAUAAUACUUGUCUCUCCGUGUAUAAACUAUAUGAACAUCAUCAUAUGCUCUUGUUAUUUAAAAAAUAUUCGCCUCGCCGCCACCGUGGUCAAGAUUGGUCAAGAUACCGCCUUGUCGCCACUCGCGGCAGUAAGUUCACGAGCCGCCACUGAUACAUAAUAUACAUUUACAAUAGUUAUACCCAUAUACGUAGUUGUGCGUUAUUUUAAUUGACCCGAAAGCUUAAUUAAAAUACUUUGCAAAUAUAUAAUAAUGAUCGUAUUUAUCGAUUUCCAGGGAGCUACAAAGCUGACUAAGGACGACAUCGAGAGAGUGUUUUCGCUGUACGACCGAGUAAGUAUACCGCGCGGCACCUUAGCUUUUAAGAUGACUGAAGAUAUUUCUUCUUUUUUUUUUUUACCAAAUCGACGCGCGCACGUCCGAUCAAUAAUAAUACACAAUUAUUAAAGUUUGAUUUAUUUAUUAUGAUUUUAAUUUUUUCUCUUCGUCGUCCGUCAUCGAAGUACAACUACGAUACCUCUAGGAUCUUACCCUCAUACAAACAAUUUCUAGCCUUCUCUAUCCAACAUCGUGUUUUAAAAUCUAAUUUCACUCCUAUAAAUUAUCCACGUCUUUCUUGACUACGUCUUCCCGCCUCAUUCAAUUCAUUCUUCCAAGAAUUUCCCAACAGAACUUUUCCCUACAGUCGGUUUCCUUUCUUGCACCGCACGAAGUAAUGUAUUGUUUGGCUUCACCAGACGUGCACUACCCACUACACAGGCUGUUCCACGGAGAUUUACCUCUUGCAUAUGCGUAAAAAUCUAUGUUAUCGCGUAACGCGGUUAUGUUAUUCCCUAGAUAGUAGAUAACAUCGGUUUUCACACGGAUUAGUAGAAUUUAAAACGACUGUUACUUAGAAAAUAUUCAUCGGAUAUAAAUGUGUGAUACAUUAAAACGUUCAGAAAAAUAAACUCUACAAAAUUAAUAUCUUAACAUUUUCCGAAAAUAAUAAAAUAAAAAGUUACUUUUUUUUACUAAAAAAAAAAUUGCAUUCAAAAAUAAAUAUUUCUAGUCAUCCUGGUUAGUAAUAUAAAGAAAAAAAAAACAGAAUUUGAUUUUCUUUAUUAUCUCCGGAGAUAUUCGAGGGGAAUAUCUUCGUGGGACAGCCUAUAUAAUCUCUUAAUAUUCCGAUGGCUUCUUAUAAGAAACUAAAAAUAUUCCUUUCAAACACGCAGAAUUCAUUUUCAUCGCUGUAUCUCACAUUGGCCAUCGUCAACUAACAAUAUUUUUGUUGACAAUUUUAAUUAUAAAAUACCAUAUAAAAACACACCCGUAAUUAGUUUAGCCUACGUAUGGUAAAAUAAAAUAAAAAUGUACAGACAUAAAAAAAUAUGAUAUUUUAUAUAUACCUCACUCGCUCGCCUCACUGUAUAUAGUUUCGUUGGAACUUUCGAAUAAUUUCAUUAAAACUUUUAUAAUUAAAUUAACAAAGAAUAUUUUGUACAAACAAUUAUUCGGUUUACCCAAAAAUGUAAAUUAAAAAUAUUUACGCGAAUAUGAUGAGUAAAUACCGGACAUUUAUUUUGAAUGUGCAUUUGAAACGAAACAUCAAACAUAUUAUAUUAUAAAUAGGCAUAAUGAUAUAUUUUAUAAAUUAUCGGUGAAAACUGACUUCGGAAAUAUUUCCCACCGAAAAAAAAAUCAGCGAUUUGUUAAUUGUUACUAUAAUGCACAUCAUUAAAUUAAAACCGAAUCUGAAUUUUGUUGAGCGCGAAAUAAUUACUGCCGUUUCGUUUAUCAUUUCAUACGAUUAGAUACCCGAGUUCUUAAAAAUAUGAAGUUUGAAUUUUUACACAUAAAAUGUAUUUAAAUUUAAAUAUUUAGUUUAAAAAAAAUUUCACGUAAAAUAAAUACCAUAUCAUCGGAAAAAAUUUGCUUUACAAAUUAUGUCUCUGGCGAAAAAUUCUAUUUCUUAACAAAAUAUUACAAAAUCAAUAAAAUUUGAGCCCUAAUAUUAUUACCAUACAUCAAAUCGUUUUUCCAUUUUUAUUUGUUUAAAUCUUUUUUUUUUUUUGGUCGAUAAAUAAUUUGAAACUGAAAUUUUAUAUUUGGUUUUUUUUCUUCUAUUCCUGUUGGUUAUAUACACGAUAAUGUUUUUAAAACUAUUUUCUAAAAUAAUAGACGAUUUGUUGUUUUACACGUGUUCGCAAAUAUAGGGUAGCAUAUUAUAGAUAUGCAUGUUAAGGCUUAGCCGGCUCGGGAAAUUAGAAUAUUGGUAAGGUCUUGGCCCCGGGUUGACCAACCGACGUCAACUUAAGACCCAGUCGGUACCUAACCAGCCCAGCCGCUCCGGACUUAAUGCCCCCAAAGUCGGGGGGCCUAACAUGGUGGUUGUGGGACAGGCCCAAAAUAGUAGACAAAUCACUGUCCCAGUGAGACGUGAGGGUACCAUACUAUCAGUCGUACUCGCGAGUCAAAAAAGUACGGGCCAGCGAUGGUCCGGUGCUGGUGGCCCGCAAGCGACCCAGGCACGCCGCACCAGCUCGCCGGUGCGGACUCACCGACAAUCGCACCCCUUGAAUAGCACCUACAUCAUAUAUGGUAUGUGGGGAUAAAGGCGAAAUAAGCCUGACCAAAAGCAGGGUAUUUCGUAGAUAUAUUAUAUAAACAUUAUAUGGGAAUGUUGAGAUCGUACCUUACAUGGCUAAGCCUAAUAUAUAAAAGUAGAGUUAUUUAGAUAGAAAUGUACUUUUAAAAUAAUAUAUUAUGAAAAAUUGUUGAAAGUAUGUGUAAUAUAUACACUGCGAAUACUAUAGUAGACCUUUGCUUAGAUCUCAGUGUUUAUAAAGUUUUAAUAAAAUACGAUAAAAAAAAACGUUACGUAACUGAUUUAACCUCACUAAAUUAAAAUACUGGUUAAAUUUAAUUAAUACGUUUUGCACUAAUAACAUAUUUGUUCUUCGCAAUGCAAACUAUUGCGUGUCACGCGUGUUAUUGGCUGAUAUACGUUAUGUUUAUACGAGGUUUUGAUGCAAUUGGUGUUAUUGUUUUCGUUAUUUACGGUAUAACCACGAGUCCUAACUAAAUAUUUAGUUAUGGAACAAAACGUUUUCAGAAAUAGUUGUUUUAUUAAUAUCGAUAACCUAAGCAUUUCGUCAAAUGUUUAGGCACGUGAUGUUAAAUUAUAAGCGACGAUAUAUUAUAAACUAUUAUAUUUCGAACCAUUCGUUUCGUUGGUAAAUCGCGAGCUAUACGUUCAAUUAUUUGAUAUGGAAAUUCAAUAAUUUUGACGAUAGUUUGUCCUAAUACGCAAAACAUUGUAUUCAAUUAAAUAAAAAAAUCACAGAAAAGGAGGAGGAUUUUGUUUCAAAUUGCCGACAAAUAUGUUUGAACUUCGAAUUGUGACCUUUUUAUUUUUACUCAUAUAUUCGGAUCACUUCUUUCACAGAUUUCAGGAAAACAAACACAAAAGAAACAUGAUUUUUUUUUUUUUUUUUUUUCUCUAAAUCCGAUUAAUUUCAAAAUUAAUUACACACUUUCCUACAUACAAACAACUCUGGAAUCAUCUUGUUGUGUACAGCGGAUAUGAUCUAUAAAUUGAAUUUUAUGACAACGAGAGACGCUUGCAUUAUAUUAUAUUAUGUAUUAUUUAUAAAUUAUUUCCGGAACAGUAUCCUAUUCCGGACUGCAGUUCCAGAAAUAACUGUGUACAAAUGUCCGCGUCUACACAUUUUUAAUAAAUCGUAACAAAUUGCGCAAGAUCGUUGUAUAAUAUAUAGCGUAUAUGAUUUAUACGUGACAAAUAAAUUAAAUUUGAAUUUCUUUUUUACGUGUCUUCCAUAAAAUACAUAUAAGAAAUGUGCUUUUGAUGUACUACAACCCGUGAUUCGGCUGUGUAAAAACAUGUUUCGUGGCCAAAAGUUACUCGGGCCAUGGACUUAAUAAAGAAAUCAAAUUUUUCAAAAUAGAAAAAUUCGCAUUAUGCGACAUCGGUUUUUAUUUUAUAUAUUACAUUUAUAAAAAAAAAAUAUUAUUAUUUAAAAAUCUGAUAAUUUUAAGUUUUUCAAAUACGAAUAACUUAUUUCGUAGUUUUUCGGUGUCACUACCGAAAAACUAAAAACAACGAUGAACAAAAAAAUGUCUCUUUAUUUAUGGUAAAAAUUUGGUUUCUGAACUAAGUCAAUAGCCCGAGAUGUUUUUGCCCACGCCAAAUGACAAUACGUCCUUUUAAAUAUUUUGUAUAAAUUAUCACUCUGUAUAUACUUUAUGGUUAAAUUGUUUUAAAAACUUCGCAUAUAAAUAUUAAUAAUAAACGUAAUAAUAUACUUUUUAACAAUUUUUUUUUUUUUUACAUUAUUAUCAUAAUACUGUCAAAUAAAAACGUACAGGUAUUAAAAAUCACUCUCUUCCCACACGCAAUAAUUAUUCGUUUUGACUUAUCGUACAUCGUUAUUUUAACAAAUAAUUAAUACAAUUAAUCGCUGCGACGGAAAUCAAUGCUCUUGUGUUGUUAGAAACGUCAAUUUUCUUGUCUCUUCGCGAAACCUUCGGCGUUUCUAUUCCUUUUCUAUCCCUAUUUAUCCUACUCGUUAUUUAAAACAUAAUCCUUUGCAUAAUAUGAUAAUGAAACUGACCAACGAGGACCCAUCAUUCCUUGUUUAAUUUUUAAUUUUAUUUCUAUUAUUAUUAUAACUUUUCUGUACUGCUAUGUGUUACUAUAUUAUGUUUAUUGUCUUUUGAAUGUUUAUUUUUAAUCAAUUAAUUUGUUUAAUGUACUGCAUCUAAAUUGGGUCAAUUCCGUAUAUUUUCCUAUAAAUAAAUAAAUAUACUAUAGUCCAAAGUGUUAAUUUUACCAUCACUAUAAUUUAUGACUUUGAGUGCGUUUUAAACUCUGAUGAAGCCUAAUAAGCUUGUUUGAUCCCUUUAGCCGCGUUAUAAAAUAUAUUCGGAUAUGAACUCGAGCUCCAUCACGUUAUAUUAACGCGUUUAUCACUAAGCAUAUUUUAGUUUUUAAGUAUUAAUCACGCGUUCGCGUAUACUUAUAAGAGUAUUAUAUUUUGAAAAUACCAAACGAUAAUAAUUCUAAUGGCGCUUUUUAUAAUACUUGGUGGAUUGUUCGCAGGAUAAUAACGGCACGAUCGAGAACGAGGAACUCAGAGGUUUUUUGAAGGAUCUACUCGAACUAGUCAAAAAAGUCUGUAUAAUAUUAUUUUUGAAUACAAAACUAUACAGGGUGAUAGACAUAACAAAAGAUAUUCCACUCUAACGUUUGACGUAUUGUGGAUAGGGACUGAGUAUACGGUGAAGUACUGUUCAAACAUCUGCGGCGCACCACCACACAAACGGUGCUACACUAUAAUAUACUCUCCCCCUUACCGGCAAAAUAUCAAAAGCGAAAUAUCUCGUAAACGGGUUAGCGGAAAUUAAAAAUUGCAACACCAACAUGUAUUUAAAAUAAAAUUGCAUCUAUUUAAAGAAUUUUUUAUAUCGGUCGCUAUUUGAAAAUCAAAAGCAGGCAUCUGCCAUAGUGGUUUUAUCCCCAUAGCCAUAAGUUAUUAAAAAAAACAGAAACUUAUCUAGGCGUAGCCAGGAAUUUUCAAGGGAGGGUGUUCCCAAAUAAAAAUCAUAAAUAAAAUUAAAAUCGUCUUCUCUACCCAACACAGAUAUGAGAAUUUAAAAUUCGGAUCCAAUUUUUUUAUUUCCAAUCAAUAAAUAAACCUAACCUUACCUUUUCUUCUAAAUUUUCUAAAAUAUUUAUAUUUCAAUAAAAAUACUAAUUCUUUUAUAUUUUGAAGCCAAUAGGAGGAAUUAACACUUACUUCUUUCUUUCUGCACACACCGCUGGUAACGUGAUAUUUUAAAGCUACCUGUUUCUUAAAUUUCCCAAAAAUCAAAUUCCGAAAAAAGUUUAUAUUUUCCGAAAAAACGAGUGCCUUUCGUUGUGUUGAUCACCCUGUAUAAUAAUUUAAAUUAGAAUACAGUAAUAACUAAUAAUUAUAAUAUAAAAAUAUAACUAGGGUUUCGUGCAAAUAUAUACAAGUUAAAAUCUAAAACCUAUUAGUAGUACUACUCAUAGGUGCAAUUAUUUAGUGGGUAGGCUUUAUAGGCCUUAGCCCUUCCAAAACAUUCAAUAUAUCAUUUUCAGCAAUGUGAAAAAUUAAGAAUUAUAUUUGAACUUCGGUGAAUCAAAAUAGAUUCACAAAUUUGAUUUUAAUAAUCUAUAUCAAACAAGAUUUGCUUGUCUGACGAACAAAUCUUGGAAAAUGAGUACUUUCGAUUCGCCAAUAUUAGAAAUAAGUAAACAGUAUAUCACUAAAUGCAAAAUGGGGACGUGUUUAUAGUUUAAAAUGGUUCAAGAAAGGCUAAAAUACUCAAUAUCUCUGAUAAAAAUAUUAUAAGUGAUAGACCAUUUAGACCAAAAAUAAAAUAAAACAAUUUACAUAAGAAAAGAUUAUAAAUAAAAAAUACCAAACACUAAAUUUAACCGUUCCCUUUGGGAUCAACGAAUAUAUUAGUAAACCCGUAAAACAUUUGUCAAAUGCAAUAGAAUUGGAUUUGAAAUUUCAAACAAAAGAACACAUUAUGUGAUAAUGAAUCACAAUCAGCACGGCAAUUCCUUGUCUUCUAUUGAAUAUUAAUAUCGUUUUCAUGUCUAUACUUUUUUUACAUUGAGGCCGUUAUAUGCCGUUAUAACGUUAUUACUGAGAAACUAUUAAUCGGAUAUAAAUACAAUGUCAUAUUAAAACGUUUAAAACGUUUUAUUUUACAAAAUGAUUAUUUUGAAAAUUUUGAAAAGCGAUAAAAUAAAAAGUUAUUUUUUUUUCAGUAAUUAAGAGAUGAAAAUAAAAAUGUAAUUUAUAUCUACAUACGUGUUCCUCUAUCACAAAACCCGAUUAAAAAAAAAAAUAAUAAUAAACAUUGACACAGUUGUUAACAUAAGGAUAACACUACGUAGAACACCCUGCGUGUUAGGAGGCGCUAAAACCGUUGGUUUACAGGAUUACGACGCAGACGAUUUGCAAGACUUCGAGGAGACCAUACUCCGCGGCGUGGACUAUAACGAAGACGGGAAAAUCAACCGGAAAGAAUUGACAAUGAUACUUCUGGCGCUUGCCAAGCACAACCAAGAAGACGAUUCCUCGUCGUCGUCGUCCGCUGCCGCCAAAAAAGAAUAACUCGUUUUACCAAGGAAAAAGACCCGUACCUAAGGAAAAUAACAAUAUAAUAAUUAUUAUAUUGCGACCCGCAGUUAGAUACCGGAAAGACAAAAAAAAAAAAAGUAAUCGUGCACAAUUUAUUAUACGCGAAGUUCUUACUCUUCUCUUAUUAAUGUUGCGCAUUAUUCGUUGUUAUAUUAAUACGAUUAUAAUAUUAUUGAUAAAAAUUAAGUAAAAAUUUGUUGUUUUAAAAAUUACGCGUUAUUUCGACCGUAUAGUGUACUUUUUAGCUAAUCAUAAAAUUGACUAACAAUAAUGAUUAUUAUACUGCAGUUUACCCACGCGAAAAAGAAUAUCAAAUUGUUUUUUUUUUAUUCGAUUUCGCGCGUUGUAAACGCAAUUAUUCUAAUACUUUUUCAUUCCAUAUUACUAUUAUAUUAUUAUUAUAGGCUAAGUAUAAUUACAUAUUAUUAUUAAAAUACGAACUUUUCCGAUUCAUUUUCUUGACGCGCACAUAUUCGCACUCUCUUUUUUCGUCUUUCGAUUUUUCGUGUAGUUUACACGUUCUAAAAUACAUAUAAAACAUUAAAAAUAGUAUAUUAUUAUAAUCUAUUAUAUUGUAGUAAAUUAUUGUAUAGUGAACGUUUCGAAUAUUUAUCGAUUCGGUUGUAGUUAUUAAAAUAAAAUUACUUAAUAUUUUAGAAAAUAGUUGAAGAAAAAAAAAAACACCCUUCGGUGAUUUACAUUUUUUUUUCAUCCAAUACUCCGGAUAUUAUAAUAUUAUUAUAAAUUCAUUAAUACUAUAUUAUUAAUCGUAAAAGUGUUCUUGUUUGAUUAUUUAUUAUUAAUAUUAUUAUUAAAAUACAUAUUAUGAAAAAA